AGGUUUGCCCUGGUAUGCUAUCAAAAUGAACACUUCGCACUUUAUUCUGUAGGCACAUUAGAAUUUUGACCGUAGUGGUCAUGUCGUCAAUUGGCGAUGAAGAGUUGGACAUUGGUAACUGGCUCUCAGCUAUCCAUUUGGAGAGGUACCAAGAAAACUUUAAGAAGCAUGGCUAUCGCAUAGUUAAAGAUAUUCUAUCACUUGAUAAUGAGGUACUUCAACAAAUUGGUGUUAGUGCAACAGGCCACAGAAAGCGAAUCAUAAGUCGAUUACGACAUGUUUCAGGAGAAGCAUGGUCACAGUCUAGUUCAUUCAGUAUGGAGAGGGAAGAUUUUUUGGAGGUUACCAGUAAAGAUGAUGACAAUGGCAUGCUUAAUAAAGUCAUAUUAACAGUAACUAAUGAAGAACAAAGCCCUGGCGAAAGCAAGCCCAUUUCAGAACCAAAUCUAAAGCCUGUGCCAAAACCCAGAACAGUGUUUAAUAAAAAUUCUACAGCAGUAAUUAAAGACUAUUUUGUUGUACCAUCAACAAUAUCACCAGUCACUUCACCAACUUGUUUCGAAAACCAUACAAGUAGCGCAGGAAUCUUUUUUAUACAGGAAGGUUUUCAUUCAAUAGGAAGUAGACUGGAUUCAGGGAAUUGUAAUUAUUUUGCUGGCGUACAGCCAGAAGGGGCGGGAUUGGAGACUGGGACAUCUUUGUAUUCAUCCGCUGGGGCUGGGAAACCUUUUCAUCCCCUUCCACAUCGUUCAAUGCGUCAGAGUAAGGAUACAUCUCAACCAGGCUCAACAGACCACAGAAGCAUGCUGCAAAUGGAAGCGGAUACAAUGCAGUGUUCACCACUAUCAAACUUGUCUUCCUUUGCUGGAAAUGAAGAGGAAGUUACCUCCUUUUUAACUAGUCCUACUCUUCCACAGGAAACUCUAACAAUGAUAUCCAAUGAAAUUUAUUCUGGUUUUAGUCCUGAGAAUGGAGCUCUCAACAGAUCUACAGAUAUAGAAACAUACAGAAGCAAUAUGAAUCUAAAAACUGACACAGUAAUACAAGAGGCAUCCUCCACAUCAGACAGCAUAAAGUAAGUGUGUUUCUAAAAAUUGAUAUUGCAUUUGUGAUACGUUUCAAUCUACAUUAUAUAGAUCAAUACCUUUCAUAACUGAGAAUAAUUAUCUACAGCGACAAUACAGUUAAUUUUUACAGGGAAAUAUAUCUAAACUGUGUUGCAGCUGACUAGUUUGUAUUUUAUACAUUAAUUGUGUCUAAAGAAACUGCCAGCAUAUUCCAUAAACAAUGACUAUUUUGUAAAGAUUAAAAAUGAAUCGAGAACCCACACUUAAAAGUUCUUACAAUAUAUAAUUAAAUAAAAUAGCUUUUAGGUUUUGGAGAAGAAUUAUAUCUUUCAAUUUCAAAUGUUUUGUAGUGCUAGUAAAAAAUAUCUGCUUUUUUUACCCCUAAAUAGUAGACAUAGCCAUACAACGUAUGUUUGUAUCAAACAUAACAACACCAACAAAUCUAUGUCACAAUUUUGCUUAAAUAUUCGCCAAUAUUUUAUAUAUAUAUAUAUAUUUUUUUAUUUUUUAUUUUUUUUUUUUAAAGUAAUUAAUCAUUGCUGUUUUUGUGCUAGUAAGAAAAGAUUGAAUAUGUUAACCUUGAAAUGCCUGACCAUUUUCCCACAAAUGUUAUUUUUGUCCAUAUCAAGUGUGGAGGUUUCUUAAUACUGGGCAGGAAGAGGUUAAUAUAAUAGUACUAUAGAAGUUGUAAGGACGGGAACAGUGAGUUCUUACAGAUAAGUACAUUGAGGGAGCCAAGGAUGGAAGUCUUAGAUAGUUUCCUGGAGCCAUUGGUAGAGGGAAGGGCGGAGGUUACUUUACAGCUGCAUUGAAACAAUUGUAGGAAGUCUUGACCUUGCUGAAAUCAUAUUAAUGGCUUUACAUAACUUUUUAAAGGCAAAAGCUACACCCAAGUAAUGCCUGCUUCUGGGAGCAAUACUGCCAUUGAUAUUUCUGUACUGAAUUAAUAGAAGGAAGCUUACUUUUUCAAUUACUUGCAAGCAUAAUUGGUUUCGUGGUCUCGAACAGUGUGGAUGCAUAUUAUUGCUUUACAGUGACUAUCAAUUAUACCUGUAGAUCACUACAGAGGAGGAAUUCUGCAUCUCUAAAACCAUCUCAAAUGAAGAACGCAUCUUCGCCGACAUCAGGGUGGAUAAGAGAGGGAUUUUCACCAAGGCCUGCACCGAUAGGAAACUCUGCUUCUCCUAGAGCACCACGGACGCGGAAUAGUCCCACAAUGAGACCAGUGCCAGUAGGUAACAAUGCUCAUCUAACAUCAAAUCAAGGAAAGAACUUUCUGCCACCCACAAGUUAUAGUACUCCUAUUACAUACACAGCGGUAUCUUUAAGGCCAACACCAGUAGGAGAUUCCGGCUCACCACGACUUUCACGAGUAAUACAAACAACUUUCCCACGACCCACACCAAUAGGGCAUUCUGCAUCACCAAGACUACCCCGUUUGAAAAAUUCUUCAUUACUGACUUUAGACAGUACUAAAAAUGAUGUUCUUCUAGGAACACCAGGAGCUAAUGUUACAUCAUCAAAAUUUGUGAAAAAGAAACAGUCAGCAUCAAGACAGGAAACAACAGGAAACACGUCACUGCACAGGCAAAUUCCAGUCAUGAGAAGUACACUACAGAGACCCACACCAAAUGAAAGAAAAAAUUCAAUUGGUCCCCAGGACAUUUUAAAUGAAAGUUCAACUAGACCAACUCCAGUUGGGAAUGCUGGUACAGGUAAUAUAUGUGUGCAGAAGUCAAAUAUGAUGAGGUAUACAAUUCCACCAAAGCUACCUGUUUCAAAAAGUGCAAUUUCAACAUGUUCAUCACAUUUAAAAAAUGUUAUGCCUCCAAAAAUGGAUGAAGCAGAGAAAUACUCCUUAAGUAGUGGAGUGGUUUCUGAUAAUUAUAUUUCAAAGAGGCCACCUCCAAUGGGAAUAUCACCAUCUUCAACUCUGCAGAAGUCUUCUACUGGGACAUGUUCACUAAAAACUCCUACAUCGCGGACAGCAUUAAUCAAGAGCUCACUGAAACCCAAAGUUAAUUUAGGGAAACUUGGUUUAUCAAAUAAAGGAUCUUCAGAAACAUCUUCUGUACCUAAAAUAAAAUCCCCUCUUAUUGAACCAAAGACUAGAUGUAUAUUGAAUGCUGCCACUCAAAAAUUAAAAGGCACAAAACAUGAUCCCUCUGUCAGGUCAGUAGAAUUGGAGCAAAGUCCAUCAGAAAGGACAAAACAAAUAGGAAAUAAGCUCUCACCAAAGCAAAAAACAGUAGAAAAAUAUGAUUUAUCAAUCCGAAAAUCAGCAGGAAGUGUAACAUUCCAAAGGCCGAAGCAAACGGGAAUUGGUGUACAGUCAAAAUGUAGGGAUGUGUCACGAAACUCACAAGGCAAUGUUUUGCUUUCUGGGCCAGUGGGAAAUGUGGCCAUUGCAAAACCUGCAAAUAAUACUCCUUCACCCUUGUCUAAAGUAAUUAAGACCAUUCCUUCUGCAAGACCAAAACAAAAGGAUAUUGCUCUACCAGCAAAAACUCAGACAGUACAGAACACUAUUUCAAUGAAAGUGCAAAGCAUGGCAAAUACUAAUUCUGUAGCAUCUAAACCAAAAGGAGCAGUCCCUACAGACAAUGGGAAACCAACAAGGAGAGCAGUCCCUACAACACAAAAAACAACUGCCAGUCAGCUCUUACCAAGGUUGCCAUUCAUGCAGAAAAAAUCACCACCUAAAGCAGAGCUGAUGAAAAAAUCUCUUUGUAGAGCAGGUGAUAAUGAAUAUUUAUUCUGUGCUCCAGGACGAAAGAAUGUUCGUUCAGAAAGUGUUGCUCAUCAAGAGGACAAACAUCUAACACAAACUCUGGAAGACUUUUCUCCAUUGUCUGCGGUAGCGGAUGUAAUUGACUUGGACAAAGUAUAUGGUCAGUCCUGGGAUGCAAAUUUAACAGAGAAAUCUUUAGAAUCAGCACUGAUUAGGGCAAAUUCCACUGCAUUCAAACCAAUACAGAAUGAACACUUAGUGCUUGUAAGGCCUAGGCUUAGAGGACCUCAUUUAAAUAACUCUGCCAUUGAACAGCAGCUCUGGACUUCCAAAACAAACGAAGGAUAGUAAAAUUAAUUCGAUUUUAAUUUGAUGGGCCUUAAAUUUGGUAUAUAACACAAGAUAUUAAACCAAACAAUAAUUGCCAAUCUUUUUGGAAAUUUCUACAUUCUGUCUAUCCGACUAUUGCUUAACUGCACUUAUCUUGGGAUUUUGGAACAAUAUAAAUAUAAAUAUUAGGUAUUAAAAUAAAAUUUAAUGCACUUGUGGCUAACACAAACAGAUUUGUAAGAAGUGGUAAAGGUACAAGAUAUAUUUGGCUUUCAGAAGGAUUGCAUUUAAACAUUUAUAUAAUCAUUCGGGAGAUAUGUUAGGGUUUCCUGGACGACGUCCAUCAUUAGCUAGUUGCCUAAGUAUUAUUGCACAAUUUGUUUGUGUCAGAUAUUAACAGAACUAUGUGGUGUUUACUUAGUAAACAGUUAUCUGUGGUGAUUUAAAAAGUAAGCUUUCAAAAUAAUAUUAAAAAAUACAGAUCCUGUAUUAGGGUUUAAUUAUUGUUACCAGAGUUUUCCAUUUAAAUGAUGAACAGUGCUUCCAUUUAAAUGAUGAACAGUGCAUUUUAGUAAAAUGAUAACAUUUAUAUUUGAAACUUUACUAUUUUGAUCUACAUUUUUGCAAAGACGGUUUUUAAAUUGGUAAAUAAACUGCAUAGGAUUAUACAUAAAAAUCUCAGAAGGACAAAAUGGGGAGAAAUGUACCUAAUACAAAUAUUUAAUUAAUUCUGAUGGGAUUCAGUUUUGUCUCCUUUAAUAAAUACACUGUAUUUUGUUAGUUUAUCUAUUCACUAGUGUAAGAAAAAAAUAAUACAUUCAUAAAAAAAAGAAAAGCAGCUUCAUAUGUAGUCACUUGUGCAGAACAUUAUUGCAAAAUAGAAAUGGUAAAUUGUUUUAAUUAUACACAGAACACAGAGAAGAGUGAAAAAUAAAAAGACUGAUAACAGUUUGCAAUGCAUGUUUUAAAGAAGGCUCCACUUUCCUUAAAUUUCCUACUGAUUGAAGUGUGAUAUGAAAAUAUCUGUGCUAUGAUCAGAAAACACAUAUGGAAAAGUAAUGAAAUGUUUCAUAAAUUUCCUUUGCCCCCUAUUUAAAUUGAACUGACAUUGUAUGUUUGUAUUUUUAUAUUUAUUUAUUUUUUUAUAGUGAAAAUGCCCAGUGAGGAACUAAUAUGAAGGUCCUGAUUCCUUUGAUUGCACCUUAACUUUUCCAAAACAAUGAACUAUGAGUUCUGUCUCAAUGGUCCAAGUCUGACAAAUUUGUCAGGGCCCUGGGGAGUUUUAUAUAACAAACAGUCCAUGGUGUUUUUUUUUUUUCAAAUAUUCCCUACCUUUUUAACUAUCUUCCUUAUAGCUAACUGCCCUUUUGAUUGAGAAUGCCACUCCUUUAGAUACAUUCACUAUUGGCGAAUAGUAAGUGCCAAUAAGUUAUUUUUUUUAAAGUUUUUUUCCAAUUUGUCUUGAUUACUUUAUGCAUUUUGUGCAUGUUAAAUUACUGCUAAAUUACAUAUAAGUAAUAUAGACCAUCUUAACAAUUAACAAUAGAACAGGCUUUGCAAACUUUAAAAGUUUAAACCCUAGCUAGGUCAAGAUCUGCCAAAGGCAUUGGCAUGAGCAAUUUAAAAAAAAAAAGAAUGUCUGGGGUAUACGUUAAAGGCAUGUUGCAUCUCUGAUGACCAGGGCACAUCUGCAGUUACUAUGUAACAAGCAAUAUCAAAUCUGUAUUUUUACAAACUGUGGUGGCAUUAUCUUUCUGUUAGGAACUUGUAUAGUUUUAUACGUAUAUUUUAUACAAAUAUUUUUUGCAUGAUGUUUUUUAGAAGCAAGAUGCAUUGUUUGUUUAACUGUGAUGUUGCUGUGUAUGAAUACCAGCAUGUCCACAUUUGCAAACUCCCGCUAUAUUGCAUUUAAAUAGUGUAUUAGCAAAUAGGAUAAACAGCUAAGACAAGGAGUCUAUCACUGUAGGAAUGAGUUGUGGUGAACUGGCACGUAACUGCAAAAUAUAGAUCAAAAUAGCCAUGUUAGAAAGAUAACUUUCAAGUUAAAAAAAUUUGAAAUAUUACCUAUCUCUGCUAUUAUAGUGUAAAUUUUGUGAUGUUUAACUGAAAAAAAAAUCACUGAAUCAGCUAAGCUUUCAGUUCAGCUACUGUGGCCUUACUUUUGAAAUUCACUGAAUUCACUCUGAAUAAUCACUUUAUUAAAUUAACAAACUCUUCAGCGUUAAAAAAGCAAACUUCAAUAACGUACUGGCAGAUUGGUAUAAAUGGAGUUUAAGAAUACAUUUAAGGACUAAGAAUUGUAAAAUAAGAGUAAAAAGACUGGUAUUUUAAAGGAUAACAUUUCUACAGAUAUAUAAAAAAUGAAUAUGUUAUGAUAUUUUACUUCAAACUGUCAUUUGUUUAGAUGUUAGUUGUUUUUACUCAACAUUUCAAAAACAGUUUGCUUUCAAAAUGUUUAAUUACAGUUUUAGUAUGAAAAAUAUUUCCCACUCAUCCAAGUUGGAAAACACUGCUAUUAUUGGUCUAGACCAGUGGUUCCCAUCCUUUUUUGGAUUAAGAGACACUUCCAAAGAGUUCCUUUCUUUAUAAAGGAACACUGCAGGCAUCUUGCUGUAUUAGUUAUUGGGCCCCUGCACACACUAUUAUAGGUGGUCACACCAAUGAGUAGUUGAGGCAGAGCUUCCACCCAUCCAUCUAGAGCCAGAAGUUCCUCAGCAGGAACUUCCGUCAUCUCUUAUUACGUAAGUCCAGCUUUUGACUCUUUAGUUAUAAUUAAUUGCCAGAUGAGAACUCCGCUUUUAAAACCGAGACUUAAAAAAAAAAAAACACACACACACACACAAAAACCCCCACAGGACUAUAUUCAAUAUAUUAAGACCUGGAAGGUGCUUGAUUACCACUGGUCUACAUUAUGGAAGACCCCUAACACAUUGUAUGUUCAUAGUUUUUGUGCAAAAUCCCUCCUAAUAUGCUGCCUUUUAUGUCCAAGCUUAACUUGGUAGGUACAUAUUUAUAUAUACAAAAUUGUCAGAUUUCACUUGGUGUUGAUGCUUUCUUUAACGGAUUGAAUAUUAAUGCACUGGAUUAUUUUUCUUUAUUGCAGUGCCAUUCUUUUCAUUAUCCAGUGCUUCCCUUUUUUGAAUAUGUCAAGGAACCCAAUUUACAAAAUAUUUUGCAUGUGAGAGUAUACAGCAUUAUAUUAAUAUUAGGAAAUGCUUCAUUAUUGUGGGCAAAGAAAACCAUUAUAUCACAGUUUUAAUAUGUGGGUGUAAAAUGUACAAUGAAUCCACAUUAGAGACUUAAGCAAAAACAUUUUAUUACAUAUAAAUUGUGUAUCUGAACACUGCUGGAUAUGUAUCAACUUAAAUUCUACAAUAAAUAUUCUGGGAUCUCCUUUCAUGUUGUGCUUAUUUUCAACAGUUUUUUUUUUUGUUUACUAUAUUCUGCUAAUCUAUUUUUACAUUAUGAAUUUAAGCACUCCCGGGCAGCUCAGCAGAAGUAUAUUGUUUGAGCACUCACUAGCACCUCUCUGCAUAGUCGUCUGUGAUUAGGGGUGCCAAAAAUGGGCAUCAUCCGUGAAUCAAGUUGUAUCACUGGCAAUGUCUCUCAGACCCCACUCACCCCUUAUGAUCUCAAACCUCCCAAUGUUGGAUAUGCUAGUGAAAUGUCAGUCUUAUUGUUGUGAAUAUGGUGAUAAUGGACUAAUAGAUUUUUUUUUUUUUUUUAUCUUGAAUAGGAAAAUACAUGAAUUGCUAUAUCAGGGAUCUUUUCCUAUAAUUGACACAAUGGUUUUAUAACUGUUCCCUACAUGAGAAUGGCCAUACCUAUGCAAAAGUAAAUAAUGGUUAAAGCUUCACCACAAUUGGGUUAUUAAGGAGUGGAAUACAUAAUUAAACUUGCCUUGAAAGAGAAAUUCUCAGUCUGAGUAUCGUCCAUGCUUUAAAAUAAAUACUUUGGGUACCAUAAACAUAACUUAAUCUUUGUAAAUGGUUAUGGCGGCUAGAGUACUCUGAUACCAUCAUAUUUUCCAGUAUAAAACCAUUUAUGAAUGGUUUAAUAUAGAAGUAAUACACAAAAUCCAGCGCACUCACUGAUCCACUAAACAGCAACUUCAAUGUUGACAGAUUUUAAUAGGUUUUAAAAAAACAAAAAACAAAAAAAAAAACCUAAUCUAGGCAAAAAUAAUGGGGUUUUAGUUACAUUAUAUGAUCAUACAUUGCAUAAGCCUGUCACAACGUCAAUGUACCCCAUCUUUGGCAGGUCCUACUCUAACAGCCUAAUGUCUGCUCUUAUGAGUAAGUGGGGUACAUUGACGUUGUGGCAGGCUUAUGCACUGUAUGAUCAUAUACUGUAACUAAACCCCCAUUAUUUUUGCCUAAAUUAGGUGUUUAAAAAAAAAAAAUAAUAAUAAUAAAAUCGUUGAAAUUGCUGUUUAGUGGGUCAGUGAGUACGCUUGAUCUUGUGUAUUGUACAAAUUUGCCACCAUCAGCACCCCAUUUAUGCAUGUUCCAAUGUCCAGAUGAUUUGCUGUCUCUCCUCUGCCUUUGGUUGAGUUCCAAAGUGAGGCAGUUAUAGGGUGGGAGCAUUUUCAUCCAAUCAAUGACUCACAUUGACUUAAUCAUUAAUCCAUGCACCAGAGGAGAGCAACAUUACAAGUACCCAUUUGAGAUAAAGUAGCUAUGGUGCCCAGAUUGUGCCCUUAAGGCUAAAAUAUAGAAGGAUUGAUAGAAGAGGAGGGAGGGAAGGUUGUGUGUAGUAGCUAUAAAUAAAAAGAAGAACAUGCAUUCAAAUUAGUAUGUUGCUGUGUUAAAACAGGAUAUGGUACAAAAUAUGACCGCUUGCCUCAUUCAGUUUUGGUUUGCUAAAUAUAUUGUGUAAUUCAGGUUAAUAUCUCAAAAACUUGCAUACAACUGUGUUUUUACAACUGUGUUUCAGUAAUACUGAAUGCAACAGAAAUGGUUAAAGUUCAUAUAGUGCCUAGAAUGGCCCUUAAAGAAUGGUGACAAUUUUUGUUAUGCUAAUAAUAUAAUCUAUAUAGUUUCCCUGUGUGAUAGUUUUAAAUCAGAGAUAAAUUAAUGCAUAACUUUCAGCUCAGUUCACACGGAUAAAUGACUCGGUAACACGAUUUAAAUAGCCAAAUUAGUAACAUAUGUAAAGAUCAAAUGUUGAGCAUAUGUGACGUGUUUAGUUCACAAAAUGGAAACUCUUACUAUUUCAAGGAAAAUGAUGCAUAUGCAUGCCAUUACAAGCGAGUGUGUAUUAAAUGUCAUCAUGUAACAUCUUCUGAGCCAUAUAUUUGCUAUCAUUUCUAUAACACAUAUACAUGAUGAUCACCAACAGUCAGUACAUAAUUACAGCUUAAUAUUAUUUACAUGUUUCCACGGUUUAGUUUUUAACAUGUGGAUUCUAGUUACAUUUGCCUCCACUGGUGACUGACCAUCACUUAGCAUGUACCAUUUUUCAAAUGGGCAUAAAUGCAUACUUCCCAGUCAAUUGUCGUAUAAAAUCUAUCAGUACCUAAGGAACAGCUUGUGUCAUGCUCGUUUAACCAGCAAAUUAUGGUGAAGGAUAACCUUAGUUGGUAACUUUAGGCAGAAAUUUAGCUUAGCUAUAUUACUCUAAAUUUCUCAAUUUAUUUUUAACUCACUGCAAAUUAGUGAACAAACCUGUUAGUGUUUCCACACAUUUGACUUGUGGAAGUUCACAAGUAUUUAUUGGAAUACACUGAUCAGCCAUAACAUUAAAACCACGUGUCUAAUAUUGUGUAGGUCCCCUCAUGCUGCCAGAACAGCUCUGAAUGUGUCCUGUGGAGACCAUUGGUCUUUUCACCUUCUUUUGGAUGAAACACAGAAACAGAAGUGUUGAAUGUUGACCAUAGUUGUUUUUUUUUUUCAACCUGCAUUGCUGUAUGUCUCUGUUAUUGAAUGGUGGCUUUUGUUUCCACAGCAGCCUAACCCCUUCAGAUGUUGAUUUGCCUAUUAUUCCUGAAAGACCCAUCUCCACUCUCGGUAAGCCAUCAAUAGAUUUGUGCAUGGCAGAAAAAUUUAUUUUGGUCAAAUCACUGCACCUUAAAAACUAAACUUUGGCUAGUCCAAUAGUCUUACAUUUGGCUUUUCAGUUUAUUGAAUAUUGUCCAUGCAAGAAAAUUUGAAUCAGCGCAAAAAUGUGCCACUCAGUGUAUUGCAAAAUAUAAAUAUUAAAUACACAUUAUUAAUUUAUAAAUGAAGAUUUAGCCCUGGGGAGAGGAAAUUCACCUUUAGCGAUUCUGUCAUGGAUUCUCUAGGAUUGCAGUUGCUAGUAACUUUUAAAGCAUGGUUUUUGGCAUAGAACUUACAAUUUUAAGCCAUGUUGCACUAUAGUGCCCUGAGGGUGCCCCCACCAUCAGGGUCCCCCUCCCGCCCGGCUCUGGAAGGGGGUAAAACUUACCUUUUUCCAGCGCUGAGCAGGGAGCUCUCCUCCUCUUCUCCUCCCCGUCGGCUGAAUGCGCACGCGCGGCAAGAGCUGCGCGCGCAUUCAGCCGGUCACAUAGGAAAGCAUUCAUAAUGCUUUCCUAUGGACGCUGGCGUGCUCUCACUGUGAAAAUCACAGUGAGAAGCACGCAAGCGCCUCUAGUGGCCGUCAAUGAGACAGCCACUAGAGGAUUAGGGGGAAGGCUUAACCCAUUCAUAAUUAUAGCAGUUUCUCUGAAACUGCUAUAAUUAUGAAAAAAUGGGUUAACCCUAGCUGGACCUGGCACCCAGACCACUUCAUUAAGCUGAAGUGGUCUGGGUGCCUAGAGUGGUCCUUUAAGGACCAAACUUCUGGAAUAAAAUGGAAUCAUGACAUGUCACACAUGUCAUGUGUCCUUAAGGGGUUAAAGGACACUCCACUGCCAAAAAAUAAAUAAAUAUAAAAAUCACUGUUUAGGAGAUAUACCACAAAAGAAAAUAUGCAUGCAUUAUAUAUAUAAAUACAUGGAAAUAUCUAAAGACAGUAUGCAAAAGAUGCAGAUUUCAUGUCUAUAGCGUUUGCAAUCCCUCUUUGGCAACAUCAAUUAUCAUGGGCUAUGUCUCUGGUGUCUUUUUCUCUGGUGCAUUUUGUUGCCCCUUCUUGUAGUUAUACCCCUGGAAAUGGAAAACACUAGUAGGGUAAGAAUAGUCUAAUGGGAAGCUUAUUUUGUGAUUAUAACAUUAUUUUUUUUGGUUUAUUUGUUUUGAUGCAGUGACUAAUGAUCCAAUCAAUCCGUACUGUGAUGCAGUUUUCAACCGGCAACCUCAAGCACAGCAAUCAAAGGUAAAAAGUACAAAAUAUGUAAAUAAUUAAAAUAUAUAUAAAAUAUAAAUUCACAGAAUAUAAAACUAAUAGUCUCCCAUGGAAUGGUUAAAUGGCUAUUGGGGUCCUGACAGGCCUACUGUGUCUCCUACCUAUUUGUGGCACUCAGAAAUCUUCAACAAUCCUGGUUGGGCUUUUAGGAUAGUGACAUUAUCAUUGUUAUCAUUGGCAUUUUUAUAGUGCCUUCGUAUUCUGCAGUUUUUAAAAAAUUUAUUGCGGGGAUAUAAUGGUAGUGUACACAGGCGUCUCCAAACUCCGGCCCUCCAGAUGUUGCUGAACUGCAAUUCCCAUGAUUCUCAGUCUAUCUAUUUAAUUCAUAGAAUCAUGGGAGUUGUAGUUCAGCAACAUCUUGAGGGCCAGAGGUUGGGGAAGCCUGGCAUAGAGUGAAAGCUAACUUUUGUCUUUGCAGCUGUUGAGUGGACUGCUGUUGUGUUCCAUGGCCUCAAGCCAGCCAGUUUGUAUACCGUAUAUGUAAUUUAAGCAUGCAAAAUAUUGGAAACAAUUAAUUUACCUUGAGUUGCUGUCAUUAAGAAGCUCUAUUUUGGAAAAAUAUAUUUAAACUGAUAUUAUAGACAUGAAUACAACUUUAGCUUAAUGAAGCAGUUUUGCUGUAUAGAUCAUGCCCCUGCAGCCUCACUACCUGCAUGAAAAAAAUUUUUUCACCUGCAAUAAGAUCUUAGCUGACUUUACUUUUAACUCUGUAGAUUAAACUUUAAUGAUACACAGGAAGCUCUUGCUAUUAUCAAAGCAGGAGAUAAUACAUUCUAAAUUAAACAGACUGUGCAAUAAAGGAAAUUUAAACUUUGGGCCUGGAAGUGCUUAGAAAGGCUGUGUGAGUUAAAUGUAUGGAGGGCAGUAUAUACCAAGUGACUUAACUCCUGAGUAUUCCACAGUGAGAUUUCAGGGGCAUGAUCUGUACACCAAAACUGCUUCAUAAAGCUCAAUUUGUUUUGGUGUCUAUAGUACCCCUUUUAAGGACAGACAUUUAUCAUGUCAUAGCACUUCAUUGCUCCGUUGGUUGUUUAAAUUGGUUCAGAACUGAAAAGAGAUUUGACUAUGUUUUUCUUUUAUUUUGUAUUUCAUUAUAAUGUUUGCUAUUUAUCUUUUUAAAAUACCAUUGCUAAAGCAGAACUGGUAUUGGAAUUAAUUAGUCUCCUUUUCGCUUUGUUGGGGGAGAUGUAGCUAAGAAUUCUCAAGCGUGACAAUUAAAUUCCAUCAUUAUUUUAAUAACACAUAUUAAAGGGUUCUAGAACGGAUCUAAACUGAUGGUAUUCUUCAUAGUAAUUCUGCCAGAAGUGAGACAGAACAAAACUGAAAAGAUGAAGGAAAUAUUGAUAAAUCUGUUCUGUCUCUGAAAAAAAAUAACUCAUGUUCAAAAUUAAUAGUUAAGGCACAAAAGAAGCAACAGAUGGAAAUACCUGUCAGAUUUAAUAAAUUGCAACAAAAUAUAGCUUAACAUUAGAUGUAAGAGUAUUUGCAACUCUUUCCUAAAUCUCCCCUCGUGUGUGUAAUUAUUUAUCCCUGUGUCUGUAACCAAACAUAAAUAAUUGCUAUAUUUUGUAGAGCCCUCUAUAAAAUAUAGCCUUCUAGAUAACAACUAUCAAGUACACAAAUAACACGGUUAAGGACUCUAUAGCAGUUUUGUUUUUUGUUGUUAAAAUGAAGAUUCCUUUAAAGAGAGUUUUUCUUUCUGUUACCACAUAGGAUACCAAAAAUGCAAAAUUACGGACUUGUGCCACUAUGCCUAUGUUUACACCUGGAGAGGAAAGAGUUCAGCUCAGGUAAGAGAUAUGUAUUUACUUAUGUAAUAGCAUAGAAUGAAUGGGCCUCUGUUGGUAAUUUGUACAUUCUGUGAAACAGAAAAACAUGGAACGUUUUGUUCUUCCUGUGAAUAGCCUAUUUCUGCCUCCUAAAUAAAUGUCAAAAGUAGUAAUCUGAUACUAAAAUGGGCGAAAAACGUGAAAGUUGAGGGGGAGUUAUCCCAACUGAUUCACAAACACAAAUCAAUAGAGAUACAAAAAAUUUAAGGAUGGUGGGACUUGUAUUGGAAGGGGAUUAAUUGCUGAGAACACUGAACCUUUACCACUUCUAAAUAUAAAUUAGAUGUUAGAAAAUGUUUCCAUAGUUUAGCAAACAUAGCUAACUAGCUAUAUAGAUAAUCAUUAUUAUUAUUGACAUUUAUAUAGCGACAACUUAUCCUUCAGACUAAAACUCUAAUGGGGGGGGAGGCAGGUAGUUUAUGGAGUCGCCCACGAGAAGUUGCACGUUAGCAGUACGAGUAUGAUAAGCAGACAGAAGGUCACCAGCAGAGUGGAGUUGCCAGGAAGUGGUGAACCGAUUAGUUCAAAAAUAUAGCAGGGGUAGAUGUUUUAAGUGUUUUGUAGGUAAGAGUUAAUAUUUUUAAAAGAAUCCUAUAUGGUACAAGAAGCAAAGGUAACAAUUGACUGAAGUGUAAAGUGUAAGAGGGGUGGAGGCAGUAUGGUGUCUGGAGAGACCAGUUAGUAGAGAAAUACAAAAGUAAUGGGAGAAAUUACAAGAGCAUAAACCAGCUGCUUAGGAGCAUCUUGUGUAAGAAGGGUCAGUCAUGUGCAAAAUCUUUAAGGCGGAAUUGGUAGUAUUUGGCAAUAUGUGAGGCACAAAGAUGAGGCUAGAAUCAAUGAUAACAUGAAGGCAGCAAGCUGGCAAUGGCAGGCUAAUCAACUUGCGGGGAGAGUGAAAGAAGAAGAUUGUUUUGGACAGAUUAAGUUUCAGGAAGCAGAAGAGAUUGAUGAUGGCAAGAGAGGAACUGGAAACUUGUUCUAGGAGCGCAGGAGAGAGAUUGGGGAGGUGAGUUAUAUCUGAAUAUCAUCAACACACAAGUGGCAGAGUAAUCUAAAAGAAUUAAUGUUUGCCAAGAGAGGUAGUAUAAAGAGAGAGAGCAGAAGGACACAAAGGACAGAGCCAUAAGAGGAAUAAGUGUUACCUGAAAAGGAGACACUUAAUGAGAAAGACGAAAACACAGCAAGAAGAGUUUGGAGGGGGAAUGCAAAGGGCAAGUCAUGCCAGAACCUUUGAAGAGAAAAUUAGUAAAUAUAUAGUAUAGUAGUUAGAUGGGAAAGAUGUGUCAAAAUAUUACUUUUUUUAGGAGGAAAACAACAGUAGCAUGUUUGAAGGGAAAUGUGACAAUGCUAGUGGAAAGAGCGCAGUUCAAGAAAGCCGUUAAAGAUGGCCCAAGGCAAGGAGAAAGAGAUCUGAUAAUGUAAGAGGAUAUUGAUCAAGGGGACAAGUAGUGGGGUGAGUGGAAAGGAGAAGACAAGACAUAUCCUAUUUAGUAGCCAGAGAGAAGGAUGAAAGGGUAGGAGAGGCACAGACCAAGUCAGGUUGAUGGAGAGGGGAGCAAUGGUGGGAGAAUGUUUUACUUAAUUGAUUAAUCUUGUAGGGAGCAAGUUGACGAAGUGCACAAUGGUUGGAAGUGUGUCUGCCUUAAGGGAGAUUGGUUUAACCUGGUUGCAUUGUCCAAAGCCGAGAUGAGGGUGGUGUUGCAAAAGAAGAUAGCCAGGAUGGGAUAGGGGAAAGUAGGGAUGGUUUCAGUUGCUAAAAGUCAAGAGAAAUCAUGUUUCUACUAUGUUGGUGUUUCUCCUCUGUUAGACUGAGGAUGCUGGGUGAGGGUGCUCUUGUAAACAUAGCAUAAGAGGUGGUGAUUUAAGAGAGGAAACAGAGUGCUAGUGAGAUUACAGACUGCACAUGAAUGUGAGAAUAUUAGGUCAAUGGUAUUGCCUGCUACAUGUGUGGGAAAAGAAGUCCACUUGGAUAGCACAAGGGAGGGAGUAAUGGAAGGAAGUUUUGAGGCUACAUAGGUCAGAGUUGGGUUAAUUGGAAUGUUGACAUUCCCAGGAAUUAGUGAUGGAGUAUUAGAUGAAAGGAAGUCAGGGGGCCAUGAGGCAGAAUGGCCAAAGAUGAGGAAAGGGGAGCCUAGGGGAUGAUAAAUAGUAGCAACAUUUGCAGAGAUGUGUUUGCACAGGCCUAAUUGAGUGAACCUCAAAUGAAGAGAAAGCGAGGGAAGGGAGGGACAGAGGUUUGAAGGAGCAGUGGGGGGAAAGCAGAAACUCAUCCCUCUACACUGACUAUCAGAUUCUAUUAGGAAGUGAGUUAAUUGGAGACCACCAAAGGUUAAUGAGGCAGUGAGAGCAGUAUCUCAGGGAGAUAGCUAGGUUUCUGUUAAUGCCAGUAAGUUUAUGGAAUGUAAGAUGAAUAGAUAAUGCAUUAAACAGAUGCAGACACAAUUAAAGGGACACUAUAGUCACCCAGACCACUUCAGCUCAAUAAAGUGGUCUGGGUGCCAGGUCCCCCAGGUUUUAACCCUUCACAUGUAAACAUAGCAGUUUCAGAGAAACUGCUAUGUUUACAUUGCAGGGUUAAUCCAGCCUCUAGUGGCUGUCUUCCUGACAGACACUAGAGGCCCUUCUGCAACGCUGGAUGCGAAAAUCGCAUUCAGCGUGCAGAAUGUCCAUAGGAAAGCAUUGCGAAAUCAUUGAGAAAUGCCGCGCACACGCAUUCCGCUCCACUCGGGAGCUAACUCGGCGGGGAGGAAAGGUGACCAGCACUGAGGGAGCCUGGUGCUGGAUUAAAGUAAGUAACUGAAGGGGUUUUAACCCCUUCAGCGCCAAGGGAGGGGGGCCCUGAGGGUGAGGGGGACCUAAGGGUUAUAUAGUGUCAAGAAUACAAGUGUGUUUUCCUGACACUAUGGUGAUCCUUAAAAAAAAAAAAAAAGAUUUUCAAAUGUAAAAUUCCUGCAUUCUAUGUCCCCCUAGACUUUACAUCUACUGCACUACUACACUGAGUUUUUGGCUCAGACCCGGGAGCACCUCAGCCAGCCAUUAUUCUCCCUUAAUUUACUAUGACAGUUUUUGGGGGAUUUCUCAUAAAUCUCUGCACAGCAAUGUUUUAUGAGAACAGCACAAUGAUUCUGAGAGUUUCUGUAGAAUUAACUUUUGAACUACAACUUCCAGAAACCAAUGCUGUGCAGCCAUUUAACUCUUCAUACAUCUGCAUUAUUGUAGUAAACCGUAUAAAAGUGCAUGUUUAGGUGUGAAAACUAAUAAUUAUUAUUUAAAGCAAAAAGAAAUUACUGAAUAAAAAAAGUAUUACUAAAAAAACAAACACACACACACACACUAACUGUAACCUGACCUAUACAUUACACCUGGAAAAAGGUCUGGAACUGGAAAAUAAAAUUUGGGACAUUUUAUUAUUAUUAUUAUUAUUUUUUAAUGUUGCAGCUUUGUCUGACUAUUUAUUUAUUUUUAUUUUUUUUCUCAAAUCAAUCUCCAUUUAAUAUCCCUGAAUAACAAAGCAAAAACCAGAUUAUUGAAAUUAUUGCAAAUAUAUUAUACAUAUAUACAGAAAGAAAUCUGGACUUUCACAUUGACAUAAGUAUUCAGAUGCUUAACAAAGUACAUAGUUGAAGCACCGUAACACUGAUUACAGCCUCAAACCUUCUUGGGUAUGAUGAAAAAAGUUUUGCACACCUGCAUUUCGUUAGUUCCUCCCAUUCAUCUCUGCAGAUCAUCUCAUGCUUUGUCAGGUUAGAUAGGGACUGUCAGUGGACAGCUAUUUUCAAGGCUCUCCAGAGAUGCUCGAAAUGGUUUAAGUCCAGGCUCUGGCUAAGCCACUCAAGGACAUUCACAUAGUUGACCCUAAGCCACUCUUGCAUUGUCUUGGUUGUGUGCUUAUGGUCAUUGUCCAGCUGGAUGGUGAUCCUUUGGCUUAGUCUGAGGUCCUGAGUGCUUAUUAUACAUAUCUCUAUUAUUGUUGUGGUUAGCUUUACCUCAACCAUGAUCAGUCUCCCAGUUCUGGUUGCUGAAAAACACCACCACCAUGCUUCACUAUUGGGAUGGUAUUGCACAAGUGAUGAGAAGUGCAUGGUUUACUCCACACGUAAAGUUUCAAAUAAGGGCCAAACAGUUUUAUCUUCAUUUCGUAAGACCAGAUAAUCUUUAUAAGCAUCAGAGUCAUUUAAGUUUUUUUUGCAAAUUCCAAGCCGGUUUUCAUUUGUCUUGCCGUGAAGAGUAGCUUCUGUCUGCCCAGUCUGCUAUAAAAGCCAUAUCGGUGGAGUAUAGCACAAACUGCCAGCUUUGCAGUGAGUGUUCCACAUGUUUGACCCAUUUCCACAUGUGAUAUCAGAAACUCUUGGUCACCUCUCUUACCAAGGCUUAGCUUGGUGAGCGAUAUUGCUUAGUGUGGCCAACAUCUCAAAGGUGAUCAAAACAAAUGGGAUGCAUCUGAGCUAAAUUUCAAAUUACAUACCAAAGGGCUUUGUCAUUAUGGCAUAUUGAAUGUAGGUAAUUUAAACUAUUCUACCAUAAGGCUGCAAAAUAAAAAAUGUGAAAAAAGUCAGAAUAUUUACUGAAUGGACUGUAUAUGUAAAAUAAAACAAGUAUCAACAUUUUUUGGAAGAGUGCAGAGUACUCCUAAACAUCUUCCAUAUAAAUCAAUAACCGGCAUGCCCUCCUGUAAUGGAUCACCAGGCACCCUGACUGGGUACCUCCGUUGAAGGAUGCUCCUAGGGCUUCUUGAGGACCCCAAGCACUCGAACCAACACCACAACCACCGCAGGCCGAACCUCUCUUCCUUCAAAGCGAAGCAGGAACAAGUGCUUACCUGAGCUUAGGAGUGAUUAAAGCAAGGAAAUAUGCAGAGCAUAGCAAUCCCUUGUAGCAGAUUCCCCCAAUAAGAGACAGAACUCCAAAUUGAGGGUGAAGUACAACUGCCUAAAACUUUAUUUUACUUGGGACUAGCCCAUAUGGUCAUUACAUUAACAUUGCUGUGAAAACUCAAUAAAAUUACAAACAGUCAAAUCAUAACAGGCAAAAUACAGUGACUUAUUAUAACACAAUGGCAUAUUUUUAAAGAGGGGGGAGACAAAAAUUAACAGAAAAUAUCUCACGUGCCUGCAUAAUUAGCAAUAUGCAAAUCUACCCGAAUAUGCAAAUGAACCAGUCUUGCUAUUCAGGUAGUGCAUAUUGCUGUUGCUACCAACAGAGGGCACUAGACAAGCUCCACAGCCAAAUCCACCUAGUUGGUAGCAAACCUCAGCAGUACAGGAGAGCAGGCAAUACAUCCCUGGGGCCAUAGUCACAUGGCAGGAGGCUGGCAAUCAGUCUUCUCCAAUGUCCAGUGGCGAGGCUGGUUCCGCCACACCUCCCUUUUUCUGUUGUCUUUCUGUUUAUGUCCUUCCCUUUCUAUCCAUCCUUUUCCUAUGUUUCAUACUGCCUUGAAAAAUUAUCAACACCUAUAUUAAAACAGUUUUACUUUCUAUAACAGAUCUUUCAGUGAUCCAGCCAAGGAGAGAAAGAAUGAUGAUGAGGAGGGAAAAACACAGCGAAUCACGCAGAUUGUGCAUAACGAACAGGAAGGUUACUCUACUGUAGAUGCACCACUGGCUAGCAAUAGGUUUAGCCUACCCUCUCACGUGUACAAAGAUGAGUUACUGGAAGACUUGACUAUAUCUCCCUAUGCCAGCUUUACCUCCCUUUCAGAUAGAACACGGCCAGUGAUGAGUGGAUGGCUGGACAAACUCUCACCACAAGGGUGAGUUGAACUUUCACAAUGGUAAACUACUAUAUUUUACUACAAUCUACGCUUUUUGUAACCAAGAGAUUGAAAGCAUGGUGAGGCUAGUAAGGCUCUCAAUUGGUGAGACAAUGAUGUAGAGAAAAAAAGUGAGGUUUGGGACAAGAUUUUUUUCUUGAUGAUUCACAGUUAUAGUUAGUUGAGUGUAUUUCAUGUAAGCAAUCCCUCAACGGUGACUUGUCUUUUUCAGAUUAGGAAAAAGUUCCCUCUAAAAUAAAACCUCCAAUGUCUUAAGCACAAAACAGUUUUGCUUUUAGCUUCUACUGACAAAGUAGAUUGUGAAUUUCAAGUUGUGUGACAGAAAAAUCCUCUCAUAAAAUAUCUGCAUGUAAAUUAAAAACCACUAUAGUCACCCAGACCACUUCAGCUCAAUGAAGUGGUCUGGGUGCCAGGUCCACCAGGUUUUAACCCUUCAGAUGUAAACAUAGCAGUUUACAUUGCAAGGUUAAUCCAGCCUCUAGUGGUUGUCUUCCUGACAGCAGCUAGAGGUGCUUCUGCGACGCUGGAUGCGAAAAUCGCAUUCAGCAUGCAGAAUGUCCAUUGGAAAGUAUUGAAAAAUGUUUUCGUAUGGACUCUUUGAAUGUGCGCAUUCCACUCCACUUGGGAGCAGACGUCGGAAUGGGAGGAGAAGUUAACAGCGCCGAGGGAGCCCGGCGCUGGAUUAAAGUAAGUAACUGAAGGGGUUUUAUCCCCUUCAGCGCCAAGGGAGGGGGGCCCUGAGGGUGGUGAGUCCUAAGGGUUGUAUAGUGUCAGGAAAAAGAGUUUGUUUUCCUGACACUAUAAUAAUCCUUUAAAAUGUCAAUAUAAGCAUCAAUACUACUAUAGCUGAUUGUAGUGGUUAUAAUGCUAUGCUUUUUAAGGUACCACUUUUGCUGUAUAAUAAUUUUGGAGCGGUUUGAAAAAGAAUUACUCCUGCAUUAUCCUUUCAAACAUAUCCAUCCUUGUACGGCAAUGAUAGCCAGAGAAAGCUGGGCUAAAGUGUACUCAGUGUUUUCAGCCUACGUGCCAUGCAAGGGGAAAUACGCACUGUUUUGGUCAAACUACCCUUAAAUAGUGUGACAUAAAACUGAGGGAACAACACCUUAAAUGAACAGUAUAAAUGUAGGAAACAAAAACUGCAUUCCUAACACUAUAGUGUCACUGUACUUACAUCUUCAUAGCACCCCCCUCGCUUUAAAAAACAAAAAAAAAAUUAAAAAAGCUAACGUUUAACUUACCUUUUUUCAUUGCUGAGGCGUUUACAGCACUGCUCACCUCUCUGCCUCCCACAACGUCACAGAGAAGAUGUGGCCUCAUCCAUCAUAGCCAAGUCCAAUGCUCCUCUUAGAUGCGGAUGUGGGUGCAUUCAAGCUCCCACACAGGGUAGCAUUGCAUUCAAUGCUUUCCUAUGGGCUUCUACAUUACUUGACUGAGUUUUACUUGGUCAGUGCCUCUUGUGGCUGUCCGUAAUAUAAAAAAAUGCAAUGUUUUAGCCACUGCAUGCAGGCCACUUCAUUGAGACUAUGAUGUUCCUUUAAGAUUCAUAGCCUCUUUAAGCAGCCACAUAGAAAACAUUUUAUAACAGUAUAUAAAGAUAUUCUUUAUACUUUAAAGGCACACUGUAUCAAUAUUAAUACAAACCUGUAUUCCUAACACGAUGGUUCAUAGUUAGGUUAGUGCACAACCAUGUUUGCUCCAAAAAUAUAUAAAAAAAAAAAAAAGGAUUUGCUCACAUUUUCUCCAGCUCUGGGUCUCCCUCAAUGAUGCUGACCUGUCCACCUCCCACAUUGUUGUUUCUGCAAAGCGGCAAUGUUUUACCUUUGAGGGCUAAAAUUACAGGACCACUGUAUCCAGAGACUUCAGUAAGAUGAAGUGGUCUAGGUGACUUUAACGGUCCUUUAAUGGAUUACAUGAGGUAAAAAUUAUGCCAUGUAAAAAACAAAAAUAAGGUCCGCUGUGUCUUUAAGACCAAAUUUGCAACAAAACCUCAAGUGCAAAAUGUACAGUGAAAAUAUUGCAUAAAAUAUCUUUAUAUAUACAUAUUUGUGUCUUCUCCAAAUAUCAUGACCAUAUAGAAGGGAGAGACACAGAGAAACAAUAAUAGUGUAAAUCAGUUAGGACAAUAAUUAAUAAAAUGUAAUAAAGUGUACACUCACAAAGAUAUAGCAGAGAAAGCCUGCUCUAAAUAUCAUCAGCUUCUUCAAAUAUUCCCCCUUGGGAAAAUAACUGCGCGGACGAAACGAUCCACUUCACAAAUUUAUUGCACGAUCCAGCACUGGUACAGGUAAUCCUCCUUUCUUUAGAACAAAUAUUUUUUCAAGUAUAAAAGGCUGCUCACAUAUAGGGAUGUCGACUUGUCCCUCCAAUACUGCCGCUAUUGCCGCAAGCCCAAACUUCCGGGAGGAGGAGUCACCAAAGGUGCGUAGUGUGUGGUAUAACGUGAUGACGUGUUUCGCUGUAUUCACGCUGAACACGGAGGGACAAGUCAACAUCCCUAUAUGUGAGCAGCCUUUUAUACUUGGACGCAUACUUGUUAUAAAGAAAGGAGGAUUACCUGUACCAGUGCUGGAUUGUGCAAUAAAUUUGUGAAGUGGAUCAUUUCAUCCACACAGUUAUUUUCCCAAGAGGGAAUAUUUGAAGAAGCUGAUGAUAGUCAGAGCAGGCUUUCUCUGCUCUAUCUUUGUGAGUGUACACUUUAUUACAUUUUAUUAAUUAUUGCUCUUUCUAACGGAUUUACACGAUUAUUGUUUCUCCGUGUCUCUCCCUUAUAUAUGGUCAUGAUAUUUGGAGAAGACACAUAUGUAUGUAUAAAGAUAUUUUAUGCAAUAUUUUCACUGUACACAAGUGCACUUUAUAUCACUUUGCACUCUGCACUUUAUUACAUUUUGCGCUUGAGGUUUUGUUGCAAAUUUGGUAUUAAAGACACAGUGCACCUUAUUUUUGGUUUUUACAUGUUCAUGAGUGUUGGUUUGAGCUCUACACGUAUUUAGGUGCAGCUUCUUUUUAUGCUAUAUUUCUUAGUAUUAUAUUUGUUUUUACUGUUUUAGACAUUUGUUACUAGCGCCUAUAAUCUACUUGUUUUUUGUGUGUAAGUUUUAUGCCAAACUUAAAAUGUAAUGUAAUAAUGUAAUAGUGGAUAUAUGGAAAUAUUUGUUUAAAAUUACAUUUGUAAUUGUGUGUUUCUUUAAAUUAGGAAUUAUGUUUUCCAGAAAAGAUUUGUUAAAUUCGAUGGACAAAAUCUAAUGUAUUUCGGUAACGAAAAGGUAUGCUAUAACUUGGAUAGAAUAUAUUGACUAUAAAUAUUCACGUUUUAUUAAUAGAAGCACCUUUUUUAUACAAUAUCUUUCUCGUUCUCUUCUAAUGCUGUACCAAACAGAGAUGGACAAAGUUUCAAGGUAACAUGUAAGGUGAUACUGCAAUAUCAAUUGCAAAUACAGGACCAUAUGUUUUCCCUUUGAAGAAUACAUUACAUAUAUCUUCAUUGCCAACAGCAAAGUUAAAGGAGAUCUUCAGAUACUUCAUGUAUAAAAAUAUUUUUUUUUCUUAUCAGUCAGUUUACUAAACCAGUAAAAAAAAAUAAACAGAAGCACUUUUUCUCUAUCCCGUUGUCAUAUUCUUCCUGAAAGAAGUGCUAAGCCUUUUUUUUUUUUUUUAAAUAACAUAUUUGUAUAUCUUCCAUAAAUCCUUUCUGUUCAGGGGUUUAUGUUUUGCAAUCUUUCUUAGCUUUCUUUGCUGUUUGCUCUUUUUCAUUCCUUUUUUUUACACAAAGUAUUGCAAAAAUUAUGCUAAAAAUAAUUUUUACUUCUUUCAUUAUAGUUAUAAGAAGGCAUAUUAAAAACUCUCCUAUCUUACCCUUUUUUUACAGUAAAAGUGACUUAUAUUUUUUUAAUUAAGAACUUGUCAUUAAUUUUUUUUUAAGAAUUACACAUAAAGGGUUAUUCCAACCACCAUGACCACUUCAGCUUUUAGAAGUGGUCAUGGUGGUAGGAAUAACGUGACACAUUCAGAGAUAUUUGCACUUUUCUGCCAGGAGUUAGCUGCAUCCCUGGCACAUGUGACCCAAUGUUAAUUCUGUGCAGAAAAAAAAAAAUCUGUCAUCAGCGUGCACUGCCGACAGAUGUUGUCAGCUUCUCCCCUUCCAGGCAGCGCUGACUGUAAGAGGAAGCUUUUGCUCUUUCCUCGAUCUCCCUCUCUCUUGAACUACCUCACUCAGUUUUGUACAUUGAGGUUUUUUUUAAAAUAUAUAUUCAAAGAAUCUGGAAAACAGUCCGGUCAGAUGCUUUUUUAAAAUUAAAAAAAGGCAUGUUCACUUUAUAAAUUAUAGUGAAAGUUUGAUAGUGAUACAUAGUUGCCUUCCAAGUACUGUAUACAUAUUUAUAUUUAUAUUUUAAUACUAUUCAAUCACUGUAGACUAUUUAUUGACCAAUGAGCAGGGAUUUACAUACCUAAUUUUAUACUCUUCUAUACAAGUAAUAUUCUUGUUAUGUGAUUAUAGGAGCUGUAUCCUAAAGGGGUUAUACCCCUCACAUCAAUCGAAAUGGCUCGUUUAAGCAAAGAGAACAAGUUUGAAGUAGUUACAAAACACAGGAUUUUUGUCUUCAGAGCUGAGAGUGAAGGUGAGAUUUUAUUUGUGAAAAUACAAUAAAACAAACACUUUUGAAAUAGAGAAACGUUAUUGAAACAAAGUUGUUUUCUUAAAUUGCCAGUCUAUUCAGAUUCUAUAUAGGUUUCUAUGUGCAUAGACCCUAGCUCAAUCAUUAUCACUGAUUUUUUCUUAAGUCCAUUUCCUGUCUACAUUACUGUUUGAAUGCCAGUGUCAUGCUGAGCACAUUCAUUGUGUCUUUUAUGUUUGAAUGGGCUAUAAGGAAGACACAAGCACAAAACGUUAUUUGCAAAUGAAGCAAUUAUUUCCUUUACCUUCCUUAGAGAAAAAACAGAUUGUGUGCAUGUGAGAGCAACCAGAACAUAUUAUGGACUCCCAGAAUGCAUGUUGUGAAUUUUAGCAGAUGUGAAAAAUAUUAGCAAUCUGAUAUAAAACUGGAGUUUUGGACCAACAAAAAGCAUUACAAAAAUUCUACACUAACCAAUUGUGAGCAUUUACGGUAGAAAAUCUGUAAACAUAAAACAAAUCUGAAUAGCUAACUUAUAUUUUUGCAGUCAUUUUGUUAAAGGACAACUUCAGUUCAUAUCUGACCACUGUUGUUAUUGUAUGUAUCGAUAAUGGAUUCAAAAUUUGCACAAAAAAGACUAAUAAUAAUAAAAAAGAUACAUUUGAAAUCCCCCUAGGGAUGUGCAUUUUCCUGCAGUGAGAAUUGCCUGUCUAGAAUUCAGAAAAACAGGAAGCUGGUGAGACCUGCCUACCAAUCUUCACUUUCUUAUUGAUUUCUUUAGGAUAGAUGAGCACAACAACAUAAAUCCCAGUCCAGCACAGGGAAAUAUAGUUGAGCACUGUGAGCACUGUAGCAAUUUAAUUUAUGUUAAAACAUGACAAACUGAUGUGAACAGAAGUCAUGUUGUGGCUUCUAUAACCUAAAUGGAUACUCUAAGCAGGAAAACAACUGUCACUGAAGUGGUUUUGGUUUAUAGACACGUUUAUUGCCAUUUAGGAGUUAAAUCAUUUUGUUUAUGCAGCCCUUUUUACAGCUCUGCUCACUGUUACUCACAAAGUCUCCAUAAAAAAAAGGUUUACUUCUAAUCAGAUCUUACAGCACAGUGUGUUUACUCCAUAACAGAGGUCGGCAACCUAAGACGCACACCUCCAGUGUGUGCAGAACCCACAGCUAAACUUCCUUUAUGCUCUGACGCUUUCUUGAGAGUUAGAGCAUUACCGCAGGUUACCAUGGCAAUGCUCUGUCUUGCCAGAAAAGCACCAGAGCAGAGAAAGAAUGAUGAGCAGUCAGCACCCAUAGAAGGUGCAGACUGAGAGCUGCAACUACCAAACCACCAGGGAACAACGGACAUUCAUGCUCCCCUCCUUUGCAAUGGUAAGAGGGUGAGGGCAUAAAAAAAAUACUGCAAGGGUCCGGCGAGAAAAACAACCGAAGGCCUUAACCCCUGGUGCGCUGGCAAUUGAGGGAGACAGACACCUGUACACCUGCAGCUUCCCACUACAGGGCAUCGGCUGAGCAGUCUACAGGGUUGCUCACAGCACGCACAGGACACAGGCGGUAACCAUAGUGCCCUAAGGACAUCCAGAGGCAGGACCAGGGAUGAUUGCUUCGCCUGACCCGUUAAAAUCACUGGACUUUGGCUCUGCAAAGGGACUAUCGAGGGGUGAGUGGGAGUAAGGUGCGGGACCAACACGUGCGAGACUCUGACAAAUGCCGCCUAUGCUCCCCACCGUACCUGACAACACAGCCUGAACUGUUUGCUCACCCUUUUGUGUUUAAACAGUUAACUGCAAAUAGCCUGAUUACAUACAGAUUACUACCACUGCCUACUUAACCUGAUAUAUAUUAGUCACAGCUCUAUACUAACACACAUAUCUCUUAUACGCUAAUGUAUAGGAUAGUGAAGCUCAUAUGACAUCUUACACAAAGGAUCUAUCUUGUAUGCAGCAGACACCCUGUCUUUUACUUAAAUUACUCUUAAAGAAUAAUGUUUAGACCUAGCAUGUUUACACAUUGUGCGCCCCAGCAUAGCAUUGCACUUAACUCUAUUCAUACACUUAGUAGAUAUGCACUCAAACGACUGAACAGCGAUAUCCAGUAUAAUGUUACAUAAGCUUGUUUCCUACCAUGUUAAUACUUAACUACCUUUAAACAUAAAAUUUGUGCUAGCUAUCUCAUAUACCUCUCUGUUCAACUGUCUAUAAUGGGUUGGAGGAAUGCCUUUGGGGUACCUCACAAACGACUGUUAAAAGCUUAUGCACUACAAAAAUAAAGAAUAAAAAAAAAAUGUUAGACUGGAAUACGUAUACACCAAAACUACUACAUUUAGCUUUAAGGACCAUUAAAGUCAUCCAGACCAAUUAGAUCCACUUCUAGUGGCUGUACUCCUUACCCAGUUCAGGUAACGCAGGAUCUAAUAGAAAAACAUUGAAUUCAAUGUUUUUCUAUGUGAAGCAUUUGGGGGUGCACAUCAGUUUCCAAUGAGGAGCAUUGUAUUGGCCAUCGGAUCAAGAACCGGAUGAUGUCACAGACAGACAACAAACCUGCUAGUAUUUCUAACGCUAUAGUGUUCCUUUAAAUUGUUUUCGUGCUUAGAGUGUCCUUCUAAUAACAGGUCAGUAAUAACUGAGUAAUAGAGAUCCUAUGAAGGUAGUGACUUGUAUUGCCUGUACCAGCCUUUUUCAUGUUCUCCAUACAAGUACCGGAAAUGUACUGUACAGGUGCUGGAUAUGUAUAAGUAAAUAUUUAUCACUGAUGUAUUUAGUGGGUUGGAGGGUUAUAGCUGCAACUUUUUUUCUGUAGUUUUUUUCUCAUCAUUCUAAGAACUGAUAAGCAUUAAUCAUAGCUCAGCAAUAAGUUGCAUCCAAUACAGUAAGUGUAUGUCCAAUGCAUGGCUAAUAAUUCAUAUAGAUCAAAAAUAAAUGUCUUGUAUCUGAUCAGUAAGAGUAAAUGCUUUGUGCUUUAGACAUUGUAAUUAUCUCAAACUUUACUGCCCGGUGUCUUGUUUAUUUCUGAUUUAUGCAGCUCAACGCAAUGAGUGGUGCUCUACUAUUCAGAACAGGGUAAAAGAACAGUGCAUGCUGUUCCCACGAACACGACAAGGCACCUUUUCAUGUAAGAGAUCUGGCUACUUGGAGCUCAAAGGUCAUAAGUCUAAAAUAUUUGCCGUCCUUACCACUGAUGAGCUGUGGAUUCAUAAAAAUGAGCAGGUAAGAAGUUAGAGAAAGUGUACACUUCUUAAAUAAUGGCACUCCAGAGCAAUGAUGGCACACCCUGUAGAUCAUAAAAUAUUCUUUAUAAACCCAUACAUCACUUUUUAAUAAGUAAACAGGGCCUUUAAUCUUUUAAAAGACAUGUGAACUGGUGUAUUGAAUUACUUAUUCAGCCUGUGUGAAAUAACAUCUCUCCAUUUGCUUUGAGGAAAGCGCCCCCUAGAACAUAUUUUGCUUUAAACACUUAAAAAAACAUUUCAUUGACUCUAUCUGCAAAAAUAAACCUAAUUAAAAAAAAUUCUAUUCCCAAACAAAUAAUAUUUCUACAAUACUACAAGUGGACAGUAAGUUUUUAGUUUUUUUUUAAGUUUAUAUUUGUAUUUACAUUUUUCAAAGAAGUUUAUAUAGCAUUUUCAGUAAAAGGGGUGAAGAAAAAAGAGAGAAAAGUCAAUGAUCCAGGAUGUUGAUAUUAAACUAAAUACAUCAAUUCUGUUUGUUGAAUAGGUUAAUGUCUUAAUCGACCUUUACUUCUUUAGUACAAAUACAGCAAACAUGCUACUAACUUUAUGAAUGGCAAGUUUAAUGGAGGCUGUAAAGACUCAGAUCUGUCUUCUAUAGUUACAGGAGAAUUUUGGCAACUCAAUCUUUCGUUUACAAAUGUGCGAUUUUACCUACACGCAAAUUGUUGAUAGGAUGUUGUUAAUCCUUCUGACUUUUCAUACUAUUGUUUUUUGUUUGUUUGUUUUUAUGGUUGCAGUUUUUCAAAAUGGGCAUUGGGAUAUUUGUAAUUGACAUGCAUGGUUCAACAAUCCGUUGUGCACGAAACAAGAACUUUGAGUUGAUUACCCCACAAAAAAUCUUCAGGUAAUUAGAAACAAUGAACAAUAUUUAUAUGACACCAUUCUUCAUUUAAUAUGUUUCGACUUCAUAAUAUUCAUAAUAAAACACAAAAGAACUGCAAUGCAUUUGCUUACUUUUUUUUUUACCUAAUCAUUGCUAAUAAUUAAUAAGUUCAUCACAUUUUACAAGGAAUAAACCUUGAAGGGACACAAUAGUCAUCAAAACAACUACAGCUUAAUGUACUGGUUCUGGUGUCUGUAGCAUGUCACUGCAGGCUUUUCAAUGUAAACGCUGCCUCUUCAGAGAAAAGGCCUUGUUACACCACAGUGUGCAGCACAGGCGUUUAUCAUCUCCACGCUCUGCAUGGAGGCACUGAACAUUCCUUAUAGAGAUUCAUUGAUUCAAUGCAUCUCUAUGAGGAGAAGCUGAUUGGUGCAGCGUUUUGCUGCUCUUGCACAAUAGAAUUCCUAUGCUUAGCUAUGGGAGAACAUUGAGAUCUGUAGCAUGUGACAAAAGGUGAGUAAAACUACAUUUAAUCUCAGAGGAGAGGGGGUCAUGGACCUAACGCUGCAUCCCAAAUGUAAUUUACUUUUUUUUUUUUUUUUUUGAGAUCAAGGAUCUCCCAUUGUAGGGAUAGUGAGAGAUGAUUUUCUCUUAUCUGAUCCGCUAAAGGCAUCCCUUAAUCAGUGUAGGGUGGAAAUCAAUAUGUAUAUUAACAAAAGUUUGUGAAUGUUUUAAAAAUUCCAAGUGCAUUAGAAAAGUUUGCUUUUACUGAAAAAAUAACUCCUUCAGUGGAUCUCACAGGAUAUUUUAAUAACAUUUAAAUGUGAAUUAAUUAAAUACUGAUUAGCAUGGUUGAUAACAUAUUUCUAUUUAAAUGAAUAUUUUUUCUAAAAAGUUAUUUUAAAUUGUAAAUGGAGAUCAAAGAGGAAGCAAAUAUAUGUCUAAGUCAUAAGAAAAAAACUACAACAGGAUAAAUGACAUGACAAUAAAUACAAAGAGAAAAUACGGUUCAACCAACAAAUAAACAGAUAAUUUGGCAUAGAGAUAUAAAUAUAUAUAAAAGAAAAAAAAACCAAGUGGGUUAAAGGAACACUGACACUCUCUGCUUCCUGUGACUUCGUACAGGAGUCAUGGCCUCUUCUGUAAUGGCCUAGCCCUAACCCAAUACUCCUCAUAGAAGAGCAUUGGGACCUAAUGCGCAUGCAUUCAGUCUUCCCCAUGACCGUGUUUUACUUGCGGUUGCACCUCUAGCGGCUGUUAAUAGUUCUAAAACUGCAGUAUUUUAAAUUUCAGAGUUAAAAUGACAGGACCACUGCACAUAGUCUACUUCAUUGAGAUGAAGUGAUAUGAAUGAAUAUAGUGUCCCUUUUAGAGAUGAGAUAGGGAAUGUACCAAGACAAGUAUGAACAGUGAAAGAGUUAUAGUUUAAGAGGUAUGCCUAUCACAGUAGAAACUAGUACAACUAAAUAAAUAGCAAUAUGGGGGAAGCAUACAUUAGAUCUUACUGACACACUUUUGCAUGGUGCACUGCUUUAUGAGAUCUGAAAAAUGCUCUGUGAUAGAUCUUGCUAAUGUUUUCUGUCUCAUGGUGUUUUCCAUAAUGGCCCAGAAUGUUUUGUUGCUCAAAGUAGGCAAGGCUGACAAAUUUAGGUCAACGUUUUUUAUUGUAAAGUUGCCUUUAUGAUAGAUAUUACCUUUAUUCACUACCUCCUACUUGCACCAUUCAGUGAAGAAUUAUAUUGGUCUACUUUAAAAUUAAACAUUUUUUUUCUUUACCUUUUUUUUUGUAGCCUGUGAUAACCAUAUGAGAUUUAAUAGGAGCAGCUAUGAUCUCUCUGUUUACUUAUUUACUGUUUUUAUUAUUUAUUUAGUUUCUCUGCAGAAUCAGAGCGAGAAAAAAAGGAAUGGAUGGAGGCUUUGCUGGAAUGUAUCUCUGAAUCACUUUCUGACUACGAAGUGGCUGAGAAGAUCUGGUCGAAUAAGGCCAAUAAGAUGUGUGCUGACUGCAAAGCAUUUAAUCCUGACUGGGCCUCAAUCAACCUGUGUGUUGUAAUAUGCAAGCAGUGUGCAGGUUUGUGGCGGUUUAUGCGUAGUAGAGUUGUGCAUUUGGUUCCAGAACAAAUCACAUCAAUGAUCCAUCAAAAUUCCACACUCCAAAACACAAUAUAAAUGUAUCACAAAACAAAGGAAAUGGGCAAUGGAUGAGUCAUUUUGUUUAUUUUGUGUUUCUGAUUUCCGUCGGAGAAAUGAGCAAAUGAGGGGGGAAAAAGGCAGUAAAAAAAAAUCUCUAUAUAUUAUGAUAGGUGCAUUUUUGCUCCACUUUGGUUCACCCACAUAAUUUUUUAAAAUAUUCAAAAGAAAGGAAAAAAAGAAUGAGAAAUCCACAAGUACUUUGAGUAAGAUUUUUGACGACAAAAUUUAUGUUUUCAUCGUUGAAUUAAUUUCACCAGAAGGUUACCACAUUUAUACUUUUUUGUUAUUUUGUACUUAUAAGGUUAUUCAUUAAACAACGGAUUUGGUCUGGAUGGAUAGAAUCCAAUAAAAUGGAUCAAAUUCUAUGCCCACUGGGUAGGUAUCUAAAUAAUUAUGCAUGGGGGGGAGUGGACAUGCCUAUUAGUGGCAUUGUCCAACCUCCCCUCACUGGGUGGCUGGUUGUCCCUAAUCCCAUUCCUAUGGCAAGUCUCAAGAGAAGUGAGACUUGCCUGUCAAGUUACUUUGAUUGAUAGGUUACAAGCCCAUUCUGCGUAGUUCGCUGUCAGAUUAUCUGGGUUGGAGAUUGAUUUAUUUUAAUAGUUGUAUCACAUAUUGUGGAAUUUAGUUCAGUCUUUUUUUAUGGCUGAAGAAAAGAUGAAUUCAAAGAAAGAAGAUUGUAUUUUGUAGUCUGAAUGGCCCCAUAUGCAGCCAGAUGAAUUUGCUGAGGGCCAUUCUGACUAGUGAAUUAGCAUGUAAGUGUACCGAUAGAUUUAUGCCUCUUGCUUGCUAAUUGGCAAAAAGUAUCCUUUCCAUUCCUUAGAUGACAAUAUUUUCUUUUUUCUGCAGGUCAGCACCGAAGUCUCGGAACCAGUAUUUCCAAGGUGCAGAGCCUCAAAUUAGACACAAGUAUCUGGAGCAAUGAAAUUGUGCAGGUUUGAAACCAUUCUUUUUUUGUACAACAGAAAUACUAUGGAGAUUGGCUUCAGAACAAAAACCUCAUUAUAAUAACAAAGCAUUUUGAGCGUUUUCCCUCAUCGAUUAACUGUAAACAGCAAAACUUCAUCCUCACUAUUUAGGAGGGGAAAAUCCCUAUUUGAGGUAAAGAAAACCUUCUGUUUUUGAUUGCAGAAGGUUUUUUUUUGUAUAUCUGUGUACCACCACAGCUCUUAGCUCUACAGUAAUAUAGAUAUGUUUUAAAAAGAAGUUUAAAUACAAUAGCCCACAUUAUUAUUUUAACAGGCUUGCUAAAGUGCAUAAAUUGAACAACUUGAUGCCCUGUAAAGAUUCAGGUCAAUGAAUACAUGUCCUUUUUUUCUGCCAAGAAAGUCCCAGUUAAUGUCACACUUAUUGCUUUAAACAUUAUUUUAUUGGACCAAUUUUCUAAGUGGAUAUUUAUUAAAUGGAAUUCAAAAACACAAAUACAAACUAAUUCCAAACUGUUACAUUUAUUUGAUUGAUUUUUCUGCUAAAAAGUAGAAAAUCACUACUCUAUAUGAUAUGGUAAUGGCCAGGUGAACAGUCUUACAAACCAAUGCAUGGAUUAUGAAUGUUAAUAUAUGGCGAUAUUGAAUUUAGCAAGUAUGAUAGCAUGAGUACUCGAAUUGGGGAUUCUAAAAGGCAAAACAUCCGGGUCCUCCAGUUAAAAGUGACAAUAUUCUUCAGGAGUUCCUAAAGGAACAAUGAUGGUUCGAUGUUGGAAAGACAUAUAGGUGCACCAUUGGUUGUAAUUUCAACUACAAUAAUUAUUAUAUGUAAAUGAAAAGAGCCCAAUAUGAACGAUGGGCUGACUUGUUGCCUAAUCUGAAAAAGUGAAAUGUUGUGCUCCUCAUUAAUGAUUGGGUAAUGUGUAUGUAUUCAUACAAUCAUGAUAGUAUAGUAAUUUGGAUAUUUCUCUAUUUUUAAAAAAAUAAAUAAACAAAUUUAUUGAAAUGUCAGAUUAUCUGGAAAUGUGUAGACUGGCGGGAUGACAUAAGUACCAGGCGCCUUGGCCUGGUUUCUCUAUGUUCCAAAUAGGCCUUAUAUGCUUUAUAGCAGAGUUGCAGUUGGAGUAAAUCUUAAUGCUGUUGUAGACCAUCUGGUAACUGUGCAUGAGGUUGGACAGGAAGUGGAUGGGAUCAAUUCCCGUCUCCCCACUAACAGUCUUUUACACAGGAAAUGCCUUGUCAGAGCAGGGACAUCAUUCAGAGAUGCACUCUUUAUAUUAUAGGAUUGUGAUUGAGUGAUGCAAACUGCAUAACAGUUUGUGCAUCUAUGCUACUAGUCACAGGAGGGUGGCUGGACUACACAAUACAACAAAUAACUCAUUGGAAUAACUCACAGAUUCUAUCACAAUACAUUAAAAGUAGAAAUAUGCACAUAUAUAUAAAUAUUCAGUUUUCAAUUAUAGAAACAUAUUUUUAAAAGAAAUGUUGAUGCCUGCAAUGCAGUUAAUAAAUUAAACACAGUCUAGGUGCCUUUUUGUGGGAUGGGGAGGGAGAAGCAAGGGGCCUAUUAGAAUUCUGCUUCUACAAUCACCUGGCAGGUAAAUCUGGCCCUGCCUAGCACCAUAGAAUGUGUAUUCAGCAAUGGUGUUGUACGUAAGUUUGACUAUUGCCGUUAAACAUUUUUAGCUAUUCAUCAUCUUGGGGAAUGACAGAGCUAACCGUUUCUGGGCUGCAAGACUUUUGCCAUCUGAGGUACUCAAUCACGAUGAUACAAUGGAAAAAAGACGAGAUUUCAUCACACAAAAAUACCGGGAAGGCAGGUUCAGAGCCCCACAUCCACAUUAUACUUCCCAAGAGGAGAUACUUAAGGUAAUGAAUAAUAAAGAAAAUCUGUGCUUCGUAAUGUAAGGUGUCUUGAAAAAAAGUUCUUCAAACAUGAAGAAAAAAUGUAUGGAAGUGUUUUUUCCAUGGCUAAAUCAUUCCUUAUUGAUUUUACUUUGAAGAGAUAAUGACAGCUGCAUUCUUUUCUUGUGUUUCUUAAGGAAAAUGGUUUAGAGUGGAUACAUGGUUUUAGACCACCUAGGUUCCUAAAUGUUUGGUAUUUUAUCUAUUAUUUACAAUUCAAAAAUGUUAAUUCAUUACAACUAGGAUAGGGUGCAAAUCCUUGGUCCUAGGUUGAGUCAUAUAUGACCGCAUAAUUUCCCUACUCACACAAUGAGUGGACAACAUGCAAUUUCUUCAUUUGGCUUACAAGUAUCAAUUCCUUUUACAAUUAGAACCAUUCUUCCGCUUUUAUUUGUUAUAGUCCACAGUUCCUCCUUUUAAAGGCAAACGUGUGUUCACCUUUCAAGGAAAAAAGUAGUGGUUCAAUAACACUUGUCUGUGGAUAUCCCUUUUAAGUUUUUGAUUUAUCCAAUCUCAUACAUAUCCACAACUCUGGUUUCAUACAGAACCACAGUAGAUAUGUUAUUUCUUGAACCACAGUAUAUAUGUUACUCUCAUGAUAUACAAACAUAUCCAUAUAGUCAAUAUCUACAGAAUUCGCGGGGCCUGUGCUGCAAGAGGACAUUAUGGUUACAUUGUUUCGUUCACUGAGUCAGCAUGCAGAGUUUCCAUUGUGAUAUUCAUCAGCUUUUUAAAAUAUCAUAGUUUCCUGUGAUAUUCAUCAGCUGUUUUUUUUUUUUUUUUAGAACCAUGCCAACUCAGCAUAAUUAGAUAGAGAUAUAGAUAAAUAGAGGAACUGAUAGACUAUUUUGAUAGAUUAUGAUAGAUUAUUUUUUUAAGGAUUACUCCAAGCGUACUCCAUGCACCACAACCACUAGUGGCUAUGGUGCCAUGAUUGCACUGGCACCAAUUUUCCAAAAAUUUGACAGCUUACCUAGGGUCCGCCAGGCACUGCUUACCGAUUCCGAGACAGCCAGAAGCUUUCUUUACUGAGCUAAGCCACGCAUUGCUGGGCUGUGACUGCUCAGCUGACACUAAGUAAUGAGCUGACCCUGCACUGCUAUUCUUAGCUCGGGGGAGCAAAUGCAAGAUCAAUGCAGUAGCAUAUUUUUACAGUUUAUUUACCAAAGCCAAAAUACAGGUCACUUAAAGAAAAUGUCAAAGUCAAUGCCUUAAUUUGUGAAUGCAUUCCUUUGACUAUGUACAUUCACUGAAGUGGUACUUAAUGGACCACUAUAGGCACCCAGACCACUUCAGCUCAAUGAAGUGGUCUGGGUGCCAGGUCCAUCUAGGAUUAACCCUGCCUGCUGUAAACAUAGCAGUUUCAGAAAAACGGCUAUGUUUACAUAUGGGUUAAUCCAGCCUCUAGUGGCUGUCUCAUUGACAGCUGCUAGAGGUGCUUCCUCGCUUCUCACUGUGAUUUUCACAGUGAGAAGACUCCAGCGUCCAUAGGAAAGUAUUGAGAAUGCUUUCCUAUGGACUGGCUGAAUGCGCGUGCGUCUCUUGCCGCGCAUGCACAUCCAGCCGAUGACGACCGAAGGAAGAGGAGAGUCCCCAGUGCCGAGGGAGAAAGGUGAGUGUUUAACCCUCUUCCUCCCCCUUCAGUCAGGCGGGAGUGGGACCCUGAGGGUGGGGGCACCCUCAGGGCACUAUAGUGCCAGGAAAACGAGUUUGUUUUCCUGGCACUAUAGUGGUCCUUUAAACAAAUAUAAGAAAUCUGAACUCUGCAUCUUGAAUAUACAUCCUAUCACUUUAAGAUAGGAUGUAGUUAGUUUAGUGUCUUUGACCUAGGGAUGCUCUACAAUGCUGCAAUAAUGGGCUGUGGUUGAAUCAUGUGUGGUGAUUAUAUGCAUAUGCAGACCAAGUGCAAUGACCCAGCAUACAGAUACAAUCCAUUUGCAAUGAAAAAGCAUAUAGCUACAAUCCAAGAUCAAGGAAUUUGGCAUGCAGAUUCAUAGGUCUUGGAGUGCAGCUGGGUCUUGUUCAUUGCACUUGGAUUGUGGCUGUAGUUGCUAUGUAAACCAGACACCACAACAGCCUACAUUUAAUUAGUUGGCAUGCUGCUGGUAUUCCACUGUGAGCCAGCAUGCAGUCGCCAACCAAAAUUAAAUCAACCAGCAGGCAUCUGUAACUGAAUUGCAGUUCAGGGAUACAGUGUUAUACAGUUAAAAAGCAUUGUAAUUCUUGAGCAACUGCACCAAAUAAUGACAUUUGUAGCUUAACUGCUUAAAGUUGAUAUGUGUAUGGUCUUUGCAUUUUUAUUCUACAAUUCUGAUGUUGGAAUACUGUUUCUUGAUUAUUGAAAAAUUGAAUAGUAUCUUCAGAGUUGUGACAGGUGCCUGUGCCUUCUUUUUUAUCUCUAUUGGGAUUUUUCUUAAUGUGCAGAAAAAAUUAACAGUCGUGUGGACUAAGCAAAACAUCAGAACAUCUCUCUUAUUACAACAGCAACCUUGCAAUUGCCCAAUAAAAGAUCAAUACAAGCAGACGUGUCCCCGACAGAAUCACAAAACUCCCUUUUUAAAAAAAAACAAAAAACAUUUUUUCACUUUUGUGUUUGUAGUUAAUUUCGUAAUUUGGUUACCUCCUUGUUAGUUGGUGAGUUAAGCUGGAAGCAUUUUUUGUUUGUUUUGUAGGUGCUUUGCACUGCCGUUGCAGGACCAAACUUGCUGAAGUCUGUGAUGCAAUUUUUCUCUGAUGCGGAAUCUUUGGCAGAUUCGACUGGCUUGGACAACACCUCUCAAUCAAUGCAGGCUGCCGAGAACUGGAGAGCAAGCAACAGCAGCAUAAACAGUAAUAUAUGAUCAAUGCAUUGGUUUCCAGAGCUAUAACGCUAUGACUAUCCACCUGACAAAUAGUAUUAUAUGGAAGUUACUUUUUGUAAAGCCACUAGACUGUCUAUUCUUACAUAUUGAAAUAUUUUUAUAUUCUUAAUUUAGUUUCAAAACUGGGUCACCAAGCAAAUUACAGUGAGUUCCUAUUGGCUAAAGAAACAUCAUAUUUCUCAUGUCUCGUGCAUCUGCUUACAAUAAUUUGUAGUAGCAACACUGCCCUUAACCUACACGAUGGGGAUCCUUCUCUCACUGAGAAAUUAUGUUAUUUUAGUUUAUAUUGUUUAGUAAAAGAUUUACCAUUUGUUUAUGGUGUAGAGCAGGCUUCCCCAAACUCUGGCCCUCCAGAUGUUGCUGAACUUCAACUCCCAUGAUUCUCAGCCUAUCUAUGUCAUUCAUAGAAUCAUGGGAAUUGUAGUUCAGCAACAUCUGGAGGGCUGGAGUUUGAGGAAGCCCAGUGUAGAGCUAUCACAUCAUAAAAAAACAUCAAUAUUUAGAAUUAGCCAUUUAGUAAGUGCUAUUUAAGUAAUGAAGUUUCCCCAAGAGCAUUCAUUUAUUUAUAGUAUGUCUACAUGUAGCAGAAAUAAUAAUGAGUAAUGUAUUUGUGUGUCCUUUUUUUCGUGUCUAUUAAAUAUAUACAGUGGAUGGACUAGCACUAGAUGACCUCAACAAUGCCAGAGUCUAUGACGAGAUCAUGCAGCCUGUGGUGCAUUCUGGGUAUCUCAACAAGACAACUUUAUUGAGCAAAACUGUUACUGGCAAGAAGACAAAGGAUGGUAAGAAACAAACUACGUUCACACCAAUGCACAUUAUUAUAAGGUGAAAGAACAUAACAUAAUAUUGCUAAUGAAUCAGCUGGUGAGGUUUGUUGGUGUCAUUUCCUGUUCUAAUGAAAAAAUACAGUAACAUUAAAAACAGAUGAUUUUCCCAUACAUUCUUUGCACACUCAUGCAUAUAAUUAACUUAGACUUCUACUAAAAGUAGAUAUGCUGAUCAUUAUGUUAAUGUGUAUUCUCCAAUAACAGAUUAAUAAAUGUUGCAAAAAGUAUAAAUGUUAUUGGGUUUAAGGAGAACUGGAAAUUACAUACCGGUAAUUUAAAACAACAUUGAAAAUUACCUUUAACUUAUGUUAAAAUGUUUUGACAAAUUUGCUCAGUUUUCUUUUAACCCCUUAAGGACCAAACUUCUGGAAUAAAAGGGAAUCGUGACAUUUCACACAUGUCAUGUGUCCUUAAGGGGUUAAUUUUAUAUUGAAGGAACACUCCAAGUACCAUUACAGCUUGCCAUAGUGGUUAUGGUGUUCAAUGUAAACUGGCCCUUUAUAAGUAGUCAAACCGAUUUUGAACAAUUUGACAUUUCUUUUUGUAUGGAGUGUGCUGCUCCCCACCUCUAUUACAAAUGACAGAAUUUCCUUAGAGGAAGUCCAUUUAGUUCUCCUAAUCUAAACCAUGCAUGCAUGGCUUAGCUCAUUGGCUGAGAGCAUCAGUCAGUGAGACAUGUAGCAGGGCUUAGUGCAGGAAAGCUAACAUAGAUUCUGGUAUAUGAACUUCUGGCAGAGUUGGUAGUGGAGGCAAGGAGUGGCAAACACCAAGAAACUAUUCCCUUCUAAAUAGUUUUACUACUUGAAACAUACCCACUAGAGUGAGCUGUAGUCCUUUUGGUGCUUGGGGUGUUCCUUUAAAGAUCUAGCAAAUUAAAUCAUAUACAGUUCAGACAAGGCAAAGCCAGGGCAAAUUUUGAAAAUUAACAAAUCAUAUACAGGCACUGUUUCAUUUCUUCUUUGAAUGCUUUCUCUAUGCUGACAGCUGGUUGCAAAGCACAAAGCUUAUAACAAUGGUUGAGAGGUAUCUAAGAUGGAGGUGUCCAGUCGCAGGGAGGAGCCUGCAUGAACCUUGAGUGUUGGUCUUAGCUGCUGAGAGAGUGCUUAACUGUCAAAAAGUGUAUGUGUUGUGUUUUUGAUGGUAUGAGUGGCUGAGAAUGUGUAUGUAUAUAUGGUUACUUUCAUAUAUGAGAGUUAGUUUAUAUGUAGUUGUCAGUGGCGUGUACAUUUGUAUAUGUUGGUGUCAGUGUGUAAGGUUAUGUUUGUGUGUCUUGCACUCAAUAGCUGAAAGAGUGUCUGUGUAUGAUGGUGUCAGUAGCUGAGGAUGUUCUGUGUAUGUUUGUUUGUAUUUGUUAGGAUGCACUUUUUACAGGUUUUGGUGUAUGAGAUUGCAUUUUGUGUCAGUGUCUUUGAGAUAGUCUUGUAGAAGAUAUAUGGAGGGGAUGACAAAGUGCUAAAAACCUGGCUGGAUGAUGGAAUGAUGAUGAUGGGAUGAAAAAUCUGGUGGGAUGAUGGAUAAAUGAACUGAAGUUCAUUGGCUAACACAAGACAGCAUUUAAGCUGUUUAUGUGUCACUGUCAGGACGAACCAGUGGCCCAACACGCAGAAUUAAGUCAAACACGUAAUAAAUAACAAACAGUAACGACGUAUUACCGGGCCUUAGAAUAGCCGGAUAUAACAUAAUAAAGUAAACAGUCACAAGCCGAGAUCAGGAAUACAGAAAUGAACAAAUACGGUAAGAACAAAGCCAAAGGGUCAGGGAUACCAGAAAUAUGGGAAGCCAAGCCAAGCCAAGCCAAGAUCAAUAACCAAUAAACAGAAUCAUGAACAUGCUCUCGGAUAUCCAAGAGGAUGGAAACCACGACAGGGCACUGAACAACUGCAGGUUUGGAUUUAAAUAAUCCCUGCUAUUUGCUAAUUUGGGUCCCAUGACUCCAGAACGUGUUUGCACAGCGAAAACAUGACUACGCAUGCACAUACGUACCUCCCUCCUUUAGUGUGACCGCACUGAUCAGAUGCAGUAACAUCGCGGUGCCGAUCGAGCACUGUAAUGGUGUGACCGCAUUGAUCUGGUGUGGUCACACUGAGGUGGCGAUCGGGCACUGUGACAGCCACACUUAAAAUGGCACCAUAAAUGUAGGAGAUCUUCCUCACCGGUUCUGUAUAUAUAGAACUAUGAUAGGUGGACCAACUAACUCAAGACAUGCAUGAAAAAUUAUUAAACAACUGAUGCCUAAUUUAUGUCCUAUGCAGAAUUCCAAAAAUAUUGGUGUGUCUUGGAACGAUCUUUUAUCUUCUAUGAGAAUGACAAAAAGACAGAGGUUGGGAAGAUCGAACCAUCAGAAGUUGUCUCUAUGGGCAUAAGCAAGCAUGAAGCAUUGAACAGUCCAUCUUUGGUUGAACGGUACUAAACCUUUUCAAUAACUUGAAUAAAAUAUACAAUGCGUUGGAACUGGUGAAUAUUUGGUGCUACUGUCACCUGUGUGGAUCACUCAACACACACAAAUAUAGUGUAACAAAGUGCAAAUAGAAAUAGUGGUGAGAGCACUCAAAUAUGAAUAAUUUUUUUAACCAAUAUUGUCAUAGACAUAUACCUAACAAAUAUAAAAAUAAUAGACCAUAGAGUAAUAUAGUUGGCACUUAUAUUAAAACCGCAAAUAAAUGGUCAAACUCACAUAUUUCUGAGUCACUUGAAAAGCUAACUCAGACUAAAGGUGUGAAGCAGAGAUAAAUCUUUGAUGCAAUCGACUUCUGUAGUGGUCAGGGUAAAUCCUUUUUGUCUUUUCGGUAUAUGUCUAUGACAAUAUUGGUAAAACAUUUGUAUUCAUAUUUAUUGAGUGCUCUCACCACUAUUUCUAUUUGCAUUUCAAUAACUUGUUGGCUCCUACUUUAGGCUUUAUACAACAUAAGGAAAUUAAGAAGAAAAAUGUGUGUUUAACAGGACUAAUUUUAUAUAAAGGAUGGGGACAAAUAUAACCUUGACAUGUUUAAGAAAAUGGAUUGAAACCUUUUAGCAUUUGGGUAACACUCACUGAAAAUGAAACUAAUACAGUACAAAAAGAGUGCACAAUGUAUAAGCAUAACUAAAAUAUGUAGAUAUCACUUCUUGCCAUUUUGGUAGACUGACACAUAUAUGUCAGAUAAUGUAUAGUAAUACAGACUCCUGGUAUCCUUAGUCCUGUCUAACAGUACUUUAUAACAAGAAUAGAGUACACCUUUUAUAUACACAGCAGUCUUACAAAACAGUGAGUUAUUUUUAAUGAAGGGGGGUGAAGGUAUUCCAGCAUGGCUUGUGGUUAAUAAAGCAGGUGGGGAGUUUAUAAGUGAAGGUCCACUUAAUCCUCUGACCUCUGUAAAUCACAUUUUAAUGCCACAUCUUUGAUUGAACACAUUAGGGUUUGUGGUUGACUUAGUGCAUGCCAUAGGACUGGCUUUAGCAUGGGCUUAAGUAUAUAUGUGGGAUGUAGUCUGGACAUAUCGUACUAUUUGGAAAACCCUUGAUCUUUUUGCCAUCUGGCAAUUCCCCUGCCAACAUCUCAUGGAGAAAAACAGCAAUAUUUUCCUUUUGGAUAUGGACCAGGCAUGGACUAUUCAUGGCAUAUCAGUUGACUUCAUAUUCCUUGUAGAGCUGUUUCUGUAACUGGAAAUGUAACAUAGGUAAAGACAAUAUGAUAUUGUAUAAUCCGUUUUCUAAAAGUAUUCAUAGUAGAUUAAGUAACAGAUUAUUGGGAAUUGUAUGUCACCUUCUGCCAUACACUCAUAAACACCAAAAAGUGUAGCUCCUAGAAAAGACAUAUAUUAUAGUAUAAAUGAUAGAAAAACAGUGAUAAUUUCACCAAUUCUUUGAAUAAGAAUUAUUGAGCUUCAUACCUUUAAUUUUAAUUUGAUAUGUUUUAGGUAUCGGUACACAUUUGAGAUCAUCCUAUCUUCUGAAAAAAUGCAUCAAUUUGGAACAGAUGCCGCUGAAACCCUUCAAACCUGGACAUGUGCAAUUGGAAAGGUAGGUUUUUCCAGAAAUCAAAAGACCUUUUUAUGUAAAGGAUUAUGCACUUUUUUGACUGAUGUUGUUCGAUUCCAUGUAAUGAAAUGAUGAGCAGAGCAUACAGGGAACUAGGUAGAAAGUCGCGAACAAAACUUUAAAAAAGAGAGUAGUUCCAACUUCCAAACUGUCUCAAACCCAGUAGAACCAUGGCACUUUCUUGCUCCUUUGGGUUACGAUACCCAUGUCCUUUUUUACUAAACCAUGAAUUGUGGAUAAUUGACAAGGGAAUUUCACCACAAUAGCAGGGCUGGGAACAUAGCAGAGUUGGAUAUUUUUUCUCUUUUCGCUAUUUCAGCUUAAAAUUUGCAAUUAAUCAAAUAUGUACUGUGAAUGUUAGUAUAUAGACAUAUAUACUCAUACAUUGCAGCAUAUUUGCUUUUAUUAUUUGAAUAUAAAUAACACUAUAACUAAAUAAUGCUAUAUAAUGCAUUUAAUUCAUUUCAGCUCUUUACAGAGUACAUAUCAUCUCCCAAUUUGCUUUUUAUAUCAGCUUUAGCCUCAGUUAUUUUCCUCUUCCAUUAUGCCAAAUUCCCUCUUUAUCUCCUUUUUCUGUUCUAUCCGUUAAUUUAUGUUUCUCUCUGCUAAGGGUAAUCUCCCUCUUUUUUCUUGUCUACUUCUUCUCUCCUAUUUUUAAAAUGCAGACAAAUAAACAGAGAAUGCUUACGAUCGAAAUAGGGUUGCUGGUUUGCAGGCUACAGGUUUGGGGCUGUAACAUGUAACCUUGAACAGCCCAAUGCCCUAACAUGCAUGCAGUGAAGCACGUAGAACCCUAUUCACAGAAAAGAUGUGUUACCCGACGUUAUUGGGGGCUUACUGUAUAUAGGAGAUAUCGGAUAUAGAAUAGUCAGAUUCUAUACAAGUCUAGGUCAAGUCUAGGUCAGGAUUGGACACACAUGGAUAAACAAAUGUAACCAAGGCAAGGGUCAGGGAUACCAGAAUACACAACAAACAAUUAAACAAAGCCAAGUCAGGUAAUCAGAAAUACUAAGUAUAGAGGAACACACUCUCAAAAUAACAAUAACCACUAUGGGGCAAUGAAGAGAGGUCACAAAGGCUUGAUAUAGGCCCCUGUUACCUCUGUUGGUACAACGUAAUCGCCUCUGACAAGGGAAUCACAGGACGUCUGGCUCGUGAAGCAGGUAUGAUAAUUAUAUGCAUGCAGUGUGUAUUUUUGGUGGUGGAAUCCAUCUAAUACUGCGACUAGGUAGCAAGUUGGAUACUGCCUUUGUUUCCUUUUAUUUUUUGCUACUUGCUCAGUCAGGUUUGUGCAUGGUUUCAGUAUUUAGAUAUAAUACAGAUGAAAUUCAUGAUGCUAGAUUUCGUUAUCAACAUUGUAUACUCUGAAGAGAAGUUGGAGCAGCAUCUUUAAAAUUUUUGAUUCUAAGCUAUAUUUCAUUUUAUUUACCAAAAUUAAUUUUUUAGAUUCUAAUAAUUCAUUUACUUUAAUUAUUUAAUAGCUAAUUUCACCAGUACCAAAAGAAAUGGCAUAAAAAUUUAAUGGGAAACUAUUACUUAUUUAGAAAUAAUGAUCUAAACCUCUCUCCCAUUGUGCAGUGGUUCACACCACUGAGUUGCCAUUGCCUGUUAGGACAUGAGUUCCAGCGUGUUGGGAAGAUGCGAUACAAGGCAAUGCUGAACCCAGAUCAAUGGAUGGAAGGAUUUUUUUUGUUGCGAAAAUGCCAUCUUUUCAUUUGUCCUGAAGAUCAGGGUGCAGCGGAGGACAGUGUCAAUCUACGUCAGCUUCAAGAGCUCAGUAAGUCCCUUGAUAAAUUGUUAACAUUCUUACAAGCAUCUAUACCAGGUUGUGGCUUAAUAAGAGCAAUUUCUUCCCUAGUAGCUUUGGGAUGGAGUGAAGAAUUCAUAUCCCUGGUGAUUUAGGGAUACAUCCCCUAAAUCCACAGAUCUUUUUCUCCUACUUUGUCCUGCUACGAAGUGAUGAUGAUGUAAUAUCCCAAUUAUCUUUAUCCAUAAGGGUUAAUAGGUGAGAUUACUUUAAAAGUAAACCUCUGGUUAGAGAAUAAAUAAUGGCAAGGCUAAACCACUCUACUGGAAAAUAAAGAGACUCCACUAAAAAUCCCUAAUAGUGCAAAUAGAAGAGAAAUUAUUAAAUAAAAUUUAAUAAAGUAUCCAGGAGUAGUAUAUGCCUUAGGGAUAAUAAUUGUGCAAUGCUUGUGAAUAGAAAUUGCAAUAAAAUGUUAAAAUAAAAUAAAACAAUAAUGUCCAAUAUUAGGUUAGGGUCCAAUUGUUAACAGUCUGUUUGAUGAAAAGCUAUAUCAUAAUAGCAAUAAAUAGAAUAGAAUAAUAGUCUUUAAAAGUCUUUAUCCAUAACACAGCAUGUUAGAGACAGCUGUAAGGAAAAAUAAAGUAUUUCCUUGCCAUUAAAAAAGGCUUAAGGAAAUCCAAUAAGUGCUGUUCAUUCACUUGAGAAAGAUGAGUUCUUUGUUUCCGGGGCAAAAAUGUAUUACCCUACUCUUUUUCACAUACUCCAUUCGAUUACAAAGAGAUAGCACAGGAAUAUGGUAUCAAAGACAUUGCCAUCUCACUAUAAUAUGUAGCACACAAGCAAGAAUGUAGCUAUAAGAUGUGUGUCUUCAUUGGAAUCACCUUAUAUAAGACUGUCUGCUGUGUUCCAGUGUUUAAUCUAAUGUGGCUAUGCAUCUUUUCUAUUACCAGCUGUAUCACCAGUAUCGGAGAACACAGAGAAGAAAGAUAUUCUAAUACUUGUCGAAAAAGGACGGUAUGUUGUCUAUAUUGUAAGCUUAUGUUAUUUUCAAUAUUUAAUGCUUGCAAUGAAAGCAUCAUUUUUAUUCAACAGAAACAUUGCCAGCAGUAUGCUAACAGAAAGGGUUGUGUCCCUACAUAAUGUGCAAAACAAAGGCCAUAAAACAAAUUAAAAUCAAGCCGAAUUGAAUGAAUUCUCAUAAUUCUGAUGUGAUUCAUUACAUUAUAUCUAAGGUUCUACAUGACAUUUUAAAAAAAACAUCUAUGUGGGCUCAUUACUAACCCACAAAUACAGUUAAAAUUCCCCUGUGUGUUCUUAAAGUUUUAUUUGUGCAUGCUAACUCAGGUAAUCCUCACUACUUACCUAGAUAUUUUGUAGAGCCUGCAAUGUUAUUAAGAGUCUGUGUAGUAAGUGUUCUAACAACAUUUCUCAUGAUGUUUCUGAUUAAUUCUGUGCUGAAAUUUUAAUCCUGAUAAUUAUUUUUUAAACAAAAAAAAUAAAAAUAGAUUUUGUUGAAUAAACAAAUGUUAUAUUUUUAACCAAAUGCCCUGACAUAGUAACAUGUAGGAAACCAGUGCCAUCUGCUGGCCACUGUUCCGAAUACUCUUUCCCAUUCAUAGCAGAAUCUUACAACUGACAAACAUUUGUGUUGAAAGAAACAAAUAAUUAACUUAAUAUAUUAUGAUGUAGAGAAAUAUUAUCCAACCAUAACCACUGCAUAUACCCUAAUUUACAGCUCUACGAUUUGAAUGGUCUUGACUAUGAUUUAACUUAUUUGUUGAAAAAAAGUGAACAGACUAUUAGCGUACCAAAGCUAAUGUAAAUAUACAGAAUUUUUUCCUGGAGAUAAAAGUUCCACUAAAAAUGCAUCUAAAUUAAUUUGAAGUAAUAGUUUAAAUAUUGUUCCCAAGACUGGUAAUAUAAACCAUCAUCAAAUUUACCUUUCCUACUGAUACAUUAAGCAAAACUGGAUUCAUAUAGGAUUAGAAAAAGCUGCAGCUCUAGGUCUUUGAAAAAAAAAAGUAAUGUAAUACCAUGCUCUUGUGCAGAGGGAAGGGAGUGUGGAAACUUAAGAGGGACGCACGAGAGCAUAUCUAUUGCUGACUGGCUGACCAUCAAAGAGUAAAAUUAGAGUGGACUUUGUGCGCUCUGGAAAUGACCCUGCUUCUUCUUGACCCCAGAAUUAUCCUGACAUCAGGUGUCACUGUUCUGCUGUCUGCUAAACUCACUAGGUAGCCCACCAUGAGCCAGCUUCUGUCUGCUAGUAAGAAGGGAGGCAUAUGAUUAGAAAAGUGAAUCCUGAAAAGAGUGGAUUCAAAAGUUGGUGAAUAGUGAUAGUGAGAAGGUAAGAACUGUGGGACUUGUAAGAUGGGUACAGAUACAUUGGGUUGAGCCCUGGAGGAGAAUCAUCGACAUAGGGUGUGUACAUUCUUUAAAUGUGCAAUUGUCCCUCCCGCUUUAAAAAAGGUUUGUUUGUUUGUUUUAUUCCAGAAGGUAAUCAUUAAUACUGGUUGUUUAUUGUUUUUUUUUUUGUUUUUUUUUUAAGAAUACAAUUUUUGAUAAUCAUACAAAAUAGUUAAUACAAUUAAUAGAAUAGACCAGUAGUUCCCAAACUGUGUGCACACAGGAGUGCUGCGGAAUGUUUCCCCGUUGCUAUGAUUAUAGCACCGGGGAAACAUUGCUGCUCAACAGGGACUUGGGUUGCAUUGGAAAAAUACUAAAAUAUUAAGGGCGCCUUGAACCUAAAAGGUUUGGGAACCACUGGAAUAGACAAUAAGAAAAUGUAAACCUGUGAGCAUAGCCAUAAAUGGGAAGGGUUUUCCAAUUGACUGGAAAUGUCUGGAUGGGUGUGAAUGUAUAUAUAUAGAGAGAGAGAGAGAUAGCAAGCAAGAGAGAGAGAAAAUACGCUAAUGCAGACUUAUUGUUUAUGGUCUGAACUCAAAACAGCAUUACUCAAAAUAUAUAUGGUCAAUUGGCAACCAGCAGUCAGUCACCUGGUAUGCUUUUAGCUUGGUGUACAAGUGUGGCAAAUUAUACACAAAGUGUGGGUGUGUAAAUACAACACACUCUAAAACACCUGUAUGGUAUCCUCUUUACCCACACCAAUAAAUCAGAAACAUAAAAUACAUACAAUAGGUGGAGUGUGUUUGUUCAGAGAGAUGGGUAGGUCAUGAUUUGAUGAUACAAAGGUACGUAUAUAUCAUAGAGGCAUCUUUCAUAUAUUUUUAAGAUCAAACAAUAUUGCACUAGGUCAUUUUUUCUUUUCUCCCAACUGCGAAUUAUACGUACCUCUGUAUUAUCAAAUCACGACCUACCCAUCUCUCCACCUAUUGUAUGCAUUUUAUGUUUCUGGUGUACAAGUGUGCUAGUCUAUAGACUGUAACCACGUUUGAGCAGGGUCCUCUUCAACCUAUCAUUCGUGUAAGUUUUCUUGUAUUUGUCCUAUUUAUAGUUAAGUCCCCCCUGUAAUAAUAUUGUAAAACGCUACGGAAUCUGUUGGCACUAUAUAAAUGGCGAUAAUAAUCUUGAAUGACAAUAAACAUGUCACUAACUUGCCACUGACAAGUGAUUCACUAAAACACCUAUGUCACAGCCAGACCUCUUCACAUACUGGUUUCAUGAAGGCAAAAAUUGGAAAAAGUGGUGUUUUCUCUAGUGUCCCUGAGAGAUAGGAUACCAAAGAAGUUAUUAAAAUUAGUUGGAAACAUCCCAAAUUCAGAUUAGCCCAUAUAAUCCUGGAAACGUAGGAAGUAUGGCUAUUUUAGUCUUUCCUUUGUCUAUGAGAUUCUGUAGUUUUUCAUCAAUUAUUAGCACCAGGCACAUUAGGUUUUUAACUCAGCACUAGAAUUAAGGGUUAGUAUCCAACGAUACAGGUGCCUGAGAGUUAACCGUAUGGGUUAACAAUAAGGUCAGUGAGUCGAGGUCAGGAGUAAAGAGAAAUCUGAUCAUCAGAGAAGAGGUGUUAUGGCAAACAAGACAAAAUAGUGUAGCAAUGAACAAACUAAAGCCUGGAACUGAGAAAUUAAAAAGGUCAACUGCAAACUAGAUCUCAGAAAAAACUCAGAAGUGAAAGAUCCACUUUAAAAAUGACUAUUAAUUAAUAUAGGCUAUUUUAUCUAUGCAGGACAUUGUAUUUGCAAGGAAUCACACGGACUGAUUUUGUGGCAUGGAGCAAUGAUAUCCAGGUGGCAGCAUGCAGCAGUGGAAACAUCUUACGAGAGCAGCAGUUAAGCAGGAAUGACAUUCCCAUCAUCGUAGACAGUUGCAUUGCCUUUCUUACACAAUAUGGUGGGUGGCUGUAUUUAUUUUAAAGUCCACUAAGUAGUAGUAGAGAAUGAUUUACAAUUUGAAAAUGCAUUUUACGUUAAAGUGGUACAACAGACUGAACAGCCAUUUAAAUUCCAAGUUUCCUAAAAGACAGGUUGCACAAUGUAUUUUUUAAAACCUUUAUACAUUUAUCAUACUUCUUAUUGUGUGACACGAUCAGUGCAUUGUUCAACUGAAAUACAUGUGUUCCUGUCAGUCUGAAAUAAGGGGUGCCAACACUCCUGGGCAGUCACUGCACAUUGCAGUUGUCACCAUUAAUUCUGUGUCUCAGUGUGUGUAUGUGUAUCAGUGUGUAUAUCUGUGUAUCAGUAUGUAUGUCAUUGUGAGUACCUGUGUGUCUGUAUGUGUCAGUGUUUUUACCAGUGUAUCUGUAUGUGUGUCUGUGUGUAUAUCUGUGUGUCUGUGUCAGUGUGUGUGUGUAUCUGUUUGUCUGUGUAUCUGUAUUUGUUAGUGUGUGUAUCUGUGUAUCUCAGUAUCUGCAUGUGUGUCAGUGCUUGUAUCUGUAUAAAAAAUAAUGUGUAUAGUGUUCUCUUAUCACAAAUAGCAGCAGUCCACCUACAAGGAGUUCCCACACCUUGUGAAUAACAAGCAGAUAAAUACAAACAAAUGGUGAGCCGCGCUUAGUAAUUAAAAAGGAUUAUACAUACAAUCAACGGAGGAGGAUAAUUGUGAGACAUAUCUUUAACAAAGAAAUUUAAAAUAGUAUAAUGCGGUAAGAAAUGCAGUGGAUAUAAAGGCAGUGCCAAUAGAACACUCACAUUUUCCAGAGCUUUAAAUUAGCUCUAAUAUUGCACGCCAGGACGGAAAAAUCCCCGUCCAAGGAUAUGAUGUCAGAUAUUUUGCGCUGCAGUCAGUAAUAUAUGUGGAGGGAAGCACAGAUAGGAAAACCAAUGGUGUAGUCCAAUUAUAAAAUGAACAUAUAAUACAGGUAAGUAUUCUACUUACAAUUUCCAGAGCAUGAACCUACUAUGGUAUGGAGCACUUGGGUGGAAUGAUCCCCACCUAUGGAUUUGAUGAAUAUCCAGGAAGCCAGGUGAGAAUAAAAGCAGAAAUCCAAAAGGCUGGAUACUUACUUAGAAAAAAGUACUUUAUUUAAACAAUAAAAGUGAUAGAAAAUAGGUACUAACGAAAAAAACUAUAUGUAUAUGUACGUGCAGCUCAGCAUUCAAACAGCAACACUACACACAAAUAAACCGUUGCAUGCAAACGUCAACACUACAUACAAAAACACCUCUGUAUUAACCCCUUAAGACCGGAGGGCGUACUAUUACGCCCUAUUCUAAGCGGCUCUAAACGCCGCCGGGCGUAAUAGUACGCCCUCCGGUCUUUCGGUACUUACCCGGUGGGGGGGACUUCCAGGGAGCCCCCCGCGGCACGUCCGUCCUCCUUGAAGCCCCCCGGCCAUGUGAGAGUGGGGUCCUUGCGAGGACCCCACAAUCACAUGGCCGGGGGUAGCUGCCUCCUGCAUUGCCAGCAGGGGGGCUGCCUGUAAUGACAGGUGGUCCCCCUGCUGGCUAAAAAUAAAAUUAAAAUAAAUAAAUAGUGUAAAAAAAAAAAUAUAUACUUAGAUCAUAUAUAUAUAAUAUAUAUAUAUAUGAUCUAAGUAUAUAUAUACACAUAUACAUACACAUACGUACACCGUCUAGGUGUAUUUUACUAUUAAUAUAUAUCAAAUUACACGUAGACUGAUACUGAUUAAAUAUAUAUAAAAUUAUUGUUAUAUAUAUAUAUAUAUAUAUUUAUAUAUAAUAUAAAAAAAUAAAAAUGUAAAUACGUUAAAAAAUAUAAUUAAAAAAAUAAUUAAAAAUAAAUAAUUAAAAAAUAUAUAGAUGUGUGUUAUUUCGUUCUAACUGUUUUGUGAAAUUAAUAUAUAUAUAUAUAUCAAAAUACACGUAGAACGAAAUAAUAUAUCUAUAUACAUAAAUAUAUACGUAUAUAUCACUAUAUAUAUAUACCUAUAUAUAAAUAAAAAUAUUUUUAAAAAAUUAUAUAGAUAUAUACAUAUAUAUACACAUACGUAUAUAUAUAUAUAUAUAUAUACAUAUAUUAAUUCUACAGUGUUUGUGACCAAAUGGCUACUAAAAAAGACUGGACAUACCCCAUUUGCAAUACCUUGGGUUGUCUACUAUUGCAAAUGGUAUGCCAUUAUGGGUGUAAAUUUCAUUCCCAGGCUACUAUACAGUCUCAAAGGCAAUGUAACCAAUCUGGCAAAUUUCAAUUUCAAAUGUAACGUGCUAUAUUUGACCCUGUAACUUCCCAAAACGCCAUAAAACCUGUACAUAGGGGGUACUGUCUUACACAUGAGACUUUACUGAAUACAAAUAUGUGUAUUUUAUUUUAGUAAAAGCAAACAGUAUUAUGACAUUGACCGUUAAAAUGUCAUGUAGAACUAAAAAAAUAAAAAAUAAAUCGUAUUUUCUCCCAUUUUUUUCAUAUUAAAUGAUGUUUCAUAGCUAAAUAUUUGAUAUUAAAUGAAAGCCCUGUUUCCCCUGAAUAAAAUGAUAUAUAAUAAGGGUGGGUGCAUUUACUAUGAAAGAGGUGAAUUACGGUUGGACAGACAUGUAGCGCAAAUGCCAGGUUUUGUUUACAUUUUGUUUUGUUCACAACGUGUACAUUUGGCUCCGUCCUUAAGGGGUUAAAACACUAAUAUUAUAUAUAAACACUGCAAUCAAAAGCAAGCACUACACACAAAUGCACACCUACAUUUAAAAACAAACACUACAACGUAGUCCAACUUGAAUAUAUAAGUUAUUUUAUUAUUACAUAAUGUCAAAGUGGGUUUAUUGGUUGAAAGCUGCCAGGACUUUCUGAAAAAUUAUGUUUCUGGAAAUACUAACAAAAUACUAAAAAUAAACAGCCCUAUGGACAGUGACAUUGAAAAGUGUUAACAGUGUCUUUUUUUCCUCUAAACAGGUCUUUGCCAUGAAGGAAUUUACCGCAAAAAUGGAGCCAAGUCAAGGAUUAAACUGCUCAUGGAUGAGUUUCGCAAGGAUGCUCGAAACGUCAAGCUUCGUAUCAAUGACAACUUCAUUGAGGAUGUCACUGAUGUGCUGAAAAGAUUUUUUAGAGAGUUGGAUGAUCCAAUUUUCACAACAGAAUUGCACCCUAAAUGGCAAGAAGCAGCAGGUAAAAUAAUUGUGUUCUAUACCAACUAGUCCCUGCUUUGUAUCAGUAUAUCUUUGACUGGGAAGUCAGUGCAAUUCCAACAAAGUCAAUAUGAGUAUUUCAUAAAUAUUUUAUCUUUAUGCAAUACAAGUUUUGUAGGAUGAGUGACAGUGCAGCUUUAAAUAAAAAAUAAAUAAAUAAUGUUACGUUUAAUCUAAUUAUCUGUGAGCAAGGGACAAAUAUCUUAGUAAUGAGCUCCCAAAUACACCAGAAUGUGCCAUAAAGCAAAUAAAUUGGCACAGUGUUAAAAACAAAUAAAAUAUAAUUUAGCAUAAUACCCUCUAAUAAGCCAGGAUCAGAAAUAAAGUUUUCUUACCUAUAAUUAGAAAUCUUUUCAUGAAAUUAAAAUUGUAGUAUUAAUUAUUAUGGAUGUCAAUUUUCAUUGGCAAAUUGUUAGAAUAGUUAAUUUGAUAGCACUGAAUAAUAAAAUAUGUAUUACUACCCUUUAUAAGGUGAGGUUAUGGAAAACAUCUAUAUUGGCAUACAAGAGAGGCAUUUACUAGUGUUUUAAUGGAGGGUGGGACACUCAUUACUUAAAGGGACACUCUAGACCCCUAAAGCACUUUAUACAAGACCAGAUACACCUCCUUUUGGAAGGGAUGUGUGUACAACAAAGUGCUAGAAAUAAACAACAGCAGCUCUCAUCCACACCCAAAAUCCAAAAUCUAUAGAGUGGUACAAGUAAAACCUACACCUUUAAGUGGAGCGCUAAAAAAUUUCUGCAAAAUGGCUUGUGGUACAUAUAAAAGAUAAAAAAAAUACAAUAUAGUUCAGGUGGCACGUAGGAUAUGAUAACAUAAAUGGUGGUGAAGUAAAACACUCACAUUUAAAGUAGCCUAUAUACAAAUACUGGCUCCGAAAUUGGGCUUUUCUGCUUUUAGGGCAGCAUCACACCUCCAAUCCGCUGCAAGGUAUUUCUCAAGGUAAAAGCGAAGGAGAGAAGGGAACCAAUGUGCAGUCUGUUAAUAAAAUCAAGUUAAAAGGUACAAUGAGUAUAAUGCUCACCUUAUUUAGAGUCUUACAAUCUGAUAUAGGUUUCACAUAUGCAUAGGCACACUCUUUUUCUAUGUAUUUCUCUGCCAGCCAUGUUGAGCACAUCUAAUAAGCCUCAAUUCAGGCUUGAAUUAGAUGUGCACAACACGGCUGGCCGAGCAGUACAUAGAAGAAAAGUGUGUCUAUGCAUCUUUGAAAUCUGUAUCAGAUCUCUCCACUUAAAGUGUAGGUUUUCCUUUACCACUAUACAGACCCUAAAGCACUUUAGCUUACUAAAAAGCUUUAAGUGUGAAUACCGUGUCCUCUUUUUUCAUUUUGAAAAAAAAAAAAGGCAGAUUUUAAUAGUAAUUGACACUUUUAUAAAUUUAGCUUGUUACAAUCACGUGGCUUUCAAGCAGACAACUGGUACUGGUUCUUCCUGGUUUGGUUAGCUCAGUGGAGCUAAACUCAAGAGGCAGCAAUUGCCCAGUGGACCUGCCUUGCAAAGACUUCUCAUAGAGCUGCAUUGGGAAGUCUGCGAUUGGACAGCCACAGAAUGUCUGGGAGGGGCUAGAAGGGAGGCUUGCAAAGGCUGCAGCAUUUGCAAGCUGUCUUUGGAGAUACCCCAAAUGCAAAAAUGCAUAAUCAAAUGCAUGCACAAUUUAUUUUGGAUAGAUCUACUAAACAGUAAAUUUUAUUUAUAUUGUAUUUGGGCAGUGGAAUGUCCCUUUAAACUACGUUCAAACUUGGUGCUUGGAAAUAAGAGGGUGCUUGUAUUCCUAUCCAAGAAAUCCUGUUAAAGUUCAACAUUUCAUUGUCACGACAUGAGAGUAGAAAUUACAAGGUUGCUUGUUAUAGUGCCUACAGUAGUUCCCUCCUGCUUAGUGGCCACAAAAUACUUUAUUUUGAUAGUUUAAAAAGCUUGGAAGUGCAGUUUCCAGCCUCCCCUCUAAACUCUAUGGAUAGGAGACUGUUACAUUUCAGCUCUCAUACCCAGGCAUGCAGUGACAUCACACACGCAUCCCGGUCAGACAUAAAUGUAUGUGUGCAUAUAGGGGAACACUUGCACAUUGUCACUCUUUAAUUUUUUUGUGCCAGACCCAAAAAAAUAAAACAGGAGGAGGAUAUUACUUAAACAACUAUUUAUGCAUUUAUUUUAAUUAAUCCAUUGCAUUGGCAUAUAUCAAGUGAAGGAAUUGAAGGGGUAGAAGACUGGCAUACAUGGUUAUGAGAUGAUUUUCAGAAGAGAAGCUGGCAAACCUAUCUCCUAGUAGACUAUGUGUUAAUUAUUGUCAAAUUUCAAAUUUAUUCUUAGCAUAUAGUGAAUUUGUUGUAUAUUCACAUCUGAGGUCAAAUAUUUUGAUUGUAUAUGUGUGUGUGUAUAUAUAUAUAUAUAUACAGUUGCAAGAAAAAGUAUGUGAACCCUUUGGAAUUAAAUGAAUUUCUGCACAAAUUGGUCAUAAAAUGUGAUCUGAUCAUCAUCUAAGUCACAACAAUAGACAAUCACAGUCUGCUUAAACUAAUAACACACAAAAGAAUGAAAUGUUGCCAUGUUUUUAUUGAACACACGAUGUAAACAUUCACAGUGCAGGUGGAAAAAGUAUGUGAACCCCUAGACUAAUGACAUCUCCAAGAGCUAAUUGGAGUGAGAUGUCAGCCAACUGGAGUCCAAUCAAUGAGAUGAGAUUGGAGGUGUUGGUUAAAGCUGCCCUGCCCUAUAAAAAACACACACCAGUUCUGGGUUUGCUUUUCACAAGAAGCAUUGCCUGAUGUGAAUGAUGCCUCGCACAAAAGAGCUCUCAGAAGACCUACGAUUAAGAAUUGUUUACUUGCAUAAAGCUGGAAAGGGUUAUAGAAGUAUCUCCAAAAGCCUUGCUGUUAAUCAGUCCACGGUAAGACAAAUUAUCUAUGAAUGGAGAAAAGUUCAGCACUGCUGCUACUCUCCCUAGGAGUGGCCGUCCUGUAAAGAUGACUGCAAGAGCACAGCGCAGACUGCUCAAUGAGGUGAAGAAGAAUCCUAGAGUGUCAGUAAAAGACUUACAAAAGUCACUGGCAAAUGCUAACAUCACUGUUAGCGAAUCUACAAUACGUAAAACACUAAACAAGAAUGGAUUUCAUGGGAGGAUACCACAGAGGAAGCCACUGCUGUCCAAACAAAACAUUGCUGCACAUUUACAGUUUGCACAAGAGCACCUGGAUGUUCCACAGCAGUACUGGCAAAAUAUUCUGUGGACAGAUGAAACCAAAGUUGAGUUGUUUGGAAGAAACACACAACACUAUGUGUGGCGAAAAAAAGGCACAGCACACCACCAUCAAAACCUCAUCCCAACUGUGAAGUAUGUUGGUAGGGGCAUCAUGGUUUGGGGCUGCUUUGCUGCGUCAGGGCCUGGACGGAUUGCUAUCAUCGAAGGAAAAAUGAAUUCCCAAGUUUAUCAAGACAUUUUGCAGGAGAACUUAAGGCCAUCUGUCUACCAGCUGAAGCUCAACAGAAGAUGGGUGUUGCAACAGGACAAUGACCCAAAGCAUAGAAGUAAAUCAACAACAGAAUGGCUUAAACAGAAGAAAAUACGCCUUCUGAAGUGGCCCAGUCAGAGUCCUGACCUCAACCCGAUUGAGAUGCUGUGGCAUGACCUCAAGAAAGUGAUUCACACCAGACAUCCCAAGAAUAUUGCUGAACUGAAACAGUUCUGUAAAGAGGAAUGGUCAAGAAUUACUCCUGACCGUUGUGCACGUCUGAUCUGCAACUACAGGAAACGUUUGGUUGAAGUUAUUGCUGCCAAAGGAGGUUCAACCAGUUAUUAAAUCCAAGGGUUCACAUACUUUUUCCACCUGCACUGUGAAUGUUUACAUGGUGUGUUCAAUAUAUCUUUUUCCACCUGCACUGUGAAUGUUUACAUGGUGUGUUCAAUAAAAACAUGGCAACAUUUAAUUAUUUGUGUGUUAUUAGUUUAGGCAGACUGUGAUUGUUUAUUGUUGUGACUUAGAUGAUGAUCAGAUCACAUUUUAUGACCAAUUUGUGCAGAAAUCCAUAUCAUUCCAAAGGGUUCACAUACUUUUUCUUGCAACUAUAUACCGUAUUUUUCGCUCCAUAAGACGCACGUCACCAUAAGACACACCUAGUUUUUAGAGGAGGAAACCCUGAAAAAAUAUUCUGAACUGUUCCGUAGUGUUUGUUACUAUGGGACAGUUUGUUCAGAAUAUUUUUUUUAAAGGAAUUUUUUGUUCUUUACCACACACUCCCCUCUCCUGUCCCAUAAUGAUCUUUAACCCCCCUCCCCUGUCCCAUAGUUAUUUUAACCCCCCCUUUCCUCUGUCCCAUAGUGAUUGUUAACCCCUCUUCCCCUUGUCCAAUAGUGUUCUCAUCCCAUAGUGUUCCCCCUCUCCUUGUCCCAUAGUGUCCCACCCUCUCCUUGUCCCAUAGUGUCCCCCCUCCCCUUGUCCCAUAGUGUCCCCCCCUCUCCUUGUCCCAUAGUGUCCCCCUUCUCCUUGUGUCCCAUAGUGUCCCCCCUUGUCCCAUUGUGUCCCCUCCCCUUGUCCCAUUGUGUCUCCCCUGUCCCAGUGUCCCCCUCUCCUUGUCCCAUAGUGUCCCCCCCUCCCCUUGUCCCAUAGUUACUUACCUGUCUUGUAGCGUGGGCUGGCUUCACAGCGCGCUCCGCGGUACAGGAACUUCAAUUUCAGCUUCUGGUUUCCGGCGGGACUGAAAGGAAGUGUGCACACUGAGUGUGCACUUCUUUUCAGUCCCGCCGGAAACCGGAACCUGAAAUUGAAGUUCCUGUACCGUGGAGCGCGCUGUGCUGCCGGCCCACGCUACAAGACAGGUAAGUAAAGCUUCACAUUCGCUCCAUAAGACGCACAGACAUUUCCCCUCACUUUUGAGAGGAAAAAAAGUGUGUCUUAUGGAGCGAAAAAUACGGUAUGUGUAUAUAUAUAUAUAUAUAUAUAUAUAUAUAUAUAUACACACACAUACACACACAUUUAGAAUAUUUGUUUGCUGAGAUUUGUAGAACUUCUUUUUCACCCCUAUUUAAGUUGCUGUUUGUCUCCCAUGUUAAAAUUAGUGUUAGUGUAGGACCCACUGAUAUUGAGGUACUGUAACGUAGUGAUGGGGUUAAAGGGACACUAUAGUCACCUGAACAACUUUAGCUUAAUGAAGCAGUUUUGGUGUAUAGAACAUGCCCCUGCAGCCUCACUGCUCAAUCCUCUGCCAUUUAGGAGUUAAAUCCCUUUCUUUAUGAACCCUAGUCACACCUCCCUGUAUGUGACUUGCACAGCCUUCCAUAAACACUUCCUGUAAUGAGAGCCCUAUUUAGGCUUUCUUUAUUGCAAGUUCUGUUUAUAUAAGAUUUUCUUAUCCCCUGCUAUGUUAAUAGCUUGCUAGACCCUGCAAGAGCCUCCUGUAUGUGAUUAAAGUUCAAUUUAGAGAUUGAGAUACAAUUAUUUAAGGUAAAUUACAUCUGUUUGAAAGUGAAACCAGUUUUUUAUUUUUUCAUGCAGGCUCAGUCAAUCAUGCCAGGGGAGGUGUGGCUAGGGCUGCAUAAACAGGAACAAAGUGAUUUAACUCCUAAAUGACAGUGAAUUGAGCAGUGAAAUUGCAGGGGAAUGAUCUAUACACUAAAACUGCUUUAUUUAGCUAAAGUAAUUUAGGUGACUAUAGUGUUCCUUUUACACAAUAUUACAAUAUGGUGUAACUGAAUCCAGUGGUGUAUUUUGGUUUUGUGCUGCCCUAUGCAUGACUAAACUUAUGCACCCCCCUCGAUCUGAAUGUGCUCCACCCCUUCCGGUCAAGGCCACACUUCUUCCUUUUAAGACCAAACCCUUCUGUAAACUCCACCUCUUCCUUUUUAAGCUCCACCUCUUCAUCUCUGUCCUCAAACAGUUUACGAAGCAAACUUUGCCAUCAAACUGCUUUCCAAUACCAUAGUUCUCCCAAAACAACUUUACAGUCCCAGGUUUGUCCCCAACCAGCUAAUCCUUGUCAUAUUUACACACAAACAACUUGCCAGUGCCAUCUUUGUCCACAAACUGUUUGCCAGUGCCAUCUGGUAUAUCAGGCCUCUACGCUUUAAAUGCAUAAACUUAGUAUAUCGCAGCAAUCAGCUAUAAAUGCCUAAACUUGGUAUAGCAUGCCGAUCAGUUUUAAAUACAUAAACUAGGUAUAUCAUAGCAAUCAGCUAUAAAUGCAUAAACUAGGUAUAGCAUGCCAAUCAGUUAUAAAUACAUAAACUAGGUAUAUCAUGGCAAUCGGCUAUAAAUGCAUAAACUUGGUAUAUCAUAGCAAUCAGCUAUAAAUGCAUAAACUAGGUAUAGCGUGCUAUACCUGGCGCUCAGGUCUAAGGGGAGGGCGGCAGACAGCUUAGUAGUGAGUUGUAGUGAGUUGAAGUUGUGGAGGCAAAUGGGAGUCAGUGGCAUCAGAAGGAUUGGUGUCACUCUGUGCAGUAGUAACUCAUGAUGUGACCCCCUGGAUAGCCUCCAGUAUUAAACCAUACAGAAUCCUUAGUGCAAUAAUGCAAUUAUUCAGAGUAUUUACAAUUCCAGGAUAGGAUACGGUUAGCACAGACCAACAUUUAGAAGAAAGGAAAACACUUCACUCCUACACAUUUUGAUAAUUUUACAGACAAGUUAUUCAGGCUGGACAUGGAAAAGUAGAACUGUUUGGUCUAGCUCUCAGAACACAUUAAUUUCCAGGAGCAAUCUUAUUGACACAAAAUUACAGAAUUCUCAAGUAUCCCUCUUUAGGAGAGACAGCACCUAUUUUGGACUAUAAAGCUAACAUUUUAAUGUAAUUCAGAUAGCUAAUAAAACUUGCACUCUAGUGUAAGUAAGAUAACCAAUAAAGAUUGCACUAUGACUGAAAUACAUUAAAGUGCAAGCUUUAUUACCUAACUGAAUUACAUAAUUCAGCCAUAGACAAUAAAAGCCAUAUAGAGAAUGUAUAUAUAGAUGGGAGCCUUUACGUAUAGAGAACAGAUAUAUAGUCUGUGCAUAUUUAGAUUGGAUUGUGACAUUAUAUAGACUGCAUGUAUAUAAAUAGGAGCAUUUUACGUAUUGAGAGAACCAUAUAAUCUGUGUGUAUAUAGGUAGGAGUAUGACAUUAUUCACGUUGUAUAGUCUAUGUAUAUAUAGAUGGGAGCCUGUUAUUUAUAGAAAACAGCAUUAUAGUCUGUGCGUAUAUAGAUAUGAGCUUUUUCUAUAAAGAAAAGGCUCCCAACUUUUUGUUGAACCUGGUUUUUCUAUUACAGUAUAAACUAGGAGACUUUUACUCAGUUCUCCUUAUUUUAAAAAACAAAUAGCACUUGCAUGAUAAGGGAAAACAUAAUUAUUAAUUAUUAAGGAGCGCAGUUUUGGAACUGAGAGAGCUAAAGGCAGAAAAAAAAUCUUUAAAGUUUAUUAAUUAACUCCCUUGUAAUUAAACAAAUUAAAGAAUUGGAACAAAAAAACCCAACACAACAGCCAAGAAAUAAACAGUAAAAGACAAAUCAAACCAAUUAAAUAAAAAAUGGGGGGGAAAUGGGGAACUAAAUUAAAUUAGAAACAAGCAAAUAAAUUAAACAGAAUAAUAGAAUGGAAGAUUAGGGAGGACUAACAAAUAUAUAUAUCCAAACUGACAUUAUGUGCAUUUCCAGGGUCCCUAAAGUCAGGGCAGCACUGGGACGAGCAGAACAGUUUUUGAGUCUGUCACCCAUUUAAUCCUGCUCACCCAUUAUGAUCCUGCCUUCCCAGACUCCUUCUAACACAUUACUAAGGAAGCAUGACCCAGGAGGAGAGGCUGCCAUAGAAAGCAACCGCGUGGUCUGUCAAGGGGGGUGUCGGCUGUUAUGCUGGUGUCGGGAAAGGGGCUGGAAGGCUCCACUAGCUGAUGAUCUGGAGGGAUGUGCAGCAGUUACUGAAAGGGACACUAUAGUCACUUGAACAACUUUAGCUUAAUGAAGCAGUUUUGGUGUAUAGAACAUGCCCCUACAGCCUCACUGCUCAAUCCUCUGCCAUUUAGGAGUUAAAUCCCUUUGUUUAUGAACCCUAGUCACACCUCCCUGCAUGUGACUUGCACAGCCUUCCAUAAACACUUCCUGUAAAGAGAGCCCUAUUUAGGCUUUCUUUAUUGCAAGUUCUGUAUAAUUAAGAUUUUCUUAUCCCCUGCUAUGUUAAUAGCUUGCUAGACCCUGCAAGAGCCUCCUGUAUGUGAUUAAAGUUCAAUUUAGAGAUUGAGAUACAAUUAUUUAAGGUAAAUUACAUCUGUUUGAAAGUGAAACCAGUUUUUUUUUCAUGCAGGCUCUGUCAAUCAUGCCAGGGGAGGUGUGGCUAGGGCUGCAUAAAACAGAAACAAAGUGAUUUAACUCCUAAAUUACAGUGAAUUGAGCAGUGAAAUUGCAGGGGAAUAAUCUAUACACUAAAACUGCUUUAUUUAGCUAAAGUAAUUUAGGUGACUAUAGUGUUCCUUGAAGUGUUUAUGCUGACUGACUGCUGCCUUCUAAGAGAAAGACAGCUUAUCCUGUUGCAAAUGCUCCCAGUCUCACUCCCUUUCCCUUUUCAAGCUCUGCUUGGGAACAAAAAUAUCAGUCUGGGGAUGACAGCUUGUCACCCCCUUUUUUUGCCACCGUGGAAUGUGCCACCCAAGGUGAGUGCCUAAUUUGCCUGCUGAAGAUCCACCACUGACUGAAUCCCCAUAUUUGUUUUUUGGCAUAGGUGAUUUUAAGUAGCCUUGUAAAAUGUAAAGCUGUAUUUUUGAGUAUGUGCUGUUUAUUAUUGUAUAGUUUGUAUAACUUUUGGUCUUCACAGCAGCAACAAUGCUGAGAAAUGCAUGUUCAGGGUGUGCUACCAAAUCCUAUUGUUUCUAAGUUAUACGAUACUAGCCAGGCCUAAAUGUUACUUGCCAUGACAAGCCCGGGAGAUGUAGGCAUUGGAACACUUUCUAUUCUGAAUUUCUAUUCACCAAGGCUAAAUUUUAACUCGUCAAUUGUUAGUGGGAGAGGAGAGCUUUUGAGCCUUGACUGCAGUAUAUAGUUGAACUGAAAUUGACUUUGUAGAGUAGUAUUACUUUUUUGCAAGUUGCAUACUGUUCAUUUCAUAUUGCUAUUCUCAUUGAAGCUUUCACAGUAUGCAAUAUAUUUUCUUGCUAUUAAGAUAUAGAAUUUUAAGUAAUAUAGAACUGGAAACUGCUGCACACCUAACAACCAAUAAAUAUAGUAAAUUUGUCUAGACCGGGCAACAACUGUAAUUUGCAUUAUGUUAUAAUUUAAAGAAUUUGUUUAGCUGUUUUAAUAUUAGUUGACUGAUUUUAUUGCCAUCACAGAGCACUCAGAAAAAUCCAAGAGGUUGGAGAACUACAUGGAAUUAAUUAACCAGCUUCCAAAGGUCAACAGAGCUACACUGACUGCACUAAUUGGUCAUCUUUACCGGUAAAACACCUAAUCAGUUGAUAAAAUUUGGCUUGAGAGAUAGAAGAUGUUUAACAAACAUGGUUAUAUGUGCAGAAGACUAAAAACAGGCAGUAUUUUUAUUGCUUGUCCUCAGCUUUUGGCAACUCAUUUUGAUACUUCGGUUACACAUGCCAUUACAAUGAGGACAUAUGACAUAAGAUAGGUCUCUUGUGCAACCAGGCAUAUGUUUAAACUUUAUUUAGAUCUUGUAACAAAGAUAUGGUUGAUGUCCCACUCACAAUGUUGUCAAGGCCCAGAGUUUGUGUCACCCCAAUAGAUUGUGGGAGGCAGUCAGUAAAUGAAAAGGGAGUCUAUCACAGUUUCUGGCCCCACCAUGCCUCCUUUUUUGAGAUCCACCAGGCCUUGAAUAAAGGUGAGUUUUUACAGCUAUUUAAAGCUGCACUGUCAUGCCGUACUUACCUUUCUCUAAUUGCUUCCUCUUCUCUCCCUAUGUCAGGAUCUGUUCUUCAUUUCUUCCUAUCUGCUCUAGUUUUCUUUAAAACAUAAGACAAAGUAGGGACUGCUUUGUCUUAUGGAGGCUUCCUACGCCUGACCAUCUCUGACCAGUGGAGGAGCAAAGUGUGCUCCGCUUCCUGUGGUCAGAGAAAUUUUCACACAGUUAUUACCUUUCCUCUGUGAAAUGCUAUCACGAUGCUUCCUGUCAUUAUUCCCGAACGUCCUGUCAUUUAGACAGAAUGCUGGCAAAACUACAGAAUUUCGUCCUAACAGAAUGAGAACAGUUUGUUCAUAUUAGGACGCAACUCUGGACUUUGUUUGGAUCGGAAUUUCAUUUGAAUGAAUGAAACUCUGAUCGUGUUCGUGCUGCCGCUGCAUCUUGCAGCCGUUUAGUAGAUAACUCCCUAAUUCCCACGGUCUUUCAGACAAAUUUACUAAUACUAAGUAAAGUUUACUUAGUAUUAGUAAAUUCUGCCCCUUCUUGGGAUAUAGUCUAGUAAACAGUGAGCAGCCAGUGGCUUAUUUGAAUUUAUCAAAUAAAAGGGGUGGGGGCUGGGGGGCAGGACAAUAGGUUCCCCCCAUUAUUAUUUAGGGCCCCUACCUACCGCUCAGGGGUUGGGGGCCAGGGGGGAGGACAAUAAGUCCCCCUCCCCCCCACAUUUUCAUUUAGGGCCCUCACCCGCCACUCAUAGGUGGGGGCCAAGGAGAACCCUAUGUCCCCCAUUUAGUUGAAUUGCUCCAACUUGCGGGCCACGGGUUGGGCCUCGGAGGGGACACUAUGUCCCCCCCGCUUGCAAAUAGAUGCCCCACCAUGGGGCCAUUUGUUGGAAGGGGUGGGUUUAUUUUUACAACAGACAUGACCCUACUCGUGGCAUAGCGAGUAGUGGCAUUCAGGAGAUUUCAGUCUCCCUUAUGCUAUUAUGGAGGUUAGGGGGGGCUUAGGAAGUGGCGGGGAGCACUGUGAGGACCUGGUCAGCCUUUAUUUUCUGAAGUGUCACUGUCAGUUUAACAGUCUUAAUUGGAAUAUUUUUGUGUUACUUAUACACAUUUUUUUCUAAAUUAGUUUCCAACUAAUUUCCAACUGUGAUAAAACCAAAAACAUUUGAUUAAUUUACAUGGUACCUAAUCUGAUUUUUUUCCAGUACAUCAUUGGGUGUAUUUCAGUAAACAUACUGAAAAUGUUCCAUGGUUUUGAUACAAUGAUGAUACAUUUGUAUUCUGUCUCCAGCUGUGCCUGUUCACAAUAUUUUCUUCCAACCACUAAAACCAAUUAAUUUUAGUAUCCUACAUAGCUCCGUAUCUAAUAGCUGUACGUUUUCCUUAUUUUUUCUCUCCCAGUGUUCAGAAAUGUGCAGAUUUAAACCAGAUGUGUACCAAGAAUCUUUCACUAUUAUUUGCUCCCAGCCUAUUUCAGACAGAUGGGAAGGGGGAGCACGAGGUGAAGGUGAUGGAGGACCUAAUUGACAACUAUGCUUGUGUAUUCGGUGUAAGUGUUCCUUGAAGUAGAUCAAAGGCAUUAAGACAUUGCAGUUUUUACGUGCAUAGAUAAGAAAUUAAUGUAAGUGAAAAUUAAAAGAAAAAGAAGCAGAAAAGUAAAUUUACAUUAUGCAUACAGCCCUCUUCUAAUUAAAGCUACUUGAACACCAAUGUGAUCUCUGUCAACAAAGUACUGCAGGAGUUCGGUUGUACUGUGUUGUACUUAAGCUCGUGACUUGCAAUCUCAAUGUUUUCCAGGGCUAGACAGAACUAGUGAAAUAUUUUCUGGAAUCACAGAAUUUUGUGUGUGGAAAAAAGGCCAUUUGCUUGUACUUGCCACUAGAAAAAAAAUGUCCAGCCCUUCUGUGCAUGCAUGCAAAUACACCAUUCUGUAUUUGAACAAUUUAUGUGGAGACAUCAAAUGUAAAUCUUUGUAUCAUUUUUCUUAAUUAAAAAGUGUGCAAACUCUCUUUAAAUAACAAUAUAUGCUAAGUCAAUGAGGCAUUUUUUAGUUAUCACACUGGUCGACAUAUCACUACCAUAAAUUGAACAAAACGUUAAUUUUUUUUCUAUUUUCAGAUUGACGAGGAGCAGGUGACACAGAUGGACUUAGAAAACAGUUUGAUUACCACCUGGAAAGAUGUUCAGGUAAGAAUCAUGUGCACAGAAUUAAGGCUGCUAUAUACUCACAGCUCUUUUUUUGUUAACGUUGAAAAUAUAUAAAGAGGAAAAAAAUGUGUACUAUAUAAUGAAGUGUACAAUGCAAAUUUCACCGCAAGAUUAUUUCACUACAGUAGAUAUUACAUUACCUAAAACAUGUAUGUUUCAACCUUUGUUUUUCACCUGACAGUUGUCACAAGCUGGUGACCUUAUUAUUGAAGUUUACUUGGAAAAGAAACUGCCAGACUGCUGUGUCACCCUAAAGGUCAGUAAUUUUCAAGCCAUGUUUAAUAGUGUCAGUUCUGCAUUUACACAACAGAUUUAGUAUAGAUCUGUGGUAGAACCACAGGCGUCUGUGCUGUAUGUGUGGCAUUGCGUUUAUCUCAUUUAAAUAUAUUUCCACAAUUGGUAUGUUGCAACGCAAAAAUAUGAUGGUAUGCAUUUCUUUUUUUUAAAUUGACUUUACUAUUGAUACUGUAUUAGUAUAGUAAAUAUGGUUGUUGAAUUAUAUAUUUCUGCCUUAUAUACAGAUUGUAGGCCAAAGUAGCUUGCUGGAAGUGUAGCUGACGUCGAGAAGUUUUCCAGUUCUGUCUUUUUAGCCUUAAAUUUUAAAUUCACUUUAAAUUCUCACUUUAGUAAAUAGCCCUAUGAGUGUUACUGCACUCCCAUGAGAUGAUCCCAAACUUAAAUUUUUUUAGGAUGAAGUUCAAGCUCCAUUUGCAUAUUAGCCGUUUACAAAAGGCUAUAAAGAAAAACACACACGUAUAUUUUUCAUAGCUCUCCCCUUUCCUACUAUUUGCCAAGUAAAACAAAUUAAGUUUAAACAGAAAUUCUGCAUAUUUGUAACAAUGUUAAAGGAAGAUCAAAUAUCCAUGUAAAAAGUAUGGCUUUGAGUGUAUAUUUAUUGCCAAAGGAAGUCUGUGUUUAUUAAAAGACUGGACUGUCAUUAGAUCAUUUAUUUAAUCUGUAAAUGUUCUGGCUAGUAACGAUAAUAUAUGAGCUAGAUGUAUUCUGACUAAAAGAUAGCUAUGCUAUAAAAUGUUCUGCUUUUUGGUUUUGUUUGGGCUGACACAUCAAGUAUCAGUGGUAUGUUUACUGUACAUACUGGUAACUUUGUACAGACUGAAUGGAUGUGCUGUGAUCUCGAGAAUCUAAAUAUCAUAUUUAGAUUGCUGUCAUAUUUAGAUUGGUAUUGAUUCGACAUCUUCAAACGCUGCAUUUUAGGUGUCUCCAGUAAUGACAGCAGAGGAGUUAACCAAUCAGGUCCUAGAUAUGCGGAAUGUUUCAGGAAGCACAGACAUCUGGCUGACCUUUGAAGUGUUUGAAAAUGGUGAACUAGGUAAGAUUCAGUCAAGUCUACGAAACAUCAGAUGAGCAAAUGACUAACAUCACAAAUCUUGAAGCACCUUACAUAACAAUUUGCCCCACAGGCAUACUCUCCCAGACAUGCCUAUGCACACACCCAGAUAAACACUGCUACACAUAUGCAAAGACUCAUACUAUCAGGCUCAUACACAAAAAAACAUUCAUAGAUUGAAACUAACCACUACACACUAGCAGGCACACGUGCAGGUACAGUUUGUUAAAACCAGCUGCAGGCUCUCCUUCUACUCCUAUGUGCUAAUGACAUAACAUCCCCAAAGCAUUGCAACAGUAGUGCAAGGGGAACUAGCAAAUUGAUAUAGUGCAUUGCUCAUUGUGUCGCUAAUUUUCAGUGCAACACAGUUAGGAUACUGAACAGCACUACAUUAUCCAGAUGGGCUUCUUUGCUUAAGCAUCAUUGCCUGUAUUGCUCUGGAUGGGGGCCCUGGAUAGGCACCUGAGUGAAUACAUUUUUAUUGAAGUUUUACUGCAUUCAUAACUAAGAUAAAGAUAACACUGAUGCAUACAUAGAGUCUCAAAACAUGUACAAUUUUACAAAUUACAAAAAUACACUGAUAUCAGUUGCACCUCCUAAGAUAAAACCAAAAGUACAUAGAAAUACGAUUGAUGCAGUGUUGUUCAAACAAUGACUUACUUUAUAUUCUUUGAAAUGUUUUGUUUCUAAUAGAUAUGAUGGCUAAUUUGUACUAAAAUAUCAAUAGCAAGAAACCAAUCUAUCAAAAUUACAGUUAUUCUUCCAGUCUGUCUAGUAGGGAAUUAUAUAUAUAUAUAUAUAUAUAUAUAUAUAUAUAUAAUCUAUUUAGAAGAAGUACCGCCAAAUAAAAAGCAUGUAUGCAUUUAAUAAUGCCGUUUUCAUUGGGGUAUAUAUAAAAACAAUUUGCAAAAGCUGUGGAUCUCUUAUCUGCUGCUUUUUUGUAAGCCCUCCACUUCUUCCACAGCCCAGGCUUUCUGUGGCUGUCCAAUCACAGAUUUCCCAAUGCAGAUUAAUGAGCAGUCUGUCACGGGUGGCAGUACGGAAACCGGGACCCCUGAGUGCCAGAUGAUGAUGGGAGUCUCAGCGUGGUAAUGGACCAUCAGGGCCUGGUGCAGGGUAACCACACGCCCCCUGGUGUUGAGCACCAGUGUUUGUGCGGCCACAUACCAGGGCCCAAGAGCUAGGUGCUAUUUGAUAUGCAGACCUCCCAGGAACUGGAUAGGGAGGCUCUGCAGCAAACAUGUAUCCAGUACAGAAACAAGGCAAGACUUGGACAGGCACCUAACAAGAAAACAAGACAAGACUAGAAGAACCCGGAGCAGGACAGAAAGCAGAACCCAGAACACGUACACAAGACAUGAGGGAAACAUGAACAGGGCAGGACAGGACUGUACAUGAACUGGGAAUAGAAGACAAAAUAAAACAAGACCAGAGAUGCAAGGCAAAACAAGAGGAGACAUAACUAAGUACUAUAUAUGUAAAACAUUGGAGAUUUAGACAUGCAUAAAUGGCCAAGAUGUAUGCAGCCCACCACUGUGGCAAAGUACUCCAAUUACAGUGUGUUCCUAUCUACCUAGAUAUGCAUGACUAAAUAAACAAUAAUAAAACACGCACAGCACUUACCUGCAAGAAAGGGGCAGAGGACUUGCAGCAACCGCCUGCAGGAACCAACUGAAACAAAAGGAUAAAUGGAAAAGGAAAGGGUGUGGCAACAUAAAACAAACAUUUAAAGGGACACUAUAGUCACCUGAACAACUACAGCUUUAUGUAGUUGUUCAGGUGAGAUCUAUAGCUCCCUGCAGGCAAUCAGAGAAAAUACAGUGUUUACAUUGAUUGAUAGGAAUACCUCCAGUGGCCGUCACUCAGAUGGCCACCAGAGGGACUUCCUAUCAUGCAGGGCCCUAAAAAGGCCCUAUACACGUAAGACGUAUUAAAAUACGUCUGACGUGUGCAGAAGAGAGAAGGCACUGUGUGCGCGACUUCUCUCUUCUGCCUGUCAGCGGGAGGAAGGAGGGGGGCAAAGACCGCGAGCUGAGCUGUCAGUCAGAUCAGCUUGCGGCCGCGCACAUUCGUGGUAGUGCGCUCAGGACUUCAGAGUAUGUGCGGCGAAGCCGCGCAUGUGCACAAGGGAGCAAUGACGCUUCCAAAUGGAAGCAUCUGAUUGCUCCCUGCUCGUGCCCGCCUGUUUCGUCAUUUUGACGAAAUAGGGGGCGCGGCUUCACGAGGCUCCCGGCGCUGGAACCAGGUGAGUAAAAACUGCUGCCUGGGGAGUCCCUUUAAUAAAAAUCCAAGAGACUGGGAAUUCCAGUAACGGAAUACAGGAAUGAACCCUGAAAACCCAGCAUAAAGAAAACCAGACAUGGAAUAGAAAACCAGAAAAACUAAACAAGAAUUGUAAAAAGAGUACUGGAUACCAGAAUCCAAGGCCAGACAUCUCCGCAGAACAGUGCAGGAUGUGACACAGUCUUUGUGAAGCAGGUUGUUUGGGCAAUUGACUGGCUAUUGGGUUUAGCUCCACUUAGCUAAACAACAGGAGCGCAACAUGAUUGGUUGUCUGAUUACCAAGCGGGUUUAGCAAGGUUAACUUAUAAAUGUGCUUUCUACUAAAAUCUCCACUUUUAUAAAAUGAAAAAAAAGAGGACACACUCUUCACACAUAAACACUUAAAGUGCUUUGGGUGUUUGUCGUGUUCCUUUAGGUAACUUGUGCAGCAUUGCAUGGGUCGUUAUUUGUUGCAAUAAAAAAUUGUCUCUGGGUAUGGUAAGUGAAAAGUUCAGGUUGGAAAAAAGUAAAUUGUGGCUAUCAUGAUUAAUUCUGCAAUUUCCUUCCCCACUCCAUUGAUAGAUGCAGAUGGGAAAGAUUUUGAGGCAUUUUUGUAAUCUCCUAAUUCCUGCAUAUAGAUCCCUCAAACAUGCUUAGUCUACUCUAACACAAUUUCCCAUAUUACCUAUUGGAUUUGCAUUGACAAAUCCUGGGUACCCUGACAGACAGGUCUGUGUAUUGUCUUCUAUGGCUGUCAUUCAUUAUUAGCAUAUUUAAAGUGGCUGUUUUUGUCCUAAAUAUGGGUAUGUACAAGUGUAUGAUGUUGCAAAGAGCAUGAAUUCUCAUUGGAUGUGGUGUGGAGUACUGCUAAAAAUAAAACUGGCACCAAUGAAGGAAAUUCCACCACUGUCCAUUUGAUGAAACACAAUGAUACCUUUUUAUUACAAGCUUCUGUGAAAUCUCCAACAUACAGUGGUUAAAUAUGCUCCUAGCAACCGACAGUGACUUUUUGCAACAUAUAAUUGAAAUAUGAAUCUUCUAUCAGGUGUCCCAUGAGGCAGAGGCUUUAAACCUUCUAAUUAACCAUAGGGCGCUGUACUGGAAAAUUCCCUGAUACAUACAGAAUUUAAUGCUAAGAAAGGUACUCUCUUUAAAACAUUUUUUUGUUGUUGAAGUGUGUAAUGUACAAAGUUAAAUUGCUAAAGCCCACCAAGUCACAUUCUGGAGGUAGAAUCUUGUGCACCACCAUCUUUUAACUUCACUGGCAACCACUGCAGAUGAGUAAACAGAUGCCAUACAGGACUUUUGAAGGAAUGCCUGAAUGAUCAUGCAUUUUUAUGACACUUUCUGGAAAAUAUUGGCAUUUGGAAACAGAAAUGCUGUGUAUGUAGGUGUUUUUUAUACAUACCUUGACUGCACUUAUCGCUCCAGUAAAUGCUUCAGUUAUAUAUAAUGGAGUGAGAAAAUAAGAACAGUGACCACAAGCAAGUUCCUCUUCAAAUAUUGUCUUAUUAUAUUAAUUUAGAUAUAUGUCUACAACUAUUAUGCAUGAUUAUUAAUUGAAUGUAAAAUGUAUUUGUUUCUUAACAACUUCACACACUCUAAACCAUAUUUGUAUGCCAGUUUAAUUUAUAUGAUUAUCUUUGUUCUACAGAACGACCUUUACAUCCAAAGGAAAAAGUUCUAGAACAGGCUCUGCAGUGGUGCAAGUUAGCAGAGCCUAGUUCCGCUUUCUUACUUGUGAAGAAGAUUCCCAUUGGUGAAGGAAGCUGUCUUUUUACAGGUGAGUGUUUUUGUGAUCAACAUAGAAUAAUAAUUUUGGAUCUAAAAUGAAAUCUUCACAUGGUGAUUGACUUACUGUGACAUCUCUUGCUCCCAUACUAGGUGCAAAAAGAGAAACUCCUAAAUGUGGAUUGUUAAAGUGCAGGGAAGUGUCCCCAAAGCUGCUGGGAUGCAAGUUUCAAGACAGAUACUUUGUCAUCAGGGAUCGAAAGCUACUUGUGCUUAAAGAGAAAAAGGUAUGGUAAAAGGCCUUGUCUAAGUAAACAUCUCCAUUAAAAAAGGGAUGUAUAGAUAGAGUUAUUACUUGGCUUGGGAGUGUCUAACCCUUACACUGUAAGUGCAAGUGCAGUGCUAAAAAGUGAUAUCUAGAAACGGUUACGCUUACCCCUGAAAACAGGCUUUGAGAAGUCAGUUCUCAUAUAAAUACAAAAGAGAAAAAAGACACAAUAGUGCAAUAAUGCUAAAAUAAUUGAGAAUGUGCCUAAACCUGGAUAUAGUAUAUGCUCAAAAUAUAUAGAACCUUUUAUACUAUAUGGCUCUGAACGUAAGCGUUUCUGUGCCUUUUUGGCAGCAACAGUACCUCUUCUGAUAACCACUUAGUAUCUUCACUGGAAGAUACUGAUUGGCUAUCAGAAGAGGUACUGUUGCUGCUAAAAGGGCAGAGAAGUGCUUACAUUCAGAGCCAUAUCAUAUAAAAGGCUCUAUAUAUUAUGAGCAUUUUUGCACAUUCUCUGUUAUUUCAGAAUUAUUGCACUAUUGUGUCUUUUUUUAUCUCUUGCAUUUAUAUGAUAAUUGACUUCCCCCUGCCUGUUUUCAGGGGUAAGCAUUACCAUUUAUAGACUGUACUUUAGCACUGUACUUGCAUUAAAGGUGGGGGUAGGGAGGGGGGUAUAUAACCUAAAUAUUGAAGUAGUUGUUUGUUUUUUUUAACAUUUGUUUUGUGUGAUCUUAGAAGUGUCCAAAGAGUGCUAUUGCUUCUAUAUUUGUAUAUGAGAAUAUGUUAAUUUAUUUCUACAAGAAGCACCAUUAUAUUCACACAUACUUUUAAACUGUUUUCUUGGAAAUAUAGUUAAUAUUCCAUACCUCAAAUUCACACUUUCAGGGUUAUUUGCUAAAGGGAGAAUUCAAAGUGAAUUUCAAAUUUAAGGUCAGAGUAGCUGAACUAAAAGCAUAGCUGAUUUGGAGAUGCUUUUUCCAGUUCAUUUGUGGUGACCUUAAAUUUUAAAUUCACUUUGAAUUUAUCACAUUUGGUUUGUAAUUUAUGAGAAAUAGCGUGGCCUAAAAUAUAUGCAGUAAAAAUAUCUGCUUUAUUUAUGUUGUGGUACAGAGUGCUGUUUGUAUAUUGUUUGUAUAUUGAGACAUGUGCUGGCUUCUGAACAUCUGAAAGACUCUUAGGAUAAUGUUAAUCAAAUCUUACAUUUAUGAUUAUGUAGAUUGUAGGUCAAAUUUACUAUGGGAUUUUGGUUUGGUUUUGCAGAGUGCCAAGCCAGAGCGUGAGUGGCCACUUGAAAAUGCCAAGACUUACAUGGGAAUUCGAAAAAAGUUGAAACCUCCAUCUCAGUAAGUUCAGCGAGAGAGAAUUGAACUGAAUGGACCUAAUUUUUCUGAUGAAUCUAUUUUACUACAUUUUGGAGUGUUUGUUGAGUCUAUGUAUUAUGUUUCGAAUUAGUAUUGUUAAAGGAACACUAUAGUGUUAGGAAUACAAUCCAGUAUUCUUAAAGCUAUAGUGCCCCUGUUCCUAUUCUUUUUCAGGUCCCCAAUCCCCAAUACAAUUUUAAUAAAAUAAAAAUUUGCUUACCUUAUCCAGUGCUGAAGCUCUUUCGGUGCUGAUUAUCUCUCCCCCUUCCACGUUGCCUACUUGGCCGAUGUCAAUCCAUUGCUCUUCAUAAAGGAGCAUUGGGGACCUAAUGUGGAGACACUGCACCCAGAUCUCUACAUUGAGAUGAAGUGGUCUGGGUGAAUAUAGGAUUCCUUUAAUAUUAACACUUAAUUAAAUGUAUGUUUUGUAGAUAUUGAAACUUAAAAGAACACUCUGGGCACCAUAACAAUUGCAUCGUUAUUAAGUUGUUAUGGUGCAAGGAGGUCCCUGGAGGUCCUCAAAGAGUUAAACUGUUAACAAACACACACUAUCUAUGCCCAUCUUCUUUGGCAGUAGUCUGAAACUUGAUUUAGAAUACCUUGGACAGGGGCACCACUGAAAGGCACUUCCUGAUUCAAACUUCAGUCUAUGGCUGAAAGAGAUAGGCAGAACAAUAAGGUCCCGGAUUAAACACAAACUAUUUAAUCCCUUACGUAAAUUGGCACCCGAAGGCUUCCUCCCACCAUAACAACCUAAUUCUGAUUGAGUGUCCAUUUAAGCUUUGAUAUGGAUUGUAUUUGUGGUGCAAGUCAUCAAAAAUAUGAGCUAAAGCACUGCUGGAAGCAUAAAAAAAUGUAAUGUGCAAAAUCCUAAAUAAUAAAUAAUUAUGUUGCUUCCAUUUAGGACAAGUACGAGUAUGUAUGUGCUGAAACACUGUACAUUAUGAAAUAUUUUUAAUUGUAUGCUGGGGCUAAUUGCACCUCCAUAUCACAAGACUUGGACUUGGCAGACCAGAAUUCUGUUUCCAGCUGCCUAAUGUUAAUUCUGUGCAUAUUUUGUUUGUCAUCAGAUAUAUCUCCCCUCCCUUGAACUUAUUGCCAUCCCACCACCCACUUAGCCCUAAUUACCAUACAUUCAUACUCCAAACUACUCAUGUGUAUCCAUCCAAUCAUGUACUCCAAACUAAUCACAUUCAUCCAUCCAAUCAAAUACACAAAGCUUUAUAUAUAUAUAUAUAUAUAUAUAUAUAUAUAUGGGGCACAUUAAGGAAAGGGGCAGCAGAGAGGGUAACGCCAGGUCUGCUUCUUCUGAGAACAGAGUCCAAUUAUCUAUUCGGUAACCAGUGUAUUAUUUUUGCAUUGUAAAACAUAUUUAAUGUGGGUUUAUAAUUGUAAGACUAUAAAAAUUUUAACUUGUUUUUCUAUUUUUUCCUCAGAUGGGGUUUCACUCUAUACCUGGAUAAACAUCAACUGUAAGUACUUUAUAAAGCAACUGAAACUGGCAUUGUAUCUCUGCAGACACUAGAGGGCAGCAGUCUGUAUGCCUAUGUAAAAGUGACUAUAACUGAAUCUACAAAAAUACUAAUAGCAGCCUCUUUAAAUAUACUUUUUGAUGCUGAAUGUUAAAUGUGGGCAUGGCAGAAAGAAUGUUUUCUCUGAAAAUAAUUUUAGCCAAUGGGUCAUUCGGUUUAGCUGAAAUUCGGAUGUUAGUUUCAAUUAAAGAUUUCCAUUUAGACAAAUGGUAUGCUUCAAACAUUGCCAAAUUCUUUCACUGUUUUUUUAAGAGAUACUAAAGAUAGAUACAUGUCCCAAAUCUGAUAUACUUAUGUGGCAUUUCUCUGUUUAUUUAUGUAUUUAGUUCCAGUACAAAACCUAAUUAGGGAGUUAAGUAGUUUCUUAAUUCUUUAUGCUGUUUAGGCAAUAGCGCCCUAAUUUAGAGGUUUUUUUUAUUAGAUAGCUCACUUAUUUGAUAUUCUUAAGUAUUGUAAGUUCAUAUAAGGAUAAGAAUACUAAAUUAGAUAGCUAUCUGCAAAACAUCAAAAAUAUCUAAAUUUGAAAUCCCUUAUGUUAUUCAGUGUCCUUAAAUAUGAAAAAUCAUACAUAAGGAUAUCAAAUUAGUGCCCUUUUAUGAAGAGAUUCUAUAGUGUAAGGAAUACAAAUUUGUGGUUCCAUGAAUAAUAAAAAAAAAAAAAAAGAAUAAUAAUUAAAGCAAAAUACACCAACAAUACAGAAAUGCAUAAACUUUAUGGUACAGCAGCAGGACCGGUGUAUUUUAUUUCACUGGUGCUUGGUCAGGUCACCGUACUCAUCUUCCUCUGUUUCUGAUUGUAGUCCUUUUCCAUCAGUCAUCAUAUUCCUCUUCUGGUGUUUGAAUGGAUCAGUAAGUGUGUUACGUUGUGGAAUUUAGAUUGUAUGUUUAUCUGGGUACAGUCAGUACAUACGGUCUGAUUUCCACAACAUCACACACUCGUUGACAGUCUAGAUGUGUAUGUGUAAUAUGGUGGUUAGGCUGGAAUGGAUGGCUGUGUUUUGGUCAUACUGAUAAUAGGUGUGAUAUGGAUUGGUAACUUACAUGUUUGUGAGAGCAAGAAAGAAUGUUACUGUUGGUGUAUGUUUGUCUGAAAAUCACAUUUAAAUACACUGGAAAAAACAAACAUGAUUUAACCACCACCAAAGAUAAAAGUGAGCAGUUGAUUGCCCGCUCACCUGUUUCAACCAAAGAGCAAAGCUUUUGCACACCUUCAGUCUUUAUCUGCCAGCAGUGCUUUUAGUGAAUUAUUGGCUUUGAUGGCAAAGGUAGCAGGAGUUUACGACGCAGCCAGAAGCGAGGAAACAUACACUUAAUAUUGUCUUAAUUGACAAUGAUUCCUGUUUCUGUUAUCCUCCAGUACACACCAUCAUAGAUGAUUUUUGACACAUAUCAGCUAGAAGACUAAGAGAAAUCUGAAUCUAAAUUAGUGUCAAAAUGUAGAACCCCAACUUGGGCAGUCUGCUCCAUCAGAUGAGAUGACGUGUGAGCGCUGAGGAUUCAGUGUAUUCCCUUGUACUGAAAACACAUGCUCACUUUAGGCCGUGAUUGGAGGAUAUGAUAAGGGUGCAACCCUUAGAAGGCUCUACAAGUUUCACAUGGAACCUGCUGGUGCUGGGCCAAGCUGCACUACUGCUUGCUGCUGGAACUUAUGGUAUUACGUUACCUGAUUCUUGCACAAGUGCACCACAAAAAAAUCAGAUACAAAAUAAUUUUCCUCCUUGGUGGUAGAGAGUGAGACAUGCCAGAAGUUUCAAAACUAUAUUGAGGCACAGACUUAGCAGGGGUACUACUAGCACUAAUAACACUACUAUUAGGGGUAAUGGAUGGAAUCCGACCUUCCCUUACUUUAUAAAUUGGAAUCCCAGGAUCUGUCUUAAAGUUAAUGUAUUUAAUUAAAAAAAAAAAAAAACAGAAAAAAGGCAAGACUACACAGAUAAAGUUAUAGUAUAUUUUGGCUUGUUGUUGUUGUGUAUAUCGUGUUGAUUUUUAAUUUGGUGUUUGUAGCUUAGUAGUUUGAGUUAAACUGUAAUAGUUUGAGUUGUAAUUUGGAACUAUGCCCUCAAUACUGUUCAAUAAUAAAAAAUUUACAAGUGAUUUAUCUACAAAAUUUCUAGUAGCAUUUAAUGAUGACUUUUCUAGAUAAAUCACUUGGAGACUUUAUAUUGAAUAUUGAAUAUUGACUGAUUCGGAAAGCUUAACAAAUCAAGGCCUAUGGUUUAAUAUUGUUGGGUUAGUUUUCCAAAUGAUUUAAUAUUUUUGGAUGAACUUUUUAAAUGAUUUAAUAGUAUCAAAAUAUUUUCCAGUAUUUUGAUAUUUUUUUAUAUAUUGAUUUUUUUCAUAUAUAGGUUAUAUGUUUUGUUAUUUUAACAUGUUGAAAAUAAAAUCAUUUGGAAUAUAUAUAUAUAUAUAUAUAUAUAUAUAUAUAUAUAUAUAUAUAUAUAUAUAUAUAUAUAUAUAUAUAUAUAAAUCAAUAUAUCAAAAUAUUGCAAAAUUAUUUUUCAUAAUAAUAAAUAAUUUGAAAAAUGUAUCCAAAAUAUUAAAUCAUUUGGAAAGCUUAUCCAGCAAUAUUAAAUCAAGGCAUAUGUCUGCUAGACUUACUCUCUUUCAAACAGCCCAGAAAUAUACUUUUUUUUACACUAAAACUGAAAGAAACUAAGGUUGAUAUUAAAUUGAAGCAUAUAUCCUACAUUUUAUCUACUAAUACAGUAGUGGUGAUUUCAUUUGUGACAAACUAAAUACCUUGUUUAUUGUCACAGAUGAAUUAUUUGUUCCUUUUGCAUCUACAGGUGCUUGUGUUGCACAGGGCAGCCUGAAAUGUGGGACUGGAUCACAAGCAUUUUGAAGGCUCAGGUAAUUUUAAAUGUAAAUAACAUAGCUAUUUGUGAAUACACAAUCUUCGGUAUCUUAUCCACCCAUCAAUGAAUAACCAUACAAUUAAAUAAUAUUACACUGGUUAUGAUUUUAGGUAACUCUAUAAAACCUCCCUGGUGGCAUGUAUAUUUCUCGUUUCCACCAGUUUUGUAGAGAUUUCGAAGGUCCAUGUCUAUACUCCAUGUAAGAUCACAUGAAAAGGAAGUGCAUAGAUCUAUAUAAUAAUCUAUAUAUAUGCUGAUGUUAUAAUACAUAUGGAUUCUUAUUGUUACGAUAUACCUUUCUUACUGUUUUAUUCUACAGCAUGAUGAUCUCCGCCCUGUGAUUCUAAGAAGACAUUCUUCUUCAGAUGUCACCAAGCAGAAAUUUGGCACUAUGCCACUUGUUCCAAUACGAGGGGAUGACACAAACACCACCAUGGUCUCUGCUAACCAGACAUUGGUGAGUGUUAUUGUGAUGCUUUGUCAGAAUGAAAAUUAGUUAAGAGGCAACUGUCAGUGGUAGGAACAAAGAUGUACAAUGUAUGAUAAAUAUGAUGUCACUAGUCAUGAGCAAAAAAUACAUUUUUGUAAACAAAUAUAAAUUUACCCAAUGGUUUCCACCUUCCCCCAUCACCACCCCCCCAAAAAAAAUGUUAUUUUUAAUUUGCAGUAAUUUACAUUGAUAGAUUAGCAUAUUUGACUAAGACCGUGGUAAAAAAAACAACAAAAAACAUCCAUAUAAGAUAUGACUAGUUUGCUGAGGAAAUUUGCAAAAAAUAACAUAGUGGAUUUUAUAAAGAAAGAAAAGGCAAAUGUAUUAGUAAAACAUUGUGUUGAAUUUAGUAUUUCAGCUUGUAUCACUAAGCUGUCUCAAAUGAACUAUAAAUUACAGCCAUGAAGGUGCUAUGAUAGCAUGCAUUUUAAUCACGGUAUGUUAUGCAUGGAUAAUGUUAAGUGGAUAGUGUUAAAUUCAGCAUGUUAUGCACCAGGAAGAAAUCUAAAUUUAUUUAUAUUUUUACAUAUUUUUUUCUUUUAAUUUAAAAAGUGGUGUGUUUCUGAAUUUAUUAUGUACAGUGACAUUUAAAUCUAUCCAAAAAAUUGUGUUUAUAUAUAAGCACGUUUGUUUUGGUAUUGUUCAGCAAAAGAUUGCAGCCAGUUUGGGAAAAUGAACGGUUUUGUCAUUAUUUUGAUUGCAUUUAUUAACAUAAGAGUGAUCUAAAAAGUGAUUUAUUUCACAGUAAAUUCCACAACCUUUUCGCAUGAAUUUUCACUUCAGAAGGCUUCUUUAUUUAGCAUGGUGGAAAAAAACAGAAGUGCAACAGAACACUUUUCUGUCCACAAUGUUGUAAGAAAGACUGAUAAAUUCAUAGUUUUGCUGAAAAUGGCAUAUAUUUAAAAGUGACAAUUAGGGCAUCAAAGAUAGUGAAACACAUUACAGAUUUACACAACAAAUGUUCUGAAAAUUUGUUAUUAAAGUGUUGUCUCUCCCAAGUAAAGUCUCUCCCAAGUAUAUUCCUGGAUUGUCCCUACAUAUCCACACAGGUCUAGUUCUCAAUUGUUUACUAUGGUAUUGCAAAUGGAAUGUGUCCAGUUUUUUUUAGAAACCACUUAGUCACAAACACUGUUUAAAUUAGUUUUUUGCACUUUUCACACACAAAAAAAUAUUACACUAACUUUGGCCAGUUGUAGCGGAGAUUCAAUAUGCCCCAGAUUAUCUCCAUUUAUAAUCCAAGUGAGGCUCAGGAACAAGUAAAUAGUAAAUCCAUAGGCAAGGUUUCCAGCAGGUAAAAGAACAGCAAUAUCCCAACAGCAAUCCCAAUAACUGGACGACACACAGGUUCAGGAGCAGAACUAAAAGCUUUAAUCCACAGUCUCCUUUUAAAGCAUGCUCCCAUGCAAGGGAGGGAUUUACAAUCAUUAAUACAGUAGCCAAUCCUGUCCUGGUAACCUCCCACACAUCUCCUCCCCUCAGCCAGCAUCAUAAUCCCCUUAUCCAGUACAGUAAUUCCCCCCGUUUCUGGAUGUACCCCUAAACGUAGGGGUACCUCUUUAAAUCCUACAUCCCCGGAUAGCCCUGAUCUGGGUGAACAACAUAUCCAAAAAUCACCCAGAUCAGACCAGGGGUUCGGGAAAUGUAUGGAGGGAAUAAAAUGACCGACCGCACUAACUGAGACAGCCGAAUGAGGUUCCAUGCGAAUGGGCCCUGCAGUCGGUCCUGGCAUAAGGGAACAAAAUACACGAAAGCCUCUAGCUAUAGAGGCUAGGGAGGGUUCGCCUGAAUCCCCUCGUUCGGUUCUUUCUAUCUACCGAACGAGGGGCCGUUCGGUAGUUUAGAACCGAACGGACCGGGCUUGUGGAGGUCUCAGCGGUGUUCGCCUACUCAAGUGUCCGAUUUUAGUUCCAGACACUCGACGGCAAAACACCGCUGUUCGGGAGUUUUAAAAUGGCCGCCGCCACGUGUUCGUUUGUCGAAUGGCGGCCACCCCCGAGAACAAAGGCCGGCUACUUACUAGUCAUUUACCCGUUCGCAACAAUGUUGCAACGGGUAAUUGAGGACACACUUCACACAUGGGAGGUCUGGUUGUUCGGUAGUUUCAUUCGAAUGAACUGAGGGAAUGAAACUACCGAACAAUCAGAGGAAUACAAUUCUUUUAAAAAAACAUAUAACACAGCAGAUCACACGAAUGCAGUUAUGUACAAUAUAUUUGCAGGACAGCCCGGUGCCAUCCGCUACACUGCUCCCCCUUGCCCACAAGCCGGCAUACACAGUCUGAUCCAACACGGAUCGGCUUGGGGAUGUCCGGGGAGGCUCACGGAUCAUUUCUCUAGGUCAGUUUGUCUUGACAACCCGUCAGCGUUUCCAUUCUGUUUACCCGGGCGGUACUGGAUAUUAAAGUCAAAGGGCUGCAGCGCCAGACUCCAGCGCAGCAGCCUGGCAUUGUCCCCAGCCACCCGGUUUAGCCAUACUAACGGGUUGUGAUCCGUGAGCAGGGAAAAAGCUUGCCCGUACAAAUACGGCUGUAAUUUCUUCAGGGCCCACACCACAGCCAGGCAUUCCUUCUCGAUGGCGGCGUAGCUUACUUCUCGAGGUAACAGCUUCCGGCUGAUGUAAGCCACAGGAUGUUCUCCGCCAUCGGCCCCGACUUGGCUCAGUACUCCUCCCAAUCCAAACAUAGAAGCGUCUGUGUGGACAAGAAAACAUUUAGUUGGAUUGUGAGCUGCCAUGACAGGGGCAUUGGUCAAUGCAUCUUUCAACAGCUGAAAUGCCUGCUCACACUCCGGGGUCCAGGUCACUUGGCGGGGAAGGUUUUUACGGGUUAAGUCAGUGAGAGGUUUGGCCAGGGCACUAUAAUUCGGGACAAAUUUCCGGUAGUACCCAGCCGUUCCUAGGAACGCUAAUACCUGAGUCUUAGUCCUAGGGGUAGGCCAUUGAGCUACAGCCUCUACUUUGGCUGGUUCUGGCUUCUGCUUGCCGCAUCCUACCCGAUGGCCGAGGUAUUGUACUUCAGCCAUUCCUAUGCUGCAUUUGGCUGGUUUCAGCGUUAAACCAGCGGCCCUAAUCCUGUCUAGGACCGCUCCUAUAUGGGUCAAGUGUUCCUGCCAGGUAUUGCUGAAAAUGGCAAUAUCAUCGAGGUAAGCGCAAGUAUAAUCUUGGAACCCAUCCAGGAGGCGGUCCACCAUCCGCUGAAAAGUAGCCGGGGCGUUUGUCAUCCCAAACGGCAUGACCUUAAAUUGGUACAAGCCGAAUGGGGUGACAAAGGCCGACUUAGGGAUGGCGUCUUGUGCCAAGGGGAUUUGCCAAUACCCUUACACAAGUCAAUAGUGGUGAGAUAGUGCCCCCUCGCCAUCCGGUCCAGUAGUUCGUCUAUCCUGGGCAUGGGAUAGGCGUCAGAUACCGUCUUCUCAUUCAAUCUCCGGUAGUCUACACAAAAACGGGUCGUGCCGUCCCGUUUUGGUACUAGCACUACCGGGGACGCCCAGGGGCUGUCAGAGGGCUCAAUCACCCCCAGCUGGAGCAUCUCAUCGAUCUCCUUGCGCAUGUUCGCCCGUACCGCUUCUGGGACGUACAUUAGAGAAGAUAUCCUGCUUCUCCCUCAACAGCUGUUGUACCUCGCUCCGCUCCUGUGGGCUCAACCGGUCCCCCAGGGUGACUUCCCCUAAGUCUCCAGAUAACUGACCCUCUCCCAGCAGAUCCGGGAGAGGCAGACUGUCAAACUCCUCUGAGUUAGGCGCGCAUAUGGCGGUCACUUCCUCAGAGCGCUCCUGGUAGGGCUUCAUCAUGUUCACAUGGAGCAUGCGUCGCCCCCCAGUACCAACGCACGAGCCUAUUAUAUAAGUGGUGUCACACCGUUGCUCUACCACCUUAUAAGGGCCCUGCCAGGCGGCCUGCAGCUUAUCGUGUCGGACAGGUUUUAAAAUCAACACUUUCUGCCCGACCUGAAAGCUACGGUCCCUGGCGCCCCGAUCAUACCAUGUGCGUUGGCGUGUCUGAGCCGCCUGCAAAUUCUCGCGUACCGUCUGGGUUAAGGCCUCCAGGCGGUCUUGGAAUGCCAACACAUAUGGUAUGAUGGGGGUACCGUCGGUGCUCCGUUCUCCCUCCCAAUGCUCUCUGAUUAAAUCUAAAGGCCCUCGUACCCUGCGGCCAAACAAUAAUUCAAAUGGGGAAAACCCAGUGGAUUCCUGCGGCACCUCCCUGUAAGCAAAGAGGAGGUGAGGCAGGAAUUUCUCCCAGUCCUUGUGGGUUUCUGCGAAGGUUCGGAGCAUUUGUUUCAAUGUACCGUUGAAACGUUCGCAGAGCCCAUUCGUCUGGGGGUGGUAAGGGGAACUAAUGACAGGCUUAAUGUCACAAAACUUCCAGAGGCGCUGCGUGACUUCGGCGGUGAAUUGGGUACCCUGAUCGGAGACAAUCUCCCUGGGAAUUCCCACCCGGGAGAAUAUCUGCAUCAGGGCUUCCGCUACUGUCUCAGCCUGUAUAUUCGUCAGGGCCACCGCCUCUGGAUAUCUAGUGGCAUAGUCUACUACUGUCAGGAUAAAUCUUUUACCUGAUGGGCUCGCUUUAUGAGGGGUCCUAUUAGGUCAACUGCUACCCUACUGAAGGGUUCCUCGAUUAUGGGAAGGGGAUGUAACUUGGCCUUGCGUCGGUCCCCCCUUUUCCCCACCCUUUGGCAUGUAUCGCACGUGUUGCAAUACCUGCGCACUUCCUGGCUAAUUCCAGGCCAAAAGAAACUUUGUGUUAACCUGUGCCGGGUCCUGCUGACCCCUAAAUGUCCAGAUAGCGGAAUGUCAUGUGCUAUCCGGAGUAACUCUGCCCAGUACCGCUGGGGUACCACUAACUGCCUCACCACGAUCGGGUCUGACCCGGCUACCCUCUUAUCCGUCUCCCUAUAUAGCAGCUGUUUGUCCCAGAUAAACCUUUCGCCCUCCCCCCCAGGAGUGUCUGCUGUCACCUUGUCCCUAUACACCUGCAAGGUGGGGUCAGUCACUAUCUCAGCUGCAAAUUCGUUAGGAGGGGCCCAGGGAACACAGUCAAGGGAAGGGGAAGGAUCUCUUACCUGAACCUCCGGGAGUGUGUUGUAGUCCUAGGUGCAGGCCUGUUGUUGAGUAACCACAGGGUGAGCUUCUCCUGUGGUGGGUGUCUGGGGCUCAAAAGCAGAUGUGAGCCUCCCCAGAUCGUUCCCCAAUAAAACCUCCGCCGGUAACUGCGGCAUCAACCCCACCUCCACAUGUCCUGCCCCCACUCCCCAAUGCAAGUGUACCCUCGCUGUAGGUAGCCGGUAUACUGCUCCCCCGGCUACCCUGACGGCCACAGUCUUGUUUAGUUUAGCCUGGUCUGAGACCAGGUGACUCUUUACCAGGGUGAUGGUAGCCCCUGAGUCGCGUAGCCCCUGAACUGCUUUACCCUCCAGAUAUACGAUCUGCCUGUGAUGCUGGCGGUUGUCAGCAUUGGCCUGGACUGGAUCCGCCUCGUGCAGUACUUCCCACUGUUCCACAGUUGUAAUGGGAACCGCUGAGCCAUAUGGUGUGGCCAUGAUAUCCUGGUAGUGGUGGGCUGCGGCUGCUCUCGGUGGUGGUGGUGGACCGGGCCGGAUCCAGGUGGAACGGUCCCGCAGCUGGGGGCAUUCCCUUUUAUAAUGUCCCCAUUUCUGGCAGUGGUGGCAGGGGCCAGACGUGGGCUGGCGGAAACGUGGCUGUGCAGCGGCCGGUGGUGGUGGUGGCAGGGGUCUCGAUGGAGCUGGGGUGUAGCUGGUCCCCCCAAAGGUUUUAAAAGGGACUUUUGGAGCUGCAGGUUUUUGCUGCGUGCGUGCAUCCAGGUACUCAUCUGCCUUCCUGGCUGCUUCGGUGAGGGAGGUAGGGUUUCUGUCUCUUACCCACUCCUGUACCUCGCUGGUUACUCCCUCAUAAAAUUGCUCCAUCAGCACCAUUUGUAAUACAUCCUCCAUGGACCGUGCCUUGCUCGCUUGCACCCACCCAAGGGCUGCCCUUUGUAACCUGCAUGCCCACUCUGCGUGUGAGUCUUUCUCCACCUUCUUCAAAUCUCUGAAUCUCCGCCGGUAUGCUUCUGGUGUUAUAGCAUACCUGGCCAAUAUAAUUUCUUUAACUUUACUGUAAUUUCUUAUCUCUUCAUUGGGUACAGUACGAUAUGCCUCAGCUGCCCUCCCAGUUAACCUUCCUGCCAAAAUAGGUACCCAGUCCUCUGCGCUGAUCCUAUGCAGUGCACACAGUCUUUCAAAAUCUUGCAGGAAAGCGUCUAUAUCUUCCUCUGCCUCCACAUAUGUUUUAAAAGCCUGGUAUGGUAUUUUAGGCUUACCUUCUUGUGGCAUAUUUACUGCAAAGCUGCGUUCUGGGGCUGCUGUUUGAUUUCUCAGUAUAAAUUCCUGGACUUUAUUUUUAAAAAAUAAUCUCUGCUGGAGGGUGUUCCCCAUAGAAAGACAGCCGAAAUUGUAGCUGCCUCUGGAACUCCCUCUGUUCCGGUGUUUCUCCCGAAUUCCCCUGUUCGGGAACCGAAUCGCCGUCCAUUCGGUACUCCGCCAUAAAUUCAGUAAUGAGUACCGCUUUCUUCUUAUUGCUGGCUUGUAUACCCCUUGCCUCCAGGAGGUCUUUUAGCGUGGAGCGUUUUAGUGUGGCAAAAUCAAUCUCCAUCCGUACUCCAUUUAUGCUUGUUCCUCUGUGAGUCUGGAUCCCACCGCUGCCAACCAAUGUAGCGGAGAUGCAAUAUUCCCCAGAUUAUCUCUGCUUAUAAUCCAAGUGAGGCUCAGGAACAAGUAAAUAGUAAAUCCAUAGGCAAGGUUUCCAGCAGGUAAAAGAACAGCAAUAUCCCAACAGCAAUCCCAAUAACUGGACGACACACAGUUUCAGGAGCAGAACUAAAAGCUUUAAUCCACAGUCUCCUUUUAAAGCAUGCUCCCAUGCAAGGGAGGGAUUUACAAUCAUUAAUACAGUAGCCAAUCCUGUCCUGGUAACCUCCCACACAUCUCCUCCCCUCAGCCAGCAUCAUAAUCCCCUUAUCCAGUACAGUAAUUCCCCCCGUUUCUGGAUGUACCCCUAAACGUAGGGGUACCUCUUUAAAUCCUACAUCCCCGGAUAGCCCUGAUCUGGGUGAACAACAUAUCCAAAAAUCACCCAGAUCAGACCAGGGGUUCGGGAAAUGUAUGGAGGGAAUAAAAUGACCGACCGCACUAACUGAGACAGCCGAAUGAGGUUCCAUGCGAAUGGGCCCUGCGGUCGGUCCUGGCAUAAGGUAACAAAAUACACGAAAGCCUCUAGCUAUAGAGACUAGGGAGGGUUCGCCUGAAUCCCCUCAUUCGGUUCUUUCUAUCUACCGAACGAGGGGCCGUUCGGUAGUUAGGAACCGAACGGACCGGGCUUGUAGAGGUCUCAGCGGUGUUCGCCUACUCAAGUGUCAGAUUUUAGUUCCAGACACUCGACGGCAAAACACCGCUGUUCGGGAGUUUUAAAAUGGCCGCCGCCACGUGUUCGUUUGUCGAAUGGCGGCCACCCCCGAGAACAAAGGACGGCUACUUACUAGUCAAUUACCCGUUCGCAACAAUGUUGCAACGGGUAAUUGAGGACACACUUCACACAGGGGAGGUCUGGUUGUUCGGUAGUUUCAUUCGAAUGAACUAAGGGAAUGAAACUACCGAACAAUCAGAGGAAUACAAUUCUUUUAAAAAAACAUAUAACACAGCAAAUCACACGAAUGCAGUUAUGUACAAUAUAUUUGCAGGACAGCCCGGUGCCAUCCGCUACACCAGUGUUUGUGUCCAAGUGGCUACUAAAAAAGACUGGACAUAUCCCAUUUGCAAUACCUUGGGUUGUCUACUAUUGCAAAUGGUAUGCCAUCAUGGGAGUAAUUCUCAUUCCUGGGCUAUCAUACGAUCUCAAAGGCAAUGUAACUAAUCUGGCGAAUUUCAAUGUGAAAAAACUGAAAAAUGUAACAUGCAAUAUUUGACCCUGUAACUUCCCAAAAAAACAUAAAACUGUGCAAAGGGGGUACAGUUUUACACGUGAGACAUCGCUGAAUACAAAUAUGUGUAUUUUAUUGCAGUAAAAGCAAACAGUAUUAUGACAUUCACAGUUAAAAUGUCAUGUAGAACUAAAAAAAAUAACAUUUCUUAUUUCCUCCCAUUUUUUUUUUUUAUAUUUUAUUCAUAUUAAAUUAUGUUUCAUAGCUUAAUAUUUGAUGUUAAAUGAAAGCCCCGUUUCCCCUGAAUAAAAUGAUAUAUAAUAAGUGUGGGUGCACUUAAUAUGAAAAAGGUGAAUUACGGUUGAGCAGACAUAUACUAAAAUUCCAGAUUUUGUUUACGUUUUGUUUUGAUCACCACAUGUACAUUUGGCUCAGUCCUUAAGGGGUUAAAAUUAAAUGUGAUAUGGGUAGUAACCACUCUGCUCUGCUUUUGCAUUCAGAAGUCCGUUUGCUACCCUCUUGCUUGUAUGUCAGAAACCCUUAGAAUGUUUGAAUUGAGGCAAGAGUUGUUUGCAUAUUUCUUAUCAUUUCUUAUUAUCUGAUCGACUAACAAACAUUUUGUGGUUAUCCAAAGUAGCAUAUCUGGCAAUCAUAUUCACAAAAUUGAAUUACGUAUAUUUAUCACGCCAAGGAAAAACAUUAACAUUUUUAAUGCAAGAAAUAAAAUAUUUUCACUUUCUCGUAAGUUGCAGUUUUGGACCUCAUCUGUUGAGCAAAAGAAUUUGAACGCUUUUCCAACACUUUAGGAUCUUCAAAAUCCAUUCAUAAAAGACAAACUAGCCAAUUUUUCUGAUGAAGAGUUUGAUAAUCUGAUCGAUAUAACUUCUGACAGUCACCCAACCCAAAAAUGUCAAGUAGUUUCUCUUAUUGCUUUUUGGGGUGAUUUAAACGAAGAAUACCCAGAAUUGUCCCAGCAGGUAAUUCACAGAUUUCACAAUUAACAUGACGUAAAGUCAUCAUAUUUUAAAUGACACGGAGGCGAGUAUUAUGCUGCACUAUUUCUUAAUUUCCAUCAGCAGCAAAGAAAAAUAACAUUAAAACAUUAUAAAAAACAAAACCAGUAAAUAACAUGAGAGGUAUAUCUUCCUAACAACAGGAACAGCCAAUCAGCAUACUUUCCAUAGCAUAAUAGGCGGUGUCCAGUAUGCUACUUCCUCUUUCAUGCGAUCCCAAACAAGGACAACAAAUCCAAGUGAAAAAAGGGGCUCCAAUAAGAGGGUAUGCAAGCCUUAACCUGAACCUCGAAGUCAAGCUGAAACAGAGAGGGGAAUAUGAUAAUAUAUAUGUAUAAAAUCACAUUACAUGGAAUUAUAUAUAUAUAUAUAUAUAUAUAUAUAUAUAUACAUAACAUGAAAUUCAGUUUAGUCUAACCUUAAGCUCUUGACAGUCUUCAACAGGGAUAAAACCCAGUUAUCAAAAAAGACUUACCGUGAAGUCAACUUACCCAAAGAAGACCAAACCUCCAGGGAUGAGAGGGAGGGAUAAUACUUGCCUUGUGUCACUAAUACAAUUAUGACUUAACAUCAUGUUAAUUGUAAAAUCUGUGAGUGUUAUUAAGACACAGAGGUUCCUAUUAUGCUAGUUUAAAGCUGUGAAAUUACAUUUAUGUUGAAAAGUCUAAAGUAGAAAGCACAGAAUGUAGACUCUGAAGACCAAUCAGCCUCUCUCGUAAUAUCAUCCAAGCAAAAACUAAUCGAGGAAGCCUUAGAAGCCGUUGCCCCACGAAUCAAAUGAGGAGAAAACCUAUAGAUAUCAAUGCCUGCUAGAGACAUAACCCAUUUGACCCACUGGGUAGAGGUAGACACCAGAAGACGUGGCUUUUGUAAGGAGAUGAAGUGUUUCUGUUUCAAAGGAUUCCGUUACGUAGUGGUACGAAGUUCAUACUGCCAUAAGCAUGCAACCUGUCAGGGAAAGCAGGGUUUAUAACUGUUUUAAAGGAGGUUUUUGUCCUCCGAGAAAUUUCAAAAAGGGCAUCUUCUGGAGUAAAGGAAUGAGCUACCACGUUGUGCUCGUAUGUCAGAAACACUCUCGCAAGAGAUUAAACACAAAAGCAUGACCAAUUUGGUCGAUGGCAGUUUAAGAGAUAGCAAAGCAUUAUCCGGCCAAGAUUAGGAGAAAAAAAAAUCAAGACAAUAGAGACGUUCCACAAGACGGAGUAUCGUGGUAAGGGUGGAUGAGGAAAGCAAAUUCCUCUGAGGAGUUGACAUAUGACAGGAUGUCAACUGACAAGCAUCCCAUUGAAACUUUGAUGACCAGCAGAAGCGGACGAUCAAUAAGUUUCACAGUGCUUUACCUUCAUCAUACAGAGAAGAGUCAGAAAAUGGAGGACAGACAUAAAAGGAGCCGAUAUGGGAUCCAUAAUUAAUUCCAUGCACCAACUAUGCCAUCUACUCAAAGCAGACUUAUAAGCCUGUCUUGUGUUGGGUGCCUAUGCGCUCUUGAUAAGUUGGAGAGUUGAUUUCAAAACUCUCUCGACCGACCAAGGUGCCCUGAAAUCAACCACCCCAUGAGAUGCAAGAGGCUUUGGAGAACAAGGGGAUGAGGCAGAUCAUCCGGAUCCUGAAGUAGGCAAUCGAGAGGUGGAAGAAGACGUGAAAGGUCAAAAGCCGCCUCCUGAAGAGGAGGGAUCCAUAGUUAGGAUGGUAAUGGAGAAGCUACAAUCAUCAGGGUGCCGGAUUGGUGAUGUAGAUGGGAAUGGCAACAGGGAAUCAGUGCAAAAGGUGGAAAAGUGUAAUUCCUUGAAGAAAACAAAUCUUGGGAGGAAGCAUUUGUAGCCAGUGCUGUCGGAUCUGGUCUCCAACUGAAAAAAAACAAAAAAUGGGAAGUUGAGCAUUUUAAUGCAAAGUAAAAAGGUCUAUUUCCAGUCCACCCCAUAGGUUCCAGAUGUCUUGGAAGACCAUGAAAGUGCCAGUCACUGGAAUCUUUGAGGUGGCAUGAAUACCAGUACACAGUAGUGUUGGAGAGACCUUGAAUAUAUUCUGCCAUGACUGAAAUGCCAUGCAUCAGGCAAAAUUGCCAGAAAUCUUGAGCCAUGUUCGACAGAAUUUUGUAUUUUGUGUUCCUCCCAGGUGAUUGAUGUAGCAGACAGCUGACACGUUGUCCACCUUCAUAAGGAUGGCACAUUGGCCUUGAGUUAGGGAGAAACUGUGGACUGCAAACGGGCCAGAAGUUCCAAACAAUUAAUGUGGAGUGUUGAUUCCAGAUCUCACCAUCUGCCCUAUGUGGAAAUAUUUCCACAUCAAGCGGUGUAACCAUGCAAACUUGCGUUGGAUUCAAUGAUCAAAUCUGGAGCUGUGCAGAAUAUGGCACAUUCAUUUUAAGCUUCCAUGUGAAGAAGCCACCAUUGGAGUUCGCCCUUCGCUUCUGAGUCCAGAGUUACCAUAUCCAUGUAUGAUGCACCGCCCUUGAGAUGAAGCUUGUAAUAAUUGUAGGGCUCUACUUAACAGAUCACUGUCUGGAUCCCACCACUUAAGGUGGCACGAUCUAAUUCUAGAUCAUCCUCUACUGCUUUAAAGAUCUUGGUUGCUGCGCCCAAGAUGUCCAGGAUUUUAUCCCGUCAGUCUCGCAAUGAAAACUCUAAGCCUUUAGUAGGCUUCCAUCCUGUUUUUCUCCGGAAUUGAAUGACUGAUUGCGUUUUACACGCGUCAUCAGGGACUUUGGGGUGUGGUCAUUCAAUUCGCAAUUUAUUUCACUUUGCCUUCUCAAAAGGCUUGCAUACGCUGGAUGCAAUAUACUUGGCUACAUGGUCUGAGGGAGACCACUGGGUGACAUAAGUCGUCAGGUUUCGAAUAAGGGUUCACCAUGAGGGUCCAAAAUCCUAUUGGUCUCCCCUGGGGCCGCAUGAUCUACCUCAAUCUUGGUAGGUUUAAUGGGAAGUGUAUCCCGCGUAAGAUUUUACUCCUUUUCAUCAGUAAUUUCAUAAUCAGGAUCAUAAAGAUUCUUUGACUUCUCCACAUAGGACUCCUCAAUAUCACUGAGUUCAGACUCCGAGUCCAGCUGGGCUUUUUCCCUUUUCCAAUGUCUAGCCAUUUUUGCCUGGCUAGUGGCUCUUUUUCGCAGUGGUAAAUUAGUUGCGCAGUCCGUGACAGGUAUGGUAUUGUUCAUCUCUAUUGUUUUGAAUGAGUGUUCAGCCUUAUAUGAGGACUUGAGGCGGAGCAGAUCUAUCUGAAAGUGAAUCAGACAUAACUCCCAUCACUGACACCAGGGCCUUCGUCAUUGCUUUUGACAUGGAAGUGUCAAUUAAAGCCUGCAUAUUAGCAGGAGCAGUAAAAUCAGCAGAAAAAUCUGCCUAAUCUCCAGAGAUACCUGAAUAGGCUUCUAAAGUAAUCUGCAUGUUUGCUGUAGACCCAGAAGGCAAAGAAAGAUCCUGUCAGACUGCAUCAUAAUAAGACAGACAAGCCUAAGGGAAUGAAUAAAGUAAAAUAAUACCUAAAGGAAGGGGGUUGAGUAACUCACAAGUAAAAAACAAAGGGAAUGAAAGUACAAUAGUGAAAAUAUAGCAAUUGUAGUAGUAAAAUGCAAGAGCUGUUCGGAUGCCACUGUGCCCAAAACCCAACUCAAAUUUCAGGCAGUUGGGGGCAGUGCGGCAGCCAGACAGAUGACUGAAGGGAAAAAACGUCACGAGAGCGCUGUGCAGGGAUAAAGAUCCUCAAAGAGGUCUCUGAGCCACAAUUGAUGGUAAUCUUGGGGCCAGGGAGGUCAUAGGGGAAGAAAUUAUAAAAGGAUAUACAAUAAAGUAUAUAACUGAAGCAAAUAAAGUAAAUACAUCAAAUUAAGUUAAAAUGAAGUAACUAAAUAUAUUUGUAUAAUUAUAAAUAAGAAAAUAUUACAAUUAAAAUGUAAUAACUAUAAUAUCUAUAUUUACCACAGUAAUGAUAAUACAAAGUGAAAGAUCCCACAGUUAAGAACUAUGGGAUCCAGUGUCACUUAACUGAGUUGGCAGCAAAGAAAGAGGAAGUAGUAUAGUGGACACUGCCUAUUAUGCUACGAAGAGGAUGCGGAUUGGCUGUUCCUGUUGCUGGGAGGAUAUACCUCUCACAUUAUUUACUGGUUUCUUUUUUAUACUGAUUUUAAUGUUUACUGAUGGAAGUAAAGAAAGAGUGUAGCAUAAUAGGAGCAUCCAUGUCUUAAUAAAAUCAAAGUUCUGUCGCCAUUUGCCAGCACAUACUUGUGUGAAGUGGAUUCUUGCUUUACUCUGCAAAAAAAACAAAGUAUCGAAAUCGACUUGAUGCAACUGCAGACAUGUGAAUACAAUUGUCAACAAUUAAUCAAGAUAUAAAAAGAAUUUGCCAACAAAAGAGAACAUUACACUCUGCUCAUUAAAAUUGUGAUUAUCAUUCUAUAGUCAAGGGUGCAGAUCAAUCAAGUAGAAUAAAGGAAAUAAACUUACCUUAAUCUAUCAGUUAUCAUCCCAUACUUUUACCAAAUUUGUCUCAGUACCUAGUUUGGUCUGAUGCAAGACUGUAAAAUAUAUUGGAUCUUGUUUUCAUUCAUAUGUGUUAAAGCUGGUUUGUGUGACGUUUUAUAUAUCAGUUUUAUAUAUCAGUAGCCAUCAAAGGAGGCUUGUAAUGAAUCAAAAGUUAGUUGUUUAGUGACUAUUUAUUCAGCAAGGGCUUGGGUAUGGUAUCUUUUAGUAGAGUAGUUGAUUGAGAAAUUGACAGUGACAUGAGGCAGGUAUAGGAUUGCAUGUACAGAGAGCCUGAGGAGAAAGACUCAAGACUUGGAUCAAGUUCACAUGAUGUAGGGAAAAUUUUUCAAAGAUAAUGGACAAGGGCAGACCUUAAAUUGCUGUUGAAUGAGUCUAGUGUGGAUUUUUGUUUCAUCAGACAGAUCUUCUAUUUUGGCUUCAUCUGUUAUGACACUUUUCCUUCUGAUCCAUGUGUUGGUGAGUUCUGCAGUUUUCGUCUUUUGUGAGCUGCCUGUGAAAAGAAAAGAGAGGAGUCGAUGGUCUAUCCAGGGGAUAGGGUGAUAUUUGGCUUACAACAGCUUUCAUCUUUGGUGAUGACUAUAUCUAGCUUGUGCCCAGGUGUGUGGGUAGAAUUAGUUGCGUGCAAAUUGAAGGCAAGUAUACACAUGAACUGUGUGGCAUCAUUGCCUAGGUUGUCUUCUACCAAGGAAAAGGGUUUUGUUGUUUAUAGUGGUAUUCAGGACUUCAAUUUUUCUCAGACCUGCGAGGAAUCCUCUAAAUGAUCAUUGGGUGAGCAUUUAAGAAUAGUGAAAGUGUUAUCUUAUUUCUAGGUUUGCUAGGUUACAUUUAUCUCAAUUUUGGUUUUGGGAACAAGACAGUUUGUACAUUUAAUUGUUUCAUUUUGCAUUAGAAGAGCUAAUCUCUGUCAUAACCACAAUCCAUCUAUACACUAAUGCCGCCUUCCUGUCUGGUCUAUUCUACAUGUCUCUUUUUUUAUGUGUCCUUCAAUUUAUUUCUAUUUCUCAGCGUCGUCUACAUACACGAAGGACAUUGUCUAUGUUUUUUGUAAGUAUAAAGAAGGUUACACAUAGCAUGUUUCUCCAUAAUGCUUUGUCAAGUGCAUGAUUCUCUCAAAAAGCUGUCCUUAGCUUACCAAGUGUAUGUCAAAGAGGUAUCCUGCCCAAAUUAAACUGCUUAAAGGGUUACUCCAACAUUCAUGACCACUUAUGCUUUUAGAAGUGGUCAUUGAGGAAGGAACUAGUACGUGUAUCACUUCUGGUUGAAACUCUGCACAUACAGAGACAUUUGCUCUUCUCCAGGCUGCCUAAUGUACAGCUCCCUGGCGACAGGCUUAAUGAGCUUCUUCCUUUGCAGGCAGCACGGGAAGUUCACCUCAAGGGGAAAGUGUGUAUGUAUGUAUAUGUAUAUAUACAUAUCAUUUGAGUCCUUCCAGCCCUCUCUGCCUCCCUUUAAUCCUAAAAUGCAACUAUUUUUCCCCUUCCUCAUCCCCACCCUCCCUUGUCCAAUUUCAACACCCCCCGCUAACCACUUCAGAGCUUGCACAUGCACUCUGAACCAGUGACAAUGGCUUAGUCUUCUGCUUCUCUAUGAGAAGUAUUUGAUUGGACCUCAGAGAGGUAAGAAGCAAUGUCUGUGUGGAAACCAACGAGGUGAACUUUGCCUGGCUCUGAAUUCCAUGUAAGUUUAAAAUUGAUUUCACAAGACUAAAAGGGGGGCACCUUAUUACUAAUGCCACAUAGUGCAUUAUAAACAUUAUAUAAAAAGGUUGGAGUAAUUUUUUAACUUUACAUGUUUACUGUAUACACAUAUAUACACAACUGUUCAUAUUAAAAAUAAGUCUGUUGUAAGUCCCAUUAUGUAUUCCUUUUUUCUCAAUUUUUUUAACCUUUGUUUUUUUUAAUUACAUUUCCACAGGGGGUACUGUAAUAUUAAUAUUUCCUACUAAUACAAUUAAUAUCAGUCUAAUGGCCAUUUACUGUGCACUUGGCAUGUGUUUGUGUUGUUCAUAUAUUUUUCAUUUUAUGUGUGUAUUCAUCUGCAUGUCUAUCCCUACUGAAAGUGUUUAAAAAGUGGCCUCACAUAGUUUAGCAAAUCAUUUUUUGUGUAUUAACUUGUCUUUAUUCCAUAGCCUAUGAAGAUGCAUCAUGACUCUCUGGAGGAGCUUCAGGAAAAACAACUAGAUGAGGAACACGAACCAGUGUAUGAAGAAGUGGGAGCUUUCCAGAGCAAGCCACCACCUGAGGCUGAGUGCAACUUGCCAACAGAAAGGCAGUAUUUGCCUCCACCUUUGGACCGAUCAAAGAAGCCUCCACUCAACAUUGAGCAGAAAAAACAUACUGCACAAAAUGCACCAGUCCUAACACCCUGUCCUCUUGAAAAAACAGAAACAGACGACUACAAUAAAACUCGUUCUUUGGAUAGAAGUAUUUGUGUGGAUAGUCUUAAACAUGUGAGUAAUGAGAGCACAAAAGUAUCUAUAUCUGAUAGAGGAGCUGGUGGUACCUUUGGAAAAACAGCUUCUCUUGAAAGACAAAUGGAAUCAGGUAGAAUUCAAGUAGUUUCUGCAAGAAGCCAAGGAGCAAAAAGUGCCUUAGAUCUGAGUUCUUUACCUCCACUAUUUUUUGAACCACCUUCCACUUCAGAUUCACUUAAGACUCCUGUGUGGAAGAAGACUUCUCCAGUGUCAUCUAAUAUACAGGACAAGCUGCUCCAGGAACUCAGCACCCUUAUUUCUAAGAAAAAUGAAACAGGAUCAGAGCAGCAAGUCACGUGACAAGUUAUAUGAUCUGUUCUUUCUUAGACUAAUCUUAAUUUUGGUCCUUUAUAUUUGCACCUGAACUAAUGCAAACUGAAUUGCAGAAUAUUAAACAAUCUGAAUUCUAAACCAAGGUUCAGAAUUCUAAACUUGAGUUAGCUUUGGCCACAGUCAUGUGCUAUGUUCAGUUUGUGGUUGAAAAUGAUGUUUCAAGUGUAUAUUCACAUCUGAGUUUGUUAAAACUGUUUAUCGGCACAACAUUACACACAAGUGUAAGAAUCUUAUGGUAGAUUCACAAUGUAUUUGGGUAAAGAUUAUUUAAUGAUAUGAAGUCCCUAAAUUAUACUUUUAAGUAGCAGUUGUGGGUGCUGUAAAUGUAUUGUAAAAUAAAUGCCAAUGCCACAUCCUGUUAGGUUUUGUGUGCUACAGUGCUCAGUGUAGUGGUUUAUACUUUCAAACAGAAGUAACACAUUUUGAACAGCUUUCACCAUUUUCAUCUUGGUAACAAUACUUUAAAUACAUCACCAAAAAUGUAAUGAGCAUAUAUGUAUGGAGUUAGCCACUAAAUUUUGACAAAUAACUUUCAGUACUUUUGGAAAAAAACAAUAUCGGCAAAGAUGGAGAUUCUUCCACAAUUUUAGUUUUAAGAGUCACAUUUACCCAUCACUUUACAGAUUGAUUAUCUAGUCAUACAAAUCAAUUGAAGUUACAUAUAUAAAGAGAAUAUGUGGAGUCAUUACGGAAACCAAUGGAAUUAUCAUGGUAUUGCUGCAUUUAUAGAACUUUACCCCAGAAUUGUUCUUUGUACAUAUCAUCCAAUAAUUAGUGUAUAGUCUAUGCACUGUUAGUCAUGUUCCUGACAAAUAUACAGAUAGCAGGUAGUAGAUUUUAAUGUUUUUCUUUUCUUCUAUGUAACAACCUAAAGUGAAUUGAUAUAUGGCAAAUUUGAAUCCAUGAUGCAUUUUCUGUAUGGAUCAAGAAUUUUGUGUGCACACAUUGAUUCCAGGAUCACUCACCUGCAGCAAAAUACGUAUCAAGGAAACAAACAUGAACAUUUCUGUAUCACAAUUUCAAAAAUGCUCUUAUAAGAACUCCUCAGUUUUUUACAGUGAUUGCUUCCAAAAGUGUUUUUUGUUAUUGUCAUUAAUGGUUAUUUUGUUUGUGGUUUUGUUUAAGCCAGUUGGAUUUUUCUUCAGUAGUUUCAGUAGAUUGGUUCAACAAACAUUUUAG